AUGGCGCCAGCAGCGGCUGCCGGGGCGCGCGGAGGAGCGUCCGGCCGGGCAGCCCCGCUCCGCUUGCUGCUGCUGCUCGCGCUGGGCGCCUCCUGGGCGGCGCGCCCGCCGGACCGGAGCGGGCGCCAGAGACGCGGCAGCCCGCGGGACGAGGCGGGCGGCCUGCGGGGUCGCGCCGGCGGGGGAGCUCCGGAGGCCGCCUCGCUGCUCACCACCUCCUUCGUGCUGAAAGGCGACGCGGCGCACAACCAGGCGAUGGUGCACUGGACCGGCGAGAACAGCAGCGUAAGUGCGGCUCCCUCGCCCUGCGAAAGAAAAGAAUGGGGGGGGGUUGGGGGGGGUUGUAGUCACGUGUCAGACUGGGGAGGCGGCAGGGGGGACCCGACCCCGCGGCAUGUCCCGGUGCCCGGCUCUGGCAGCGGAAGAGUUAACCCGAGGGCGACGGGUUGCCGAUUCAGACUUCUUCCGAGGCUCCCCCCGCCGCCGCCGCCGCCAGCUGAGCGAGUGGCUGCUCGGUGAGGAAAGCGGGACGCGCCAGAAAGGGGUUCGCCUCCGAGGCUCCGCGCCGCCUCUCGCCUUCCGACGCCCGGUUCUGGAUUGGACGGGGAUUCCUCGGAAUCCUGCGCGGCGCCGGCUGGAAACACCGGGAGACCCAGCAUAGGUUGCGGCGAAACAAUGGGAGACGCCCCCGCUCUCUUCUCCCACUCAGUAUUUUGGUGCUGUCAAAUGUAUUGUCUGUCUAAAUGCCCCUGGCAAUUAAUCUAAUCGUGAUUUACCGUUUUUCAGAUUUUUUUUUGUUAACUUUGCUGCAUGCAAUGCACAUUCUGUGGCUGACCUCCUUUGCAAUGUCUUAUUUUGAAAUGUAUAAUAUUUUAGUUUCCUGUUAAUCUUUAUGUAUACUUUAUAUCUGACUUUCUUUGGUAUUGUUUUAUUUUGGAUUGUUUUAUUUCGUGUUUUAAUGUAGGCUGUAAACUACAUUGAGGUUUUUUCCUUAACAAUAUAAAGCAGUAUAGAAAUUAGAUUACUGGUGAUUAGAUUACUGGUGAGCCUUCCACAUGGUCAUAGAAAAAUGAUGCAUGAUCCACCAAAGAGCUUCAUGCUUGCCACAGCACCUGUCCUCUACAUCAUUUUAGCAAUGCCAUUUCCUUCCAAGGCAAUGCCUUGGGAGUUGUUUCAGAGGCAUAGGACCAGGUUGUCACACAUAUGGGGAAAGUGUCUUGCUGGUCACACACAAAGUUGCCCUGGGCAGGGCAGCCACUGGUGUUUGAGGGAAGCUAGUGCUUUGCUGUGGUUAUUGGGAGCGAGUGAAGUUGAGGUUGUGAGCACCAGUGUGGCUGCAAGACGCUUGAGUGGUAGUUGUGCUUGGGUCCCUCUUGGGCCCAGUGAAUGGUCUGGAGAACACAUUGCUGGAUCUCGACUGAAUUACUUGGGCAUGUAAUCCCCAUGUAAGCUGGAUGGUGGAUAUUUAAAUUGAAACACCCCCCAGACAAUUUGCUUCCUUUGGCAGAGCAGCAAAUGGUUCCUCCUCCCAACUGAGACCAGGUGAUUUGGGGUUUCAUGAAAAGGCUGCAAAUAGCCAGUUGUUUAAUUCCUUAUUGCAUUUUUGUUGCCAGGGAGAAGCACUUGUAUGGUUUUCUGCCUCAUGUGCGAAAAUAAUUUGGGUUACCUUGACUUGGCUUGGUGGGGGGUGGGGCAAGGGGGGUAUCAUUUUUUGUUCUGUAUUAGCAAAAGUGAAGCUCUGCUUCCAGCCAAGAAAAGGUGCUUAGUCACAAAAUUAUGUUUGUACCUGAGUGGGAAAUCCCAUGAAAACCCUUGCUUUUUUCUUCCCUGCCUGUAAAAAUGACAAUACUGUCUUUUUGUGACAGCCAACGCCACCUGCCCAAGGUGCAUGCACCUCUCUACCUAAUGCUCUGGCUAGCUCUGACACACAUGUGCACUUACAUGCAUACUUAGAAAUACAACAUCCAUUGCCUUUUUGAAAGCCAUUUCUUACACUCUGAGGUAGCAAGAAUACAUAAUGUACUACAAAUCUAAUAGUUUGUGUAUGCAAAUGCUAUGGCCCCCUCACCACCUCCUGUGAUUCCCACUGAGUCCCGUGACUUCUCAUAGGGUUCUGGAUGUUUCUUAUAGUUGAUUGGAGGACUGUGGUCAACACAUCUCAGUGCAUACGGAAGGAGAAUGGUGGAGCAGAGUGCUUGCAAGUUUCAAGGUUUUCCCAAGUUCUUGGUGGUGGGAGGAACGCAUUGUGUUUCCCAGUGACUCUAUGAUAGUAUUAUUAGAUAACCCACAACCUCUCUGGCAAUUCUGGAGGACAACUAAUUUCUGUGGGGGUUGAGGAUUUGAUGAUGGUAGAAAACUCACUUAAGAUACUCCUUAAAACUGUAUUUCCUCUCCCUUUCUACAUCCAACUGAGUGGCAACGUAUUUCUAAAGGGAUGGUCUAGUGGUGGGGCUCAAGGCAACAUAGCAAUCCCAAGUGCUUUGAGGUAGGUCAACUGCAAUUCUAUAACUAUUCGAAAGAAGAACAUUUGUAGAUCUUGAAACCAAGGCCAACAUUGUUCAUUUGGAUCUAUUAAGUGUAUUCAUUCACCUCCACAUGGUUCCAUCCUUAUUUCAGACAUCUUGAUAUAUCAAUAUAUCUCCCGGCCCUCUUCUGCUUGACUGUUUGGUGCCACCCUUUUUCAUAAUCUUCCACCAUAGAAGAUAUAAGUUCAGAAGUGAUUGGAGCAUCAGAUCUCCUUAACCAGUUUUCUGCUGGUGUGGGCAGAAAGCAGUGAAAGGGGGGGUCAUAGACACACAAUGCUCUUUUCUGAACAGCACUAGCAUUGCAUUUGGGGACUGCUCUCAAUGAGUGGAUUCUUCAGGACCUACUUGAAGAUUCCUCCUAUGCCCACAUGGGGGGUUGGUGGUUCUUGGAGACUAAGAAUAUGUUUGAACCAUUGCCUCAUGCUUGCCUUUUGUUUGUUGCUCUUCGUUUCCAUACUAUUCAGGAGAUACUGAUUUUUAAAUCACCAAGGAAAUGAUGAUUUUUAACUAAAUUAAUUUUCCCGUUUUGUAAACAAUGUAUUUCCUUCGCAGAUCUGCACACUGAUAAUCACACAUCAAUUAAAGCAUAGUUGUUGCAAAUAAAUAAAGCCUUUGUACUACCUAGGUCAUGCAGCCAACAAGCCAUUUGCCCUCUCACAGAAUGAUGUCUGCUUACAGACAAUAAGGACAAAUCGUGGAAUUGCUGGAUUUUUCUUUGACAUUAUCUGAACAUAUGGAAGAACACUAAGGGCAAGCUAGUGUAUUUAAAUGCAGACUUAACCCAAUCACAUGGCUAGGGCUGUGUAGGUGAAGAUGAAGAAUAACCAUUCCUACCACGCAUGCCCCUGUUGUACUUCAAAUUACACCCACUCCUCCUGAUUUAUUUGUGAUUGGGGAAAUUCAACAUUUACUGUCACAAGUAGUUUGACCCUAAGCAGGAUUAUACCAGGUGUUUCUCAUAUAUCCUUGGGCAGGGCCGGAUUUAAGUUGGAUGAGGCCCUAAGCUACUGAGGGUGAUGGGGCCCUUUAUAUGUCCAGCUGUCCUUUGUCAACAACAAAUUGUUGCUGUUUUUUGUGUUGAAUAUAUGCUAUAUGGUAAUUUAUCGACCUAAUAGGUAUCUAAAGCCUGUUGCUUUAGAUUUUAGGUUUUAUUUGUUUUUUAUGUUAUAUUUUGGAAAUGUACAUCCAGUUUUUCCCCUUUAAUUUUUUUGGGGGACCCCCAAGAGAGUGAGGCCCUAAGCUACAGCUUGUUUAACUUAUACGUAAAUUCGGCACUUUCCUAGGGCAUUCCUUGGGGAAACAACAGAUGCAUCCUCAAGGAUUAUCCUUGCCUCCCUUUCCUAAAAUCCCAGGUUGUGUUUUUUCUUUUAUUUUCAAAAUUCAGAAAUUUUGUUGUGAGCCACCCCCACCCCAAUGUAGCCAGCUUACAAAAAUGCUCUGGGAAUAUCCUUUGGUGGUAUCCAGCCUUACAAGCAAUUUAAGGAGCUGAAAUGAUGUUAUACAUCUGUGCCAGCAGCUUGUUCAUUACCUUCAGUUUCUGCUUCAUCUUUGUGUGAUGGAAGAUUCAAAGGGAUAGAAGAGGUGGUGCAAUAAAAUAUUUAUCUGACACAUAGGCACAUAUGCAUUAACCUUUCCACUCCUGUUAGUGCUUGCUGGCAAUAUGCUGUGAAACCGCAGAAUUUGCUGAUGGCGGAGAAGUGGCAGAACCACCAGCACUGAUUUUGGGCAGGAUCACACCAAAGUCAGCACCGAUGGCAGACUGGGACAUUGCCAAGCAUGAACUCCAGGUGCUGCUUAGAAUGACAGAAUCAUAUAAUUUAAAAUACAAAAUAGAAAUCUAAAAUGAAAUGUUGUUAUCGUUUAGUCGUGUCCGACUCUUUGUGACCCCCUGGACCAGAGCACGCCAGGCCCUCCUGUCUUCCACUGCCUCCCGCAGUUUGGUCAAACCCAUGCUGGUAGCUUCAAGAACACUGUCCAACCAUCUCGUCCUCUGUCGUCCCCUUCUCCUUGUGCCCUCCAUCUUUCCCAACAUCAGGGUCUUUUCCAGGGAGUCUUCUCUUCUCAUGAGGUGGCCAAAGUAUUGGAGCCUCAGCUUCAGGAUCUGUCCUUCCAGUGAGCACUCAGGGCUGAUUUCCUUCAGAAUGGAGAGGUUGGAUCUUCUUGCAGUCCAUGGGACUCUCAAGAGUCUCAAAAGCAUCAAUUCUUCGGCGAUCAGCCUGCUUUAUGGUCCAGCUCUCACUUCCAUACAUCACCACUGGGAAAACCAUGGCUUUAACUAUAGGGGCCUUUGUUGGCAAGGUGAUGUCUCUGCUUUUUAAGUUGCUGUCUAGGUUUGUCAUUGCUUUUCUCCCAAGAAGCAGGUGUCUUUUAAUUUUGUGACUGCUGUCACCAUCUGCAGUGAUGAUGGAGCCCAAGAAAGUAAAAUAAUAAUAAUAAUAAUAAUAAUAAUAAUAAUAAUAAUUUAUUAUUUAUACCCCGCCCAUCUGGCUGGGUUUCCCCAGCCACUCUGGGUGGCUUCCAACUGAAUAUUAAAAAUAGUACAGCAUCAGACAUUAAAAACUUCCCUAAAGAGGGCUGCCUUCAGUUGUCUUUUAAAAGUAAAAUAGUUGUUUAUUGCUUUGACAUCUGCUGGGAGGGCGUUCCACAGGGCAGGCGCCACUGCCGAGAAGGCCCUCUGCCUGGUUUCCUGUAACCUUACUUCUCGCAAUGAGGGAACUGCCAGAAGGCCCUCGGCGCUGGAUCUCAGUGUCCGGGCUGAACGAUGGGGGUGGAGACGCUCCUUCAGGUAUACAGGACCGAGGCCGUUUAGGGCUUUAAAGGUCAGCACCAACACUUUGAAUUGUGCUUGGAAACGUACUGGGAGCUAAUGCAGAUCUCUCAGAACCGGUGUUAUGUGGUCCCGGCGGCCACUCCCAGUCACCAGUCUAGCUGCCGCAUUCUGGAUUAAUUGCAGUUUCCGGGUCACCUUCAAAGGUAGGCCCACGUAGAGCACGUUGCAGUAGUCCAAGCGGGAGAUAACUAGAGCAUGCACCACUCUGGCAAGACAGUCCGCGGGCAGGGAGGGUCUUAGCCUGCGUACCAGGUGGAGCUGGUAGACAGCUGCCCUGGACACAGAAUUAACCUGUGCCUCCAUGGACAGCUGUGAGUCCAAAAUGACUCCCAGGCUGCGCACCUGGUCCUUCAGGGGCACAGUUACCCCAUUCAGGACCAGGGAAUCCCCCAUACCCGCCCGCCCCCUGUCCCCCCAAAACAGUACUUCUGUCUUGUCAGGAUUCAACCUCAAUCUGUUAGCCGCCAUCCAUCCUCCAACAGCCUCCAGGCACUCACACAGGACAUUCACUGCCUUCUGAUUUAAAGGAGAGGUAGAGCUGGGUGUCAUCUGCAUACUGAUGAAUACCCAGCCCAAACCCCCUGGUGAUCUCUCCCAGCGGCUUCAUAUAAAUACUAAAAAGCAUGGGGGAGAGGACAGAACCCUGAGGCACCCCACAAGUGAGAGCCCAGGGGUCUGAACACUCAUCCCCCACCACCACUUUCUGGACACGGCCCAGGAGAAAGGAGCGGAACCAUCGUAUAACAGUGCCCCCAGCUCCCAGCCCCUCUAGACGGUCCAGAAGGAUGUUAUGGUCGAUCGUAUCAAAGGCCGCUGAGAGAUCCAGCAGAACUAGGAAACAGCUCUCACCUUUGUCCCUAGCCUGCCGGAGAUCAUCAACCAGCGCGACCAAGGCAGUUUCAGUCCCAUGGUGAGGCCUGAAUCCCGAUUGGAAGGGAUCCAAAUGGUCCGCAUCCUCCAGGCAUGCUUGGAGUUGUUUAGCAACCACGCGCUCAAUCACCUUGCCCAAGAAUGGUAAAUUUGAGACUGGGCGAUCUCUUACUGCCUCCAUUUCUUCCGCUUCUAUUUGCCAGGAGGUGAUGAGACCAGUGGCCAUGAUCUUAGUCCCCCCCAAAAAAAAACUAAGAUCAAAAAAUGAAAUGAAAGUAAAAUAAAUAAUAGAACCAUAGAAUCUUAGAGCUGGAAGGUGUCCAAGUGGCAUCUAGUCCAAUCCCCCACAAUGCAAGCAUCUAGGCUAAAGCUUCCAUGACAGAUGGCUAUCCAACCUCUGCUUCAAAACAAACCUCCAAGGAAGGAGAGUCCACCUCCUCUUGUGGGAAUCGUCACCUGCCAGACAAGGAGCCAGUCUGGCUUUUGCAGGGAGGGAGUUCCAAAAUGAGGCACAGUAGAGGCUAUGGUGGUUUUUUAAAUGAUAUUUGGUUUAUUUACACAUAUAUGCAACCUGAACUUAGAUGGAGGGAUUGCAGAUUAUUCACAUCCUAUGGGGGGUCUGGCUUCCCCCUUCAGGGUAGCAUUGCAUUCAAAGGGCAGCAAAAAGCCAUCCUCUGUGUCUCUUUGUUCCAGCUAGUCCUGCCCAGCUCACUUGGACCUCUGCCCCAUCUACUCCUUUUCGCUGCCAACCAACUCCAAGGACCUCCCCAAGCCUACGGCAUUCAAAGCUGAAGCCCUAAACCUUGCAUUUUCCUCUUUCCACUAGCACCCAGCCAAGAAGGGGCACCACUUCCCUUUGUUCUCCAGUGGUUUCCUGAAUGGCCACCCCUGGCUUUUGUCCCCUGCUAAUGGCCCAGCCAGUCAGCUCUGCCUAGCUACCAUGACUCUUUAGCAUAACUCAGGGGUCGGCAACGUGCGGCCCAUGGGCCGGAUGCAGCCCACAAAGACGGUUUUACCAGCACACAAGCCGCCCCUGAACCGAGCCGCCCGCGCAGAUACCGGAAAUCGCAUCUGCGCAUGUCCAGACACUGAAAAUCGCUUCUGCGCAGGCACGAUUUUUGGUGUCUGGGUAUGUGCAGAAGUGAUUUCUGGCGCCGCGGACGUGUGCAGAUGCGAUUUCUGACGUCAUGCUGCACCAGUCCGGCCCACGGACGAUCUCCAUGGGAGUGAUCCGGCCCAUGGCCUGUAAACCUUGCCUACCCCUGGCAUAACUAAAUCCAGGGGGUUUCCCUGUCUGGCCAAGUUUAAUCAAACCUUGAUUAAUUCUAACUUUUACUAAAUCCAGGAGCUGUGGGGAGGAGCUGCCACCCAGGAACUUAGGGGAAUGAGCCCCCCUCCAAAACUCAUAACAAUAUAUAUGUUAAGUAACUCUUAGGGGGAUACCCCCUCCCCAAUGCCCAGUCUAGUGAGCAUGCUUUGUUGCCAUGGAACGGGGACUGACUGCUUGGGAAGGGAAAAUGGAAGAGGAAAUAGAAUGAAGUGCCUGGAAUCCUGAACAGAAGCACUUCACACUGCAACAUUUUGUUGCAGGUGACACAUGUAUUCUUUAAUCCUGUGAUCUGUUAAACUAGAGGCUGAUACUGGGUGUGCCCCCCUUCCUUUCAGAGAUCAGGAAGCAGUUUGCAACAGGGAUUGUUGUUUAACUAUCCCAUUGUUAGACUAAAAAGAGGUGUUAAGGUUUCUGAACUUUUCUUCUUUUUCCAGAAAAUGCCGAUGGUAAAGAGAGGAGACCAUUUUUAAAUCCACAUAAUAGACAUCUUUUGUUUAUUACAUUGCUGAUGGUUUCAGUUUUCAACUUUUAUUCUGCACCCCCCCAUCCCAUUUCCACAACUGGUAAAAACUAAGAUAGGAGCCGUUGGAUGUAGCAGCUCCGCCUAGUAUGUGCUGUUAUUGUUUCAAUAAAAUGAAGACCAUUUUACUCCUUUAGUCUAUCAUAUAGUACAGUGGUACAAUGGGUUAAGUACUUAAUUCGUUCCGGAGGUCUGUUCUUAACCCGAAACACCACUUUAGCUAAUGGGGCCUCCCGCUGCCGCUGCUGCACGAUUUCUGUUCUCAUCCUGAAGCAAAGUUCUUAACCUGAGGUACUAUUUCUGGGUUAGCGGCGUCUGUAACCUGAAGCGUAUGUAACCUGAAGCAUAUGUAACCCCAGGUACCACUGUAUGCUUUUAUGUGCAAAGUUAUACACAAUGUUGUUUAUGUUCUUAAUGUCGUAAAGUAAGUUUGCAUCUCGUAUGCAGUUAUUUGUUUCUUAUGUUUCAGUCUCUUCCAACAUUUCCAUUUUUUGUGCCUUCAACAUUUCUGAAAAUCUUACAUCUGUAGCCAAGGAAGAGAAAGGAUUUUCUUGUGCUGGAAAUCCUUUUCCUUCCAACCUUUCUUCACUGCCAUUAACCUUUUUGCUCCUAGGUCCCCAUUCUUCACCUGUGUUGACACUGGGAGGAGAUCUAGAUUGUGCCUUGAAUCUUUAAUAUUUUAAUAAAAAUAAAAAUAGUUCCAUGUUACAGCUUCAUAGUUUAUGUUUGGUUUGAUGCUUAUUUGAAUUUCUCUAUCUAUAAUAAACAUAUUCCAUAUAGUCGUUGCUGAUCAACACUGGGAUUACGUACCUAUGCUCUACUUUAUGAAGGUUUGAUACAGAGUGAGCUCCACUUUUAAAAACCAGUCCCUUCUUCCAUCUGUCUUCACAAUAAUUAUCAGUUGUGAGUAUUUUGGACAUUCUUUCCAUUUCUACAGAAGCAAAUUCUGAGUACAACCGUUUCUGAAGACGGUUGUCCCACUUUUCAUUGCUGCCAAGGGAUGACGGAGGCAUUGAGAGAAAGGUUUCAGAGUUAAAAUUCUAAAGUGGUGGCUUUGUUAUAGUGCAGUGCGAAGGAGGGGUUUUGGUGCUCUUCCUUUGGGGCGAGUGUAGGGUUGGGGAGAAAGCAAUUAUUGUCUCUUGCCCAUGGGCCCAUUGAAAAACCAACCUAGAUUAGGUGACUUUAAAAAAGAUUCAACAUCAUCCCCUGUGGAUUAUACUAUGUCUAUCACUGUACCAGAUUCCAAAUGAAAAAUUAAUAGACUUGGCCCUGCCUGCAGGCUUACAACUGAGAAAACUCAACACAUGAGGGAAAAGGAAGUGGGAUAAUGUGUCAAAAGUUAAUUAGGAAAAACAGAGACUGCUGGCAGUGAAGGGGAGACUGAUUCUUUACACCAGAGCUUUCCAAACUGUGUGACACAUUAGUGUGUUGGCGUGUCGCACAAAUGCUCCCCGCUCUCCUCCCAGGGCUGGAAAGGGGUACGUUUACCUCUGGGUUGCUAGUAAAACUGAAUUACUGUGUCAUGAAAUGAUGCAUGUCUAAAAAGUUUGUCAACAACAUGAAAAGUUUGGAAAGCUCUGGUCUAGAUGGACCAAAGGUCUGACUUGAUGUGGGGAGGCUUCUUAUGUUCUCAGCUGGAUAUUCACAGUUUGAAUUCUACACAGGAAAGGACAAAGGGACAAUGAAGCUUAUUUUGAUGCUGGGGAAUUGUUGUUAUUUUUGUUUCUAUAUAUUUAUUAAAUUUGCUAGUCACUUUAUCCUGCCCAGGGCAACCCAAAGCAACUUACCACCAACCAACCAACCAACCAACCAACCAAACCAACAAUAAAUCCCACAUAAGUACAUUAAACUAAGAGGACAGAGAAAUACAUUAGAAACACCCCACCCUCUUCUAAAAGGCCGCAUAUAGUUAAAGGCCAAAUGCCUGAUUAUAGGGGAAAGUUUUUGUAACGAAGGUGCCAGGCGAGCCGCCCUAGGGAGAGCAUCCUACAAGCGAGGAUCCACCCCAGAAAAGGCCUGUUCUCGUGUUGUCAACCUCCGAAACUCUCAUGGAGGGGCACAUGAAGAAGGACCUCAGAAGAUGAUCACAGGACUCGGGUUCAUAUGGGGAGAGAUGGUCCUUGAGGUAUUUUGGUUCUGAGCCAUUUAAGGCUUUAUAGGUCAAAAGCAGCAUUUGAAUUGGGCCCAAAAAUUAAUUGGCAGCCAGUGCAUAGUUCAGUUUAGGAAGCUCUAAUGUAGUAUUUCAGCACAUAAAGAAAAAAUGUGUGAUAAAAAUAGUAUAAAAUACUAAAUAUUAAUGCAGCUCAUUGAAUAACCACUGCUACAGAGAACGAACUUAGACUAAAGGUUAUUGGUGACAGUGAAUACCAAAAAUGUACAUUAUCAGUAUUUCGGAUGUUUGAUAUAGGGAAGAUUUAGGAAACUGAAACAAAUAAAUUGUAUGUUCCCUCUUUAAAUUGCGCUCCAUGCCAAGUGUCAAGGAAAAUUUAAAUUGAUUACUGGUAUGGUUGCAGAAGGAAAAUGUAUCUAUUGUAUUUUAUGCUUAUAAAUUGAUAAGCUGGUAGACUGUGGCUUUUCAAUGCCCCUUGCCAAAACACAGCCAUGAACGCAGGUGGUCCGCUACAUAGAUACCUGAGGUUUACAAAGGACUGUAUAUCUGUGAACUCCAUAUCGGCAGUUUUUCAGGUUUUACCACUCUUCUUGGUCCCAAUUCCCAGGAUUUCUACCUUCAUGUCAAUGGAGUCAUUCCUUUGAGCACUAAUACGAUAGAAGCAUUGUGAACUUAAUUUUGGAGCAUUUUGUUACCAUUAGCAUUUACUUUCAUAAUAAUUUACCAAACAUGGCAUAUGACAAAUAUUUUUAAAAAUUCUGGUGGGAGGUAUUGGGGCAGAGGGCAAGAGUACAGGGUGUAUUCAGAGGUGAAGAAUAUUGCCUUAGUUUUCUUGAUUAUAAUGCUAACACUUCUCUCCUGUUUUCUAAUGAUUCUUUCACACCGCAGUACCUGUUGUAUUAUGAAUUUGUGGCUUUUAAACCAAUAUACCGGCAUGACAUGCUGAAUUUCAUUCACACCCAUGGCCAUGGUGUGACACAACAAUGAACAACCUUGGACAGUUUUCUAUUCCCCCAGCCUUCUUCACACACAUGCUUCUGUUGCCCCCAUGUCCCACUCCCCCCAUGAAAACAGCAGGAAAGAACACUAUGCUGACAUACUGCCCAAAAUUUCGUAACUUUGCCCCCCUUUAUUUUUUGGGUUAAGGGGAUCAAAUAACACAGAAAUGAGUGCUAAACAUGCACUAUAUCCCAUUAGUUUUACAGAAGUGGGUUUUACGUCAUAUGAAAGCUGUAAUAUGAUGCAGCAAUUAAGGAAUCCUCAGGGUAAUUGAAUAAACUGCAGUGAGAAUGCAGCCUAGGUUGGGUUUCAGAGCACAUGUGUUAAAACUACAGAGGUACCUCGGGUUACAUACGCUUCAGGUUACAUACGCUUCAGGUUACAGACUCCGCUAACCCAGAAAUAGUGCUUCAGGUUAAGAACUUUGCUUCAGGAUGAGAACAGAAAUCUUGCUCCGGCAGCGCAGCAGCAGCAGGAAGCCCCAUCAGCUAAAGUAGUGCUUCAGGUUAAGAACAGUUUCAGGUUAAGUACGGACCUCCGGAACGAAUUAAGUACUUAACCUGAGGUACCACUGUAAUUUCUCCUGUUUCUGUCUCUCACGUGAGAUCUGACCAUUCUCAGGUCUAGUGAGGGGCUAUCUGUUCACAGAUCACUCCUUCCAGAAGCUAAAGAAGCUCUUACAUUAGAGGGAAAUCUCCUGACACCAGCUACUGGUCUUGUCUAGGGCCCGUCACGUAUGGACUUUGUUGUACCUUCCUCUAAAUUCUGGAGGGGAAGGAAAUCCAGCUAUCCCUGUUGUCCCUCCUGGUGAUUACUUUUGUGGGGGAACACAGAUAGAUCCACAGGAGGCAGCGUGUUUGUGGGUCCCUGGAUUGAACGGUGAUUUCUUUUAUUUUGACUGUUUGAAGCUGACGGCCGUCUUAACAAGAAUUAUUUAAAAGCAGCUUGCAUUCCCAGUGGAAUGCAUGUAGCCAGACAACUGAUCACCCAGUUGCCAGCAGUCUGAGGAAUAAGGUAGGAUGAAAGCGGACGCGGCACAGCUGCAGCGGCCUAAUGAGGAUUGGUGGCGGCAGCGAGUGUUGAGGCAUGAGUAUGACACCCAGAGCUGUGCUACGUGUCAGAGGAGAUGGAAGCAGCUCCAGUUGGAUUUUAUUAUUCUAUGUAUGUUACCUUGAAGCAGAGCCAGCCCAAGACAUUUUGGCACCUGAGGCUAUCCACAAGAUGCGCACAUACGCACUGCCAGGGAAGAAGGGAUGAGGGAAGAUGUACAUCAGAAACAAGGGUGGGAGGAGACCAGAAGCACCUUCUAUUCACCAUGAGGCUGCUGUAGAGGUGGCCUUGUGGAGACUGCCAGGAGGCAGCAGAUCUGGCCUCCAAGGACUGUGUGGCAACUGUUGCUGCCACAGUGACAGCAGCAGGUGAUGCAUUUGCUGGGGGCUGAAUCUGCUGUCCCUGCCGAUCCUGUCACCUGAGGUGGUUGUCUCACCCUGUCCUGCCUUGAAGGUCCUUCUGGAUUGAAAGGUGAAGAGAAACAACGAAAAUAGGCAGAUGGUGGUGGCUGCUCUGAUGGAGAGCUUCUGUGGUGUAGUGCGAUGAAAGUGCCAGACUAGGACUGGAGAGACCUGAGUUCAAAUCUUCAGUCAGCCAUUAGCUCACUGAGUUACCUAGGGCCAGUCAGCCCUAAGCUCAUGGAAAACAUUGCGUUACACAGUUCCCUUUACUUUCUUUAACCUAGAUAUCCACCAGACUGCAGCAUUAAACCCCAAUCUAACCAUAUUUGCUGCUGAAAACCUGUGUUUGUCAACUGUGUUUUUAAACUGCUCAAGCCUGUUAUUCUCUGUGUCAAGCAAGAGUCACUUUUGCUUAAUUUGUUAAUCAUUGUAUUAAAUCAGAAAAUGAUUUAUCUAGAUAGGGCAUUUGAAUAUGUGCAUGUUGUUCUAGUCCUACACAACUCCUCUACUCGGUUCAUUGUUCUGGUGAGGUUUUAGGGUGGAGGUUUCUGGCUUCAGCUUCCAGGCAUAAGGGCAGUUAAAGAAUCCAUUUAGCCAAACAGAUUAGGCAUAUUUUCCAUAGUUGCCACUGGUAUCUAAUUCAAAGCUUCAAACUGUAACUCUUUAUUAAGUGAUUCUUGAGUUUUCCAGAUACGGUGGUACCUCGGGUUACAUAUGCUUCAGGUUAUAGACUCCGCUAACCCAGAAAUAGUACCUCUGGUUAAGAACUUUGCUUCAGGAUGAGAACAGAAAUUGUUCUGUGGCAGCGCGGCGGCAGUGGGAGGCCCCAUUAUCUAAAGUGGUGCUUCAGGUUAAGAACAGUUUCAGGUUAAGAACGGACCUCCAGAACGAAUUAAGUUCUUAACUCGCUGUAUUGCUAAUAAUAAUUAAUAGUCUCUUGUGUUGACUAGUGCCUGGCUGGAAUAUUUUCUAGGACUCUUUUAUAAGCCGCUCUGAGGUUCUCACACCAUACAUUUGCAGUGCUAUUGCGUCACUUUAAUAGUCACGGUUUCCUCCUAAGAAUUCUGGGAACUAUAGUUUGUUAAGGGCACUGAGAAUUGUUAAGAAACUCCUAUUCAGAGCUACAACUAAUCCCUCUUCACAGGAAACUGGGGAAGUGUAGCUCUGUGAGGGGAAUAUGGGUCUCUCAAUAGCUCUUGGCACCCUUAACAAACUACAGUUCCCAGGAUUCUUUGGGGGAAGCCACUGUUAAAGUGAUAUAGUAAUGCUUGGUGCAGAUGUGGCCUUAAUUGCUCCAUAACAGCUUAAAUGAAAAAUCUUCCACUCAAAAGCUUUCAUUAUCAGUAAAUAAUACAGCAGUGUGGUGUAGUGGUUAAGAGCGGUAGUCUCGUAAUCUGGUGAACCGGGUUCGCGUCUCUGCUCCUCCACCUGCAGCUGCUGGGUGACCUUGGGCCAGUCACACUUCUCUGAAGUCUCAGGCCCACUCACCUCACAGAGGGUUUGUUGUGGGGGAGGAUGGGAAAAGGAGAUUGUGAGCCGCUUUGAGACUCCUUCGGGUAGUGAUAAAGCAGGAUAUCAAAUCCAAACUCUUCUUCUUCUUUAAAAACAAUGGUUUUCCCCCCCAUAAUACUGAUUAUCCUGUGGAUGUUAGUACCUAAUAUAUGCACUGGCGGAGGAACAGGAGUGCGGAGGGAGCAGACCGCCACCGGCACCACUAUUCCGGUAGGGUGCCAUCCGGUAGGGUGCCACCCCAGACGCACGUUGCCACCCUCCUGCGUGCUGGGCGCCAUGCCCCCACAGGCAGCGCAUCACACUCCCAGAAUGCGUGCCACGCCCCUGGGAUACACGCCACGCCCCCCGGGGGGCACCAGCCACACCCCGCCUUCUCUCCGCCCCGGUAGCAAAGCAUGCAGCUUCACCACUGAAUAUAUGGCCCACAUUUGAUGGUGAUAGUAAGUGACAGCCCACUUGCCUAAAUGGAUUGUAAAGUUCUAAAAUUAUAGUUUUGUAAUAUUAUUGAAUAGUAUGAAGUAACCAAUAAAUUAAUCUUUUCUUUCUUUGAGCAUUAUGCAUUUCUGACCUUAUUUCAAUAAUAUAAUUUAUUUAUUUAUUGUAGACUCUCACAGAAGUUCAAUUUAGCAGAGAAAUAAUUUAUCAUAUUCAAAACAAAAAAAUUGUGGAGUAGUGUGUUGCUUUUAGGCUGAAAUCUGACACACACACACACACACACACACACACACACAUACUGGCAUGGGAGUACCUUCCAUUAAUUCUUAUAUAUGUUAGCUAUGUAAAUAUAAGGGGACGCGGGUGGUGCUGUGGAUUAAACCACAGAGCCUAGGGCUUGCCGAUCAGAAGGUCGUGCCAACCUAGCAGUUCGAAAGCACCCUUAAGUGCAAGUAGAUAAAUAGGUUCCGCUCUGGCGGGAAGGUAAACGGCAUUUCCGUGCGCUGCUCUGGUUCGCCAGAAGCGGCUUAGUCAUGCUGGCCACAUGACCCAGAAAAACUGUCUGCGGACAAACGUCGGCUCCCUCGGCCAGUAAAGCGAGAUGAGCACUGCAACCCCAGAGUUGUCUGCGACUGGACCUAACGGUCAGGGGUCACUUUCCCUUUUUAUGUAAAUAUAAGCUCAGAAAUUAGUUCAAUUGUAGCAUGUGCAUAGUUCUUGUGUUUGCUUGUGGUUUUAUUCAUUAUUAUUAAAAAAAACACUUUUACUACCCAAUCCUGAUUUCAGUGGGACAGUCUUAGAUGAGGGUAAACAUAAAAUAACUCUUAAGAACUCAAAGUCUUGACAUUUAUUUAUUUAAUUGCAUGCUGCUGUUUAUUAUUUUUAUUGUCUGACAUAAAUACCUUAGUUCUCUUAUUCAUUUGUUUUCCUUUAGGUGAUUCUGAUCCUUACCAAGUAUUACCACAGUGAUAUGGGCAAAGUAUUGGAGAGCUCUUUGUGGAGGUAUGUUAUUGUCUCAUGCACUCAGUAUGUGGUCAGAUAGAGUCACAUCUUGCUGUUUAUUUCUUUUGUUCUCUUCAAAGAGCAGCUUGAAAAAUUUGGAAAGAUAUUUGAAGGUUUGGAGCAAUAGAUACUCCUCUGAUGUUACAAUUUGAAUAAUAACUAGAGAUUACAGGAGAGUAUUUCUUUUUCAAGAGUGGAACCUAUUUGUAAACUUCCAGAGCCUUAAUUUUGUUCAGAUCUCUUCUAGCCUUAUUUUAUCUUAUUUAUUUUAGUUGUGUAAAUAAAUGGGCAAGUAAAUUAGCUCAGGAUGUGGUAUGUUCAGUGUUGGGUGCGCUAGUUUGCUUUAUAAACAUUUUUACAUGUGCAGUUAUGCACAUGUUUACUCAAAAGUAAACCAUACAGAACUCAAUACUUUUUAACAGUGUUAAACACUGCAACAUUAAUGAUGAUUAACCUUUAAAACCUUGAUCAAAUACAUAUAUGCACUAGCACACCCCACCUAAUGCUUCUAGCUGUUCUUAAUGGAUGUGAUGAAUUUCUUCCUAUAUUCAUGCACUUUUUUUAGUCUAUAUUUAAAUCAUCCACUGAUUUUAAUGGGGGGAAAUCUGCAAGAGAUGACUGCAAGUUACUUAAGAUUCCAUUUACUUCAGUGUGAUUCAUACUCAGCGGCAGAGCAUGCCUUCAUGGCGCCCGGAGGGGGGUGCAUUUGUUUGUGCGCUGGGGGAAGUACACCAUCUCAGUGCCCAUUUAUUUUAUUUUGUUUUUUCUAACUCUUAUUUAUUGGUUUUUCACACAGAAAGAAAAAACUUUACAAAUUUUAAGAUGUACUGUAAAUUACUUUAUCCUUUGACUUCCCAUUCUCCCCUUCCAUGGUUUCCAUAUUUACUCUUGAAUGCUGCAUAUUUCGCAUAUACUAUUCAAUACAUCAAUUUUAACCCAUAUAUCUUAGUAAUUAAUGCUGUUGCUUGCUCAUAUUUCAAGUCCUGCAUGCAUUUUCAUCUUGCUAUAGUAGUUCUUUAAAUACUCAAUAAAAGGUUUCUAGACCUCAAGGAGUUUUUCGUCAUUUUGAUCUCUAAUCUUUGCUGUUAAUCUCGCCUGUUCCACAUAUUCUUCCCUUGUUGGAACUUCUUCUUUCCAUCCUUGGGCAUACAGUAUUCGUGCUGCUGCUAUGAUAUACAUAAAUAAGUUAACCAACUCUUUUGGUACAUCAUUAUCUAUAAUUCCUAUAAUUCCUAGCUUUGAGCUUCUUGGGAAUCAUCAACUUGAACAUCUUUUUAAUCUCAUUCUAUAUAAUUUCCCAAUAGCCUUUAACUAUUUUUACAAGUCUACCACAUUUAAGUGGCCAUUUACAUUUAUUUGUUUACUACUGCCUUUUUCUAAUUUUACACACCAGUCUGAUGAAGGGGUGUGUGUAGAACUGACCAAUCCCAACCCUUGCUGUGCUCGCCCUACCCAGGCUGAAAGGCUGGAGGAAAAAAGAGGGGCUUAGAUGUGUCAUGUGGGCACAUCUAACCCCCACCCCAAAAACAUGGCUCUGUAUGCCCUUUGUCCCUUCCUAUCCCAGUUGGAGUACUUAUGGCUCUGCUGGGCACUGGUGGCUUCCACAGUGGCAACAGAUCUCUGCUCUGUCUGCAGAUCUCCCUUUCCUCUCCUUCCCUCACCUGUGAGAGGGACAGCAGCAAGCUCCUGUGGCUCUCUUCCAAGGCCAUAGGUGUACACCCUUUAGGAUUUUGAUGGGAUUGCUGUUACUGUGCUGCAAAUUUAUUUUGUGAUCUCAUGUGUUUGUGCGUGCUGUUAGCAUGCUAUCAGAGCAUUCUGCUACUGUUAUUGGGGAGUGUUGUUUUGUGUACAAGAGUGCCAACUUGAAUGAAAUAUUGUGGGGGCCCAGAUAAACCCCGCCCUGCGUAAUCAGUCACAUAACACAGUGCACACACACCAUUUGAGGGAGAAUGCCCAUCAACUUUGUGGGGACCCGGUCCCCUCAAAUAUUUUAUUGUGGUGGCCAAAGCCCCCACUGUCCCUAGGAGUUGGGUCCUAUGUUUGUGUAUAUGUCUCAGUGUAUUUUUAAAAAAUAAUUAUGUGUUUUUGUGUAGUAUUACAAUGCAUUUUUUUCUUGGGAUUAGGUUUUAAACUCUGCUGUAAGUUGGUCAGAGACAUUUGUGCAAUAAGCAACUAAUAAAUAAUAACAAUAAUCUUAAUGUUUUAAUAUCCUCUCUGGCUGCUGCAGUUUAAUUGUUUUGUGACCGUGUGUUAUUGGUUAUAAUUAUAAUGUUUCUAUGUAGCUGCACAUUUGUUUUGUGUAUAUGUUGCUGCGUAAUUUAGAAUAUGAUUUGUAAACUGAUUUUAUUGUAAGAAAGUUUCCCUAAAAGGCAAGAUACAAAUUCAUGAAGUCGAUCAAAUAAUGGGCUUAGUCCAGAAACACUGGAGAAAAUAAAAACAUACUGUACUUCUUUUGGAACAUGUGCUAAAUGCUUAUGCAUCACUCACUGUCUCAGCUUUAGGCUUAACCCAGAACAGGUUAAAUCAAACCUCCUAGUGCAGAUGAGCCUCCUACCAACACUGCCUUUGAUUUCCUGGCCUGAGCAUCAGUUGGUUGGCUCCCAUCCAGUCUAUUAUGGAUUACUGAUGAUCAUGCAUGAGCAACGCAGAAGUAACAAGAUUUGUGGCAAAAUACAACCUAUGCUUCUGAAGGCAUUUGCAGCAUCUCUCUUAAUUCUGUAAUUUUAUCAACAUGGAAACACUGAGAUUGUGGUUGUUUGUUUUAAAACCCCUGUGAUUAAAUUUCAUAGGUAUUAUCAAAAUGCCAGGCAUGAUGAGAGGUUGUGGUAGAGGUUGGUGGAGUGUGUUGUGGGAGCCCAUGAAGGGGUGCAAAGAGUCUUUCUGUGUGCUGUGGACAGAGGCCCAGUUCUACCACUGCAGGGUCCUUCUUCACGGAGGCCAUGUCCAGUGUCAAGGGCAUUUUGCACAAGCACUGCCACAUGUGCCACACACUUUUUUUUGGACAUACAAGUAAAUGAACGCCAUCCACCUACAUGGUAGAAAGUAAAGGAAUUGUUGGUGGGGGGACUUAAUCACUGAACUGUGCUUCUUCUAACAGCUAGUCUACUUGCCCUUAGAAUUCAGUGGGAACCAUAAACAUAUUAAGAAAAUAAUGCACUUAGGACACAGUUGGAGUGGAGUCCCUGGGACCCAGUGAAUUUGGCUGGAAUUUAGCCUCAUGCUAAGGAGCUAAUUCUGUAAUUUCUUCUAAUGGGAUGAUCUCCCCUUCCCCACGUGUGCUGUUCUGGGGGUUCUCAUUGCUGUGGACGGUGGGAUGAUUAAAAUAUCCCCUCACACCCAGUUUAAUAUUCCACCAUUCUUCGGCAGAGUUUCUUUCUUUCAGCAAAGUAAGCGGCUCACGUUUAUGUCAAGCAAAGCUUUAAUAAUAAAGAAAAUUGUAACACAAUAACAUACUAUCUGAGGGAAACUAAAACAGCAUCAUAAGGCAGGAAUGAGACAAGAAUGAAGAAUGACAGUUUGUCUCUCUAACUGAACUUAACUGAGCACACAAAGGGAGGGGCCAAUUCCGGAGCAGAACACCAAAGCCACACCCACCAGAUGCCAGACAUUCUACUAUUCGAAUUAGGCCCCAGUGCUUUUCUAACACUCAUGACCUUCCAGAGCAGAUUUGGGGAGGCCUGGGGGUGGCACGAGGCAAGGAGAGAGAAAAGCCCCAUUAUGGGAGUCCUUGUGCUGGCUUUCACUAAAGGUACAAGGUAGUUGAAUCCAGACCUUAAUGUCAGAAAAGGGAGGCUGAUUUGCUAUCGCUUCAGGGUGUCUGUUAUUAGGGUCCCAAGGGUCACAUUACAGGGAGUUGUACAGGCAUAAGACAACUGAAUCCUUUUGUCUUUGUGUAGAUGGCAAUGACCUUUUCUGUGGCACUCCAGAGUUGUGCCUUAGCAGGGGCUUACACAAGAAAAAGAUGGGGGGCGGGGACUGGGACAGGAAAAAUAUUACAGGGGAGGAUGUGGUUUUGCCACUCCAGCCCCAAGGAAUGUCUGCUGGAAGGUAAGGUAAAGAGUUGCCCUAGUUACUUCCACCAUGGCUGGUGAGGGCUGGCAGACCUGGCUUCUCUAGUGGUGCCUCCUGCCUCUUUCCCUUCCUUAUUUUUCCUCCUUCCAGCUGCUCCCCUCUGCUCCCCCCCCCCAUCCUGCCUGCAAGAGGGUUUUGUUUUUGAAGCUGCAGACUGGCUCUCCUUCUUUGAUGAGUCGUCCUCCCAGCUGCCAUCAGCUGCUCCUUGCCGCUUCAUAAUUGCAGUGCUGUGCAGCCGCCAUGGGAGAAGCUCAUUUUGUUUGCCAGCAAGGGUGCUGGCUUAAAUACAACUUUCACCCUGUGUUCCUUGUUGCUGGGAUGGAGCAGGCAGUGAUAUGUGACUGGAGCUGGCUGCGGUGUCCCUGAGAUCAGGGCUCUCAUUCUCCCCACCAUCUUAAGUGAAUGGAUGCCAUUCACCUUAUUGGAGGGCAGGGGAAUCAAUGGCCACUGCCAGUGCUUUUUUUCUUAAAAAAUGUUUAGGGCUACUCUCAUUUUGGCUGCUCCCCCUUCCCCCUCCCUCCCCCCAACCCCUGGACGAGGGACUCGAGGUGGCGGUGGUGCUGAGAGGACGGGAAGGCCCCUGGUGGCGGCGGGUUGAGCGAGGAGGGGCCAGUGCUCGCUGGCUUACUCUAGCCCGGCAAGAGGAGGAGGAGCAGUGGUGGCGCCAUUGUCAUCACCGCGGCUGCCCCAGACUCCUGUCUUUGGGCACAGGCGGGGAGAAUGAUGGAGAUCCAGUUUGCGCUGCUACUGUGGAGACAGCUGGCAUGUCAAUCCGUCCAUUGGUCGGUCGGUUGGGACAACACAAAAUGUUUAGGGGUAUGCGUACCCUUGCGUCCUCCCAGAAAAAAAGCACUGGUCACUGCCAAACAUAUCUUUUGGGGACUUAGCUAUACAGCUGAAAGAUAACAUUUUAAGUGCACUUUAAGUGCAUUAUACAAAUGUGACACUAGGUGGUGCAGGUGAGCUUAUGGGGAAUUCCAUAUAUACUUUAAAAUGUUUUUUUAAAAAAGCAUUUUCACAGCUUUUUUAUUUAUGUGUAGAUUCAGCCUCUGUGUAAAUUAAAACUGACCAUGAAGGUGGCAGCUUCAGGGGCAGUGGGCAGGUUCUGCUCCCACCCUUGUGGCACUCCUGUGGUUUUACUUUCUCUCUAUGGCAGGAAGUUGCAGGCUGCGUGAGGCAGCAGCCUUGCCCUCUAGCUCUCCUGUGAGUGUGUGUGUGUGUGUGGGAUAUCUCUGCCUUCCUUGCUGCUUUCCACACCUCAUCCACAAGAGCAAUUCUCAGGCAGUGGAUGCUGCUGCCGCUGCUGGAGAGAGAGGCCAGGGAAGAAGACUUGGACUCACCAGGGAGAGUCUCUUCUUGCUUCCUCACCUCAGCCAUGGCAACAGCCCUCCGACUGGGCUGCCCUCACUCCGUAUUGUGGAGGGAGGCUGGUUGUGGGCAGCUUUGAGAAAGCAGCAGCGCAUCUGGAAAACCUGCUUCCCUCCCUUGCCUGUCUACACAUUGUUCUGCUCUCAGUGGUUGAUUUGCCUAAGGAAGAAAAAAAGAAGCAACUUUUAACACAUAAUGCCUUCUGCUGACCUGUAAGGGCAUAUAACAGGGUCCCGUAAGCAGGUAGACUUUGUAUUUGUGGCAACCGCAGGUGGAGAGUGUCCAAAAUUAUUUAUUACAUUGCCCGCUAUACACAGAACCUAGGAGGCACUUUUCAAAUCCCUUGUUUGUCCUGGAAAGGUGCCUCUCCCUGGUGGAGAGGGUUCUCUGGCUGCUCAGUGAUGCUAAUGCUCCAGUAACUUAUAAUGUGGCCCUCUUUGCACUGGUGGCAAGUAAGAUCAGGAAGAAGAACCUGGACAAAAUUGCACUAAGGGAGAUUCAGAGCUCUAAAUAGGAAAAUACUGUAUGCUGUGUGGAGUCCCCAUUCUAUGUGUGAAUCUUCAUUUUAUGAUAUUGAUUAUUCAGGCAGUGGCUCUGCUUUUUAUAUACAGUUAUAUAGAUAUUUCUUUUCCUGAAAGUGUUUGUAUGGUUUUGUCAUGACCUUUGGCUAGUGCAAUAAAGCUUAUUUACCCUAACUAGAAAAAAUUAAACAAGAAAACUUUUAACACACAAAGUUUUCUUUUUAAUAUAUUUGGUGGUUGGGAGACUCUCCUGGUCCUAAUUAUUGCUUUUUAUUUUAGAAAAGUAGGGAGGACUUUAAAGGUUUGGGUUUCAUUGCAUCCUCCAAAAUUCAAGGGUUCUUGGUUUAUACAAGAAUUUCCAUGGUAGUUUCUAAAGUGCCAACAGAUUUAAAAAGAAAGUGUUCUCAGGCUCUCAGUAGAUGGCAGAAUUGAUAUCAGGCCUAUUCAGGGAGGUGCCAUGGUGAUAAACUGGUGUUGGAAGCUGAGAGGAAACAAAAUGCCAGUGUUCUGUUAAGCUUCUGCAGAUUUAGCCAGCUGCAACUAAGUGCUGUGGUGACAAACAAAUUAAGAAUGCCACAGAUUAAAAACAAAGCAUUGUCUAUGUAAGGACCAAGGCCUGGUUAAAUUGCUAAGGAUGGUGCUCACUCCAUGCAUGUGUUUGUGGUUUUUGAAAGCAACAGUAACCUAAAAUGAUGUUUUCCUAGCAAGGUGCCCACCAAUGUGCAUCAAAAUAUGGCCACAAUGAUAACUUAUAGCUGAAUAGGUAAACGAGUGGCCACCUCAGCGACCAUUCCCUGUUGUUUUAACCGCCUCCUGCCUUGGCCUUGUUUAUUGGAAGGGACAAGGUUCUACUCCUCUGACCUAAAGGAUCAUGUUUGCUCUCUGGGGACCCAGAUAAAUGUCACUGAAGGCCCAGAGACGGUUGUGACGCAAUGUGCCUUCCACCGACGGAGGCUGAUGUGCCAGCUGCUCCUCCUCCCAAGCAGAGGUAGCUCAGCCACAGUGAUCCACACUUGGGUAUCUUCAGAUUAAUGACCACCAAUGCUAAUCGCCAAAGAGCACCUUAAACCUAGGUUAUGGUCGCCUCAAAGGAAUGUCUGUUUUCAGGGGGUUGGACUGGAUGACCCUUGGUACAUGACCCAGCACUACAAUUCUAUCAUUCUAUGAUCUCAACUACAUUGCUUGACUGGAGCUUACACUUACAACAAUUCACUUGUCCCGGUAUGCAAGAAUGAGAAACACACACAGUAGAAAUGGAAAUGGUAUUACGAUUCACAGAGAGACUAUGCUGCUGUGGACAGAGUCAUAGAAUCAUAGAAUUGUAAAGUCCGAAGGGACCCCAAGUCAUCUAGUCCAACCCUCUGCAAUGCAGGAAUCUCAGCUAAAGCAUCCCUGACCGAUGGCCAUCCAAAAUUUGCUUAAAAACCUCCAAUGGAGAGUCCACCACCUCCUGAAGGAGACCAUUCCACAGUCAAACAGCUCUUACUGUACUGUCAGAAAGUUUUUUCUGAUGUUUAGUUGGAAUCUCCUGUCUUGUAACUUGAAGCCAUUUGUUCAAGUCCCAGGAGCAGGAGAAAACAAGCUUGUUCCCUCUUCCAUGUGACAGCCCUUGAGACAUUUGAAGAUUCAUAUAGAACCAGUUGUGCAUGUUCUUUUGCACUGCCGCUUGUAUCAGACGAUUCAGUCUAGUUCAUUAAUCAUUUGGUUGUUAGCAGGGAAUGGCAGUCAGAUGUAUGCAAGGUGACCUUCCUAAUGUUUACUCGGGAUGGGGAUAAGAUGGAGAUAGUAGCCAGGUUGCUGCAAAACACAACAGUAUUUUAAUUGUUAGAUGCAGAUUCUGCUAAUUGGUUUUAUUGUACUGAACCUUUCAGAAUCUUGUCCAUAUGCCAAAAAAGGUUUGAGAUUGACUAAGAUUGAUUGAUCGAAAUGGUAUUAACUAUGGGCUAAGGCAGAAGUUAGGCAGAAGUUUUUAAACUAUGGUCUGUGAGUUCCAUUUGGGAGGCCGGUGGAAAGGUUGCAGCAGAGUGAAAUUUAUCUGUACUCAGCUCCGCACUUACUUUCCUUGAUAUGAUGAUGGAGGACAGAAUUAUUAAAAGGUUAGCAAGGCCCUAGACCAGGCCUCAUGAUUCUCAUAAUGCAUUGGAUGAUGAUGGGGAAAGUGUUUUAUUUUUCACUUCCCUGUACGAGAUAGGAUUUUCAUCAUUUGUCACCCUCAAAUCCAAAUACAGAAAUGGGAGGACUGCCGAGCCCAACCCAAGGCUAAAGCUGACAAAGAUUGCACCUGACGUUUGCUCACAAAAACCUCUGAGCUGCAUCACCAAGGAAGUGCCACCACACUUGACAAAAUGCUUCCCACCAGUGCCAUCUGCUGCCAGGUGUGGAUUGGGGCACAGGGCCACAUGUGCAAAGUUGGAAGGAGGGGCACUGUUGGCAGGCAGUCCUGCAGGCGCUUAGCCAACCUGCCUGAAUCUCGGCAGUGUUUCCUUCCAAGUCAGGGUGUCCAGAGUGGGUUGCCUGGACCUCUCUGCUCCUGGGACGGGGAGGGAGAGCAGCGUUUGCGAGAAGCUUCCUCGUCUUUCAUUCUCUGAGAGGGAGAGGCGCCACCACUGUGCACCCACCUCUCUGCCACCACCAUGCAGCUUCUUCCCUGGCCCUGCCCACCCCCCCACCCCCCACUGAUGAGGUCCUGGGUUCAGGCUCGGUCCUCCUGACAGUGCCUCUGCGUGCCCGCGUGGCUCCUGCUUGCCUCUUCACCUAGUUUUUGGGAGCUCUUUGCUUUUCACUGCCUUAGAAAAUUGGGGCCACCUCACUUUUCACCCUAAAAGCCAGUUCACUUAUGAACCACUUUAAAAGCGCCUGUAGAACCCUGGGGAGAUUUUACUUCUUUAUUCCAUUGUGAGAACCAUCCAUUUAUUUCUACUCUUUGCAUCCAGUUCUAAUUAAACCAGCUACUAAUCCAUAAGUGGACCUUCCCUUUUAUCGUGUGAUAAAGUGCAGUUUAGGAGCCUUCAAUGAGGAUUUUAUCAAAAGCUUUUUAAAGGUCCAAGUACUCUGCCUGCUGAAUCACCCCUAUCCACAUUCUGUUUGAUAUUUUCAAAGAACUCUGAAAGGUUAGUCAGAAGCCACACUGAGUCUCCUUUAGCAAGGCUUGUUCUUUUAUGUCUGCCAUUCUCCAAGCUGGGGCCCUCCAGAUAUUUAUAGACUACCACUACGCUGACCAUUAGUUGGUUCAGGAGAAAAAUAUAUAGAAAGGAGAAUCCCUAAAGGCCAAGAUCCAAGUUUGGGGCAAGUGCCCUUUGGUGAGAGAACCCUAGCAGAGAUUUAAAAUCACAAAAUAUGCAGCAAAGUAAAGCAUAGAAACAUAGGCGUUUAGACCUUUAAAAUAUGUGCCCUUUAAAGUGAGUUCCAAAAUGUCCUCUUAAAAAGUCCCCCCCCCCAAGUUUCCCUCUUCCCCCAGCAUAGGAAAAGACAUUUGGUAAUUUUAAAAAUAUUUUACUUACAAUCUUUCCAAAGUUCAGAUUCAUGUGCUUCAGAAAAGAGGUUGCACAGGCAAUAAAACUUCACUUAGUUACAAAGUGGUGAAAGUUCCUAAAUUAUUGAUAUAGGAACUCAAGAAUGGCUGGUGAGAGCCAUAUAGCUGAGCUGGAACAACCAGCUCUAACAUCUUCAAACGUUGAGUUUCUCAGGUAGACUGGAGGUGAACAAUAGGCUUGAUUACCUAUUUCCUCCCAAGGUGAAGGGAAGUGACCUAGACUAAGCCUGGCAAGGCAGCUUACUCUAUGGCAAGGGUGGCCAACUCGCAAGAGACUGCAUUCUACACACAGAUUCAGGUCAAAGUUGUUGAGCUUUUUAAUAGGGAGGUGAAAAGCCCCCAGUUUUUGAGAAUUCGAGCCUAAGAUCAAGGGAGAAAGGGGAACAGCCGCUCAUCAAAAGAUCACUGCGGAAACAAACAGCCUCACUGAGUAAACUCCGUCUUCCGUUCUGCAGAUCUUGCAACAAUGGAGGGCGGGAGGAGGGGGCGGGUUCUGUUUUACCAGUGCUAAGGAAAGGGACCCAGCGAUCGACCGCGAUCUACCAAAACCUCACUGGGUCUACCAGUGAUCCCUCGUGAUCAACCUGUUGGACAUCCCUGCUCUAUGGUAUUAACCACAUCAUGCACUAAUUAGACUUAAGCAUGUUGGGACGCGGGUGGCGCUGUGGGUUAAACCGCAGAGCCUAGGGCUUGCCGAUCAGAAGGUCGGCGGUUCGAAUCCCCGAGACAGGGUGAGCUCCUGUUGCUCGGUCCCUGCUCCUGCCAACCUAGCAGUUCAAAAGCACGUCAAAAGUGCAAGUAGAUAAAUAGGUACCGCUCCGGCGGGAAGGUAAACGGCAUUUCCGUGCACUGCUCUGGUUUCAUCAGAAGUGGCUUAGUAGUCAUGCUGGCCACAUGACCCAAAAAAACUGUCUGCGGACAAGUAUCGGCUCCUUCAGCCAGUAAAGCAAGAUGAGCGCCGCAACCCCAGAGUCGUUCGCGACUGGACUUCACUGUCAGGGGUCCUUUACCUUUACCUUUUUUUGUUGGUUUUAUGAGACUGGUUAUCCAACACCAUUGGUCAUGUGGGCUGAACUAGGGCUGAUAGGCGUUGUAGUCCAAGCAUCUAGAAAGGCUGGUGAAGGCUGUUCUGUAUGAUUGAUAACUUUAUAUUUAACCAUGCUUUCCUCCAAUUUACAAGGAUCAGAAGUUAUGCUCAUGGUCCUAGAUCUUUCUUUUAAAAUUGGUGGUAUAUGCACUACUUUACAAUCGUCUGGUAUGGACAAUUUAGGGACAGCUUACAUAUUUUUGUUACAAGAUCAGCAAUUUCACAGCUUACCCAGGGAGUUUCACUUGGCAUCUGUCAUUACGUCUUUUUAGCACCAUGCAACGAGAACUCUUAAAAGCCCAAGUGAAUUGGAUUUAUUCUUCCACUACUAUUUUAUUUUUGCUUUUUCUAGUCUGCUGUUUUUACUGUUCGUAUGUGUUUUAUCAGUUUUACCUGAUUCGUUAGUUGUCUUGGGAGUGAUAAUACUGAAAGGCAGUUUUCAAAACACCUGAUAAAUAAUAAAUAGCAUUGACAUCAUUACCCCACAGGCUUUGAUUUCCUGCAAGGAACUGUAAAGUGUGAGUUCAAGGGAGUGGGGGGCAUAAGUGCUGGGGAAGACCACUACGUAUCAGCUGCAGUACCAAUUGGGACAGAAUUAGUAACCUUUCCCGCCACAGCUCUGUGUAUCAGCAUUGUGGUGUGUAGUUGUUGGUGCCUUUUGCCAGCCCUCUAUAUAUGAGAAUAUCUGUGAGUACAUUAGAGCAAGGCUUUCAUGCACAUUUCUUUGACACAAAUGUGGUUUGUUUUUGUUUGUUUUAAAUACAUUAUGAUAUACAAAAAAGGGUGUACAAUGGAAGGAAACUUUAUUUAAGAUGUGCAGUAUAGAACCUUUAAUAGCUGUAUACAUGAGAUCAGGGCUGGGGUCCAGAGUUCCUGUGCUCAUGUUCUGCAUGGCCCCAUCUAUAGUAAAUGCCCCCCCCCACAUGUCUAAUUGGUAUGUGUGGAAUGUGUACCCCUUUCUCUCUUGCCUCAUUCCCAUAAAAAUACCACGUUUCCUGUUUUUUGGAAUAGACAGAUAAACACAGAGAAUAAAGUGGUAUUAAUUGUGUGGAAAAGGAUUGUGAUAUUUUUGAUAGGAUUAUUUUUCAUGAAGAUUUUAGUAUAUUGGAAGUGCCACAGGAAAUACGAUACAUGCUGGCUGGUUGUUUGCCUUUCCUAUUUCUCUGCUUCAAGCUGGUAACUUGAAGCUUUUACAAAUCAAUUUUCAUACUUGUGGAACGGCUUCCUGGUUGCCAGUUUCUCAUCAAACAUUUCUGUUGUUGGAUGCUGACAUAUGUGGCCUGACCGUCCUAUGAACUUUGUAAGAAUUCAGUCAUAAUUAUUCUGCUUCAUUCAAUGUCUACAGCAACAAUUUGCCACAGUAUAGUAUGCUUGAUGUCAGAACUGCUCACAGAUUUUCAUUUUCUAUUCACCUUUUUAUUAUAUUUUUUUACAAAGCAAGUGCCAUAAAGCAAGCACUGUCUCCUCAGUAUUAGACAUUUGAAACAGGGUUCUUGUUUAAUAGCCAAGUGGGUAGCUUGCUCAUUUGUGGCACCCCUGCUGUGGAACUCCCACCCAAGGAGGCUUUUGUUUUAUUGUCUUUUAGGUGUCAGAUGAAGAAGACAUCUCAUUCUCUUAGGCAUUUUAAUUGGUUUGAUGUUGGAUAGUAUGGGGGAGCUGAUAUAUUUUAAAACACAAAUUCUUUGCUUUUUAAAUAGGUAUUUUAAAUGUAUAUCAUGCUAAUUCUGCUGUUUGUUUAUUGCCUCUAAAUAAUUUACUGUAUUUUAUUAUUGUCCUACUGUAGAUCACACUGUAAAGCAAUUUUGUACCAUGGCAUAGAAAUGCUCUUAAACAAACAAGGAAGCAAAUGUGAACUCCCAGAAGGGAGGUUUGUGCUCAGAGGCCAUCACCAUGUGGGGCAUUCCAGGGGCACAUUGGGGGAGCACUUUGGACCCUCCAGAACUGGAGCCCCCUCUCCCCCGACACUCUCGGGCUGAAAAUGUAUGCUUGCCUUGGAGCUGGUGCAGUUGUUUUCUCUCGCACUAGAGUCUAUAAGGGGAGAAUUUUCCGAGAGGGCUAACUGGUGGAGGGGGACCCUGGAAAAUCGACCCCUGCCCCUCCCUUCCUAGCUGGUGUGAGUUGGCAGGGCCUAGGGAGUGGCAGUUUAUCUUCCACAUAAUUCCAGCACCACCACCACGGCCGUAGGAUUGCUCUGUCCAUAAAUAAUUGUGAAGAUAAAAUAUGUAUCUGAGUGAAGGAAGGAGGCAGUUAAGGCACCAUAGAUGAAGAAUUAAGACCUCAGUUAGCAAUAACUUUCCACUCAUUUCUGGCUUAUCAUAAAUAUAAAACCCAGUUUCAUUUCUUGGCAACCUUGGACUUUCAGGGUGGCUAAUAGAACAAAGUUGUAACACCUCCUUUUGUGGCAUCUUCAAGUAGCUUCUCCUAGAGAAAUUAUACAGAACCAUUCUCUACAUGUUCUCUAUUAGUGAUCUCAUCAAAACUUACAGCUUUCAAUAUUGGACAUACACUGUUGAUAUCUAGCUCUUAAGCCCUGCCUCAUAACUUUCUCCCUCUUUCCAGUUGUGUAACUUCACCUGCCUGCUUGCUAUUUCUUACAGGAUCUAAAGGUGUGGACACAUCCAGAGGUUACAUUUGCCCUGCUUGUUGCUGUAUGGCAUUGCUGAGCCAGAGUUAAGUGAUCAGCCAAUAUGCCUAGAAUUUUUUUCUCUGUUGAGCCCCUAGCCAGCAACAAAAAGUGUGCUAUUUUCUCUGUGUACCUCUUAUAUUACUGAAUUUAAUUAGUAUUAUUCCACAAAUUUGAGAUCAACCAAUUCAUCCUGUGCAAUUUCCUAAUAAUCUGUAUUAACAAUGGCUUGGGGUUGCUGUCAUCUAAUGGUUAGAUUUUAACCAAAACAUUUCUCCUCACCCCCCAGGCUUCUGUAAAAUAUGCAAAUAUUUAAUAAAGUGGGCCCCAUCACUGAUUACAUCCACUGCUUUCUUUUCUUCAACUGUGCUGUUUGCUUUUAAGCAAAACCCUAACUAGUCCCUUUAAUGCACAUUUGACAUGCCUCUUUUAAAGCAGAAAUAAUAGUUUCUUACAUCAUAUGUAACCAAAUGUUCUGUGAAAUUUUAAACUGAUUCAAUCUGCUGAAUUUAAUUUUAUCUGGAAAACCAUCUACCUUCUAAAAAAAGGAUAUCAGAUUAGCUUUAGUAGCCCCUGUAAUGCCUUGCAGCUGUUUUCCUUCUCUGUCCCUGGCCCUGAUUCAGAAUUGCUAACAAGUAAAAAGGCAGAAUGAAAUCCAGCCUCAGCAACAUAGAGGGUAGGAUCCAAUGUACUGUAAGCAGGGAUCCCCUCCUGCAACAGGACUUCUCAUUCCUCUCCCCCCCCCCACAGCAGAUCCCAUGUGCGCCCCCCCAUCUGGAUGGGGACCCUAUGGAUCAGAUUUUGGGGUUACAUGAAAGGGUGGAGAAAUGCAACCAGACUCACAAUUUCUCCAGUGUCUAGAAGUGGUUCCAGUCAUUCCUGCAUUGAUGGAUGGAGGGGACGUCUCUCCUUUGUCUGAGUGGCAGCAGGGGAGUUGGGCAUCACAAUCUCCUGGAUCUUACUUUCACUUUGCAGUACCAGCAAACUUUAUGCGAAGAGGAAAUGCUUCGUUUUUGGCCUAUCUCCCUUCUCAGUCAAACCUAACAUGGGUUGGCAUAGUGCAGAUGCAUACAUCUUAAGUAUUAAAACGAUUAAAACUGUUGAGCAUUUAAAGUACAUCCACAGGUUCUUUCAUCUUCACCUGGCCUUUUGAACGCAUUCACCCCAUUUGAUCGCUUUCUUACUAUUUCUCCUACAUAACCCUUAAGUGGCUUUUUACUCAGUCAGGGUGUUAUGCUAAUACAACAACUACAUUGGCCAUAAUAGUAAUUUUGUAUCACAAAUAUUUCUCUCCUGAUUUUUCUUUGAUAUUAAGCAGCAAAGAUAAACCCUGUGGAUAAAUACACUUAAAGAUUAUUACUUAUCCAAUUUGGUAUGGGACCUGUGCUUCCUAUGCAAAUUGCUUAUAAUUAUUGCACUGUUGAUUGAAAGAAGUUCCACAUGUUUUUCUGUAUAUACAGUAUCACCUACCUCUCUAGUUGUUUUAGCUUCUCAACAUUGGUCCUGUUGAAAUUAAAUACUUCAGUUACUCUUCUAAUUCCAGCUACCUACCCACCUAAAUUUUGCUAGAAAAUAGUGAUGUCCCUCUCUUCCAUUUUUAGAAUAGAAUUGAGACUGUGUUGUUAAGAACAAUUUGAUUCCUCACUAGUCUUCCAAUCUGGGUUGGGAGAGGAGCAAAGUUGCUCCGUUAACUCUCCCUCCUGAUCACCCUUUUUACUACUACUACUACUACUACUACUACUACUAAUGUAUUAUUUAUUAUUUAUACCUCACCUAUCUGGCUGAUAUAUUGGUAGCACCAUGUAUACAGAACCAAACACCAUCCAUGGCAUUCAGUUAUAUACAUUUGAACAUAUAUAUGCGAAUCUGAAUUGAGUAAAACAGGGCUAGGAACAGCCUGCAGUUACUUGGAUUAUUAAUAUCAAUCCAAGGCUCUGCUACAUCUUUUCAGACACAGGAAUAACCUGUGGGAGUCAUCCAGUAGCUCUGCAAUUUAAUAAGAGAAGCAGCCCAUAGAUUAUCACUAUUUUGGGUCCUGUCAAAAGACAACAUUGUCUUAUCCCCCCUCCCACUCUCUCUAGCUGUGGAAAGCUGAGGGCAGCAUUCUUGCAUUUAUUUUAUUACCUAAUAGAGGAUGUAGAUCUUCAGACACAAGACAGCUGUGGUAUUGUGCUUAAUUUGUCUGGAAAAAAAUUAUGUUGAAGCUGAGGAGCUGAGAGUUAACCACGCUGUUUCCCGCCACGCCCCCCUAGGCCUGACCUGGUGGUGGAGUUGCUACAGCCAGGCGCAAGCACCACAGCCAAAGCACAGCUCCUUCUUGUGUGGAGUCAGGCUCCAAUGAAGGUGCCUGCUGUGGAGGUGCCUGUUUGUGCCCCCUCACAAAAUUACGCCCUGGGAUAUGGCCCCCAUGUGGUCCCCCCCCCCCACUAAGCCUCUGAUGCCUUGCCCAUCGGAUCAUUUUUUUAAUAAAGGUCGGAUGAAUGUUGAACAAUGUUGCUCUCAGGGAACACUCAACAGUUUUUCAAUCAGUGGGGAUGUCUUCUGAAGAUUGUUCAGAAACAGCACUGGAUUCAGAAUAUAACAAUUGUUAACUGGAACUUUGAAGGCACAUAAUGCCAGUUUUCAAAGAACGCUGACUGUUAGUUUUCUGGGCCAAGUUCAAAGUUUUUGAGUUUGAACAUCCACAAUGACUUGGAUCAGGGCGCCUUACAGAUCUGCUCUUGAAUAUACUGCCAUGUGUCUUACGAUGGUCCCAUGUGCAGGAGGCAGUCUUCCUGCUGUCUUCUGAAAGUGAGCUGAGAACCCACCCCUUGGCGCUUGCCCCCUUAUUGUGGAAUUCAUGCCUUAAAGAGCUGCUCUCAAUAUGUGGUUGCUUAGGUAGACAUUUGCAUCUGGAUAUGCUUCUAGAUGUUGACUUUGAUUUCUAAGAAUUUUAGCUGGCUCUGAGUUUUGUUUUUAUUUCAGUGUUCCUUUUAAAAUUAUUUUAAGACCACCUUGAGCAUUUCUAGUUACUAAGUGAGAUAAAAGUAUUCAAAUAAAUACAAAAAUAAAUUCAGAAAUGUUCCAGAUUUUACUUUUUCUAUGCCUGUAGCUUCAGGUGCACCACAAUUUUGCUUUCAAAUCAUUCAGCUAUUCAUUAGUUGCUUGUCCGCUCCCCCUGCCCCCACCCCAAAAAAUGGCCUGUUGUUUUGCAGGCAGGCUUUUCAAAUGCCUUCACUGUUUUCAGUAUCCAAGAAUAAAGCUCAAGGUUGCACAACAGGAAGGGCAAAGGAGGAAGACUUGAUGUGAUUCAAACUGUGCGGGAAGAAAUUAAAGCUCAACUGCUUUGAAAGAUGGAUGCCUCUCAGUAGGAACUGAAAGAGGAAUUACAUGUAAGAACAGAAAAUUGAGAUGGGUUGCUAGGAAACUGAUAAAUGAACUGGAAGAUAGGUUGAGAGGAAAAAUAGAACAACAGAUGGAACCUGUCUUUAGUGUCACAUAGACUGACAGUCAUUCCCAUGUAGCUGAAGGAGUAUGAAAUGUCGCAACUAAGCAAUGUGAUGGUGAAUUACCUCCUUCCCUACUGCUCUACAUGCUGUCUAAUUAUAUAAUACAUUGUCAUUAUUGCUGUUUAUAAAUAAACAAAAAUAGAAAAUGAAGCUAUUGCCAUUUCCGACUGAAUUAGGGUAGCAAGACAUAAUUAGAUCCCUUAAUCUAGAAUCCAAAGUCUCCAAGUUUAGAGCAGUCAGCAAGACUGCUUUGAUGACAGAUGACACUGUUCUACUCUCACUCUGCAAUGCUGGAGAGGGUGCUUGGGGUGACUGUGUCAAAAGCCCAAUGAUCUCCACUGUUACAAAAUGGAAAGGGCUUCAACAGGGUCCUCUGCCCUAUGUUCUGGAAAGCCCCCAAGAGCAUUCAAGAAUCCAUUGGAUUCCAUUAGUCUCUGAAAGUGAACCAUCUGGAUUGGUGGUGGUGCUUGGCCACUUAGAUUUUUCUUACAGCUUUGACAUUUUUUUUUAAUAUUAAGUGGUUUAUAAAUGCUUUUAUGAAGAAAUAAGGAACCAGGAGAAACCAGGAGGGGGGAAAGUUCACAUGCAAAUGCAUGUGCUUUAAAUGUAUGUCUGCGCAGCUUAUAUUAAAGGACUCAGAUGGGAGCAAAUUUUUCUGUUGGAACAGGGACUUGUACCUCUACUGUGUGUCCUGUAUCCUCUAUUAGGCUCAGGGUGCCAAUGGGUAUGACUGAUUUCUUUGGUUCACUAGAACCCUCCUUAUGUGGUUUUAUGACACUUGCUAGUAUCUCUCAGGCUGCUGGAAAAGCCUGCUGUCUCUUAUCCAACACUGUAAUCAGAAGCAGGCAAACUUACUUGUCAGUAAUUAAUUUUAUUGCUCAGUAACCAGGGAGUCAGUAUACAUCACAUCCAUCAGAUAAGCAGGUCAGUUGCAGAAGCUAAAGUUCUGUCCUCUCUCUCCCUUAUUUAUACCUCUCUCCUUGCAUUUUUUUUGCUGUGACUCAGCUUUUCUUAAUUGUUCUAGCCUUUUCACGACGCUUCAUUCCUGUGCUGAAAGAGGGAGGAGGAGAAGCUGAAUCAGGACUGUAUUGUGAAGCAGAAGACCCAGCUCCUUCUCCAUCUCUCUCAGUGUCUGUGGCCACCUCGAGCCUCUCCCCUUCCCCCUCACUCUCUGAUGAUGAUUCCUCCCUGUCCCACCACGCUGAACCUGGUUCAAAGUCCUCUUCCCCCUCAGGUGUCUCCUGAACCACUCUUCCUCGUCCAGCCAGUCCCUGACAGUGUGUCUCUCCAGUCAUAAAAAAACCUGGAAAAAGAAACCAUAGUUAAAGGGCUAAAGUAGUAAUAGUUACACAGAGGAGGAAUCAUGUUAAUGCCUUCAUGGGGAGGGGGGAGAGAUUAUGUUCUUAUUGAUACAAACAUAUCUAGAGGUCAGUCUCCUAAAGAAUCAGAGGCAGAGAGCAAUUUUGAUGUUCUCAAACAUCAUCUCUUAUACAGUGGUACCUUGGGUUACAAACACUUCGGGUUAUAGACUCCGCUAACCCGGAAGUAGUACCUCGGGUUGAAAACUUUGCCCCAGAAAUCGCGCCGCAGCAGGAGGCCCCAUUAGCAAAAGUGCGCCUCGGGUUAAGAACGGUUUCGGAUUAAGAACGGAUCUCCGGAACGAAUUCAGUUCGUAAUCAGAGGUACCACUGUACAGUACACUGCUAAUCUAUUCACGUGAGUACAAAAUAACCAAUCAAACAGUUACCACAAUUGCAGCAAUCUUUCCUAUGACAGUUACACAAUUGCAACACACUGUCAUCAUUCUUAAAUCACUUGGAGAUACUUAGAUUCUUCUGACUAGCCAACCCUAGCCAUCUCAUAAUGUGUGGAUACAUGUAACCAUCUUUCAGUGUCUGCUUUCAUUGUCUUCUAUUAGUGGUCUGCCAGCAUCUGAUUUCAGUUACCUAUGUUAAUAUUUUUGUUCUCUUCUCGACCUAGGACUUAGUGUAACUUCUAUGCUUGACUGAUCUUCUAGCGUUUAGUACACCUUCGUCAUAGCGUAGCUGUUUACAUUCCAUUCCUUCGGUAUUCUUUCACUGUUAUCAGUAGACAAGCUAUGCACAGCUUCUACCUUUUCUCUUAGGCCAGGGGUGGUCAUCCUGGUCCCUAACACCCACUAGUGGGAGUUUCAGGAUUCUAGGUGGGUGGUAGGAGUUCUACGGCAGCCUCCAAGGAUUAUGAAACACGUGUUUGUUGAGGAGCCUGUGCCACUAUCUCAAGAUGCAGAAGCUUCAUUGUAAUACUGUACACAUUCACAUCCCGAUAGAGACAAUAUUUACUCAGCUACCUACCUGUGUUGCCAUUAUGAUAUGGUGUGGCAUGUGUGCUUGAAUUAGCAGAACUCCUCAGUGUGCUGAAAUGUCUGGAGGCCGCGCACACACAAAUCAAUUCCAAAAAAAUAUCUACAAAAGCCGCCUUGAAACAAAGUAGGAAUAUGAGCACUUGGAAACUUCUAGGAUAUAAAGGGAUAUGAACAUUGCCUUAAACAUCCACUUCUAUUAAAAAGGCAACACAAACAAAUAGUAUGCUGGUGUGCAACCUAAAUAAAAAGCAACUGAAGAUGAUUUGCAAUAAAUGAUUUCCACAAGAAGAUAUGCUUCGAUAUUCUGAGCAAAUGAAAUGGAAAUGGCAAGAAUCAUUUUGGCUCAGGCCUGUUGCCCAUCAGCACUGGACUGACUUUCUCUAUGUAUCUGAGCCUCUCCACUGAGCAUAGAACCACCUCCUAGGGGCUGUGGGGGCUUUGGCCCCCCCACAACAAAAUAUUUUAGGUGGCUGCAACCCCACAAAGUUGAUGGCCAUUCCCAUUCAAAUUGUGUGUGUGUAAAUGGAUUAUGCAGGCAGGGCUUACCUGGGCCCCCACAAUAUUUUAUUCAAGUUUGCACCCCUGCCACUAAGUAGUAUUUUAUGGGCAUUGUACCAUUAACGGUCUAAUACUUUUCCUGUUCCAUGCUCUGAGGCCUAAAAAACCCCCAAUAAGUGUGCAGGCGGACAAGUGAACUGACUAAUUAUACCAAUUAGGAUGCCCCUUGGUUUCUUUUGGUUACAUGUGACUGAGGAGAACAGCAAUCAAUGUCAUUUUGACUUAGUGUUUGGGAAUAUAUAAGGAAUCUGAAGGUGUUUUGAGAAGCUGUUGUAAAAUGUACGUUAGGCAUGCUGUCAUGUCCAAUUUUCCUUCACAAGUUCUAGUUUCUGUGCUGUUGAAAAAUUGCUUAAAAUUCUGUUACUGAAUUCAUUUAUUUUUCAAACCCUUUAACCACUAAGGAGAGCCAAGUGAGAAGCAAUCGAAUGGUUAAAAAAACAAAACAAUCUACCGUAUUUUUCGCCCUAUAGGACGCACUUUUUCCCCUCCAAAAAUGAAGGGGAAACGUGUGUGCAUCCUAUGGGGCGAAUGCAGGCUUUCGCUGAAGCCUGGAGAGCGAGGGGGGUCAGUGCGCACCGACCCCUCUCGCUCUCCAGGCUUCAGGAAGCUAUCCACUAGCCGUGGGAGACAUAGCUCUCCCACGGCUGCGGAGAGCUUGCCGGCACCCAGAAGCUUGGGGCACGCUGAGCUCAGCACGCCCCAAGCUUCGGGUUUUGCGCAGUCCUCCCCUAGCCGUGGGAGAGCUGCGCAACUUCGCUUGCUCUCCCACGGCUUGCGGAUAGCAGCCUGUUCUGGGGGCAGGGGAAGCUCAGGCUUCCCCCGCCCCAGCCCCACACCUGGGGGGGGGGAAUAAUUUUUUUCUUUAUUUCCCCCCCAAAAAGCUAGGUGCGUCCUAUGGGCCGGUGUGUCCUAUGGGGCGAAAAAUACAGUAAGUUUCUCGCAUGUCAAGGGCUGUGAAAUGAACAGAUUAUGCAGAAUUUCAAAUCUUCACAAUCAUAGAUAUCUUUCAGAUGUUGACGUUAAUGCAUAAUUAUUUUUACCAGAUUAUUAUUUCCAUGGUGACUUUGCCGUCUUCCCCUGUGAUCCUAUUUAUGAGAUUUCUUACCUGCCCUUAACUGUAAGGUCCCAGGAUGGGUUACACAAAUGUAAUAUACAAUCAUAAAACCAGAUAAACCAGCUAUAAUUAUAAAAAAGUAAAACUUUUACAGUCAGAACAGAACAGUAUAAAUUCAACAAAAUAGGUAUGUCCCACAAAAUAAAAUAUUUUAACUGACAGAAACCAAGGUAAAGAGAGAUGUUUUGGCAUUUGGUGAAAGCUCAAUGUACCACUGUGGGGAGUGGGGUUGCCAGAGAGGAAGCUUACAGUACUGAGGGUGGCAGAACUAGCAUGAGACCCCCCUCAGUCUUAGACCCAAGAGGGUCACUAAGAGUGGAGAUUUAUUUCAGAUAUUAAAAUGCAUUGAAACGUAGGAUGGUUUGUGCAUGUUUUGGUGCGCCUCACCUGGUGUCUUGUUCUUCGAUCAUGUUCUCUCUUGUCCUUCCCCUUGAAGGGCCCCAUUGAGGGCAGAACUCACCAUUAUUUGUACAUCCACUAUUGUUUCUAUAGGCUGUUGUAUUUUGAAAAUGUCAAGGCUAAGGCUAAAACUGGAAGGAUACCUGUGUAUUUUUUACUCUUGGAGGCAAAAGCAAGUGUUCAUUUUCUGAUGGGUUCUUCCUACAAUAUAAGGUCAAUGUCUUCUGUUUCAUAAAUCUGGAUGAUGCAAAAUGCUGUGGAUUUAUGUAAAGCUUAUUUCAUUCAUAUUGUUACAAAAGUUGGGUAGCACCCCGCCCCUGCCAAGUGGUAGCAAGAUUUCAGGGGGCUCCAGGCACUUGCCGAGGGGUUGUGCUCCUUUGGGGAAUUGAAGAUGCUGCUGGGACUUUGAAGAAACACGAUUCAGCCACACAUUUACAGCUUCAGUCUGCAUGCAGGGAGUCCAGAUCUUACAGCAUGGUCCUUUCGAGAGGGGCUUGUUCCCCCACAGCAGUGCAACCAUGGAGUCCAAGGCAUUUUCCCCAGCCAGCCUGCUUGGCAUAGGCACUGAGUUGCACCCAACAUGUGGGCGGGGGCAGUGCAUGAUGUCACAUGUGUGACACACCUCCCCCUAGCUGGGCUGACUCAGCCUGCCAUCCCCCACCCACCACCAGCCACCUUUUUGUCCUGCCCCAUCCCUGGUGAUCCUCAAAAGGAGGCAGUAGGGCCAAGCAUCUUCUUCCCGGUGCGUCCUUUAAUCCCGGUGUGUGGUGGAAUUUUGGUGAGCCCAGGCCCCCUUCUUGAAAAUAUGGGGGACCCGGCUCCCAUGCCCUCCAUAGAUGGCACCCCUGGGUCUCAGUCUUUGUUCUCUGCUCCUUCCCAGCACACCUUGCUAAAGACACCCUUUUCCUGUCAUGUCUCACAUACCCCACCACCUCAGCAACUUCUGCCUGCCCAGGCCCAAAAUUCCCCCUAGAUGGGCCAUCAAGAAGAAGAAGGAGAAGAAGGAGAAGAAGAAGAAGGAGAAGAAGGAGAAGAAGAAGAAGAAGAAGAAGAAGAAGAAGAAGAAGAAGAAGAAGAAGAAGAGGAGGAGGAGGAGGAGGAGUUUGGAUUUGAUAUCCCGCCUUUCAGAUUGUAUUUGAGCAGGGCCUUCAGAAUUGGGCAGUUACUUUACCUAAAAUUUUUGUUUAUAACAGUUUUCAAAUGUAUAAUAUGUGAGCUGUAUAUCAGCUCUAUUUUGAAAUGUAAAAAUACCACCAUGCAUUUAAAGUUCUGUUUUCCACCAUACCAGGUCCUCAGAUUUUGGAACAUUAUAUACCAAGUUGAAUCUACAGCCUGGAAUUGCUACAGUCAUUGAAAAUUUCUACAUCUGCCCCACUAACAAAAAAAAGGUAAGGGGGUACUCUUUACUAUACAACUCAAUAGGUCAGCUCAGGAAAUGGCUGUCUUUACCUUCUACUUGGCCGAAUUUAGCUCCUGCUGGAUUAUGCCAUCCAUGUUUAGCUCAUAAAGGAGCAACUGUAAAAUAGGGAUUAAUGGAAUGCUGUAGAACUCUGUAUCAAUACCUAAAUAUCAUGUUUGAAGGAUGCUAGCAAUAAAUAGUUUUAGUAUUAACCAUAGUUUGGUUUAUUUAAUCUUACUCUUUGAGAUAUUCAUGUAUCUAGCAAGUGACAUAAAGGGUGGGAAGAAAGAACAAUAACAUGCAUGAAAAGGUAAAAAUAGAUAACCUUGCCUGCAGGAUCAUAAGGAAAGCUGGAAAUGUGUGCUGACAUGAGCAGAAAGUAACUGUAAUUUAUCUGAAAACAUUGUAUGGAACAAUUGAAGAAAUCUCCUCUUGGUUGCCUGAAAUGUUGUGACCUUUUGUGGAUGCACACACAAACUUCCCAUCUUUGCUCUUGGAACUCUGGAACAAGAGGCAAUGCUAAAUGUGAGUUUUAAAUAACAUAGCUGUGACUUCAAAUGAACGUUAUGAGAAGGUAACAGUUUUAAGAGCACUCAGGGUGCAUUCAGACGUGGAGAUAACUGCAUUAGAGUUCCUGGUCACUUCUGUUCUGGUGUCUGAUGUUCCUUUUACACUGCAUUCCCAGUUGCAUUAUGCAUGGAAUUGUGGCUUUUUGAGUGAGACAUUCAUGCUACAUUUAAUUCACACCUGUGGGUCAGUUGGGACACAACAGCAGGCCUCAUUAAACAUGUUGCCCCCACUCCCCACCCUUUAUGUAAAUGUGUGCUUCUGUUCCCCCAUGAUUCACCCAUGAAAGCAGUGGGAAAGAACUGUAUGCUGGGCAUAGGAGCAAACUCCUAGGGGCUGAGGGGUUUUCAGGCCCCCACUAAAAUAUUUGAGAGGCCUGCCCCCCCAAAGGUUGAUGGGCAAUGCCAUUCAAAUGGUGUCUGUGCACCAUGUCAUGUGAUCAGUUAUCCAGGGCAGGGCUUACUCUCCCCCCCCCCCAAUAUUUUAUUCCAUUUGGCACCCCAGAUGUUGGGAUUCUGCUCCCAAUUUUUUCAUCCCACAAAUUUUCAGGUCAACAGAAAUGAGUGCUAACCUUCUACUAGAUUCCACUGUUAUUUCCAGAAGUAGCUUUUACAUUGUGUGGAAGAUCACACAAAAUGUGAAAAUGAUCAAGUAAGGAAAUUUUGGGGAAAUGAAAUAAAACACUGUAUGAAUGCAGCUUCAGAACUGAAUAAUUCUAAGGAGUGUGGCAUGUACAAGAGAAGGGGCUUUAAAAAAGAGGAACAAUUGUAUUGUCAUCCAGACUAAGCUGUUCUCCAGUUGUUGCUUCUAAUAUCCCAGGAUUUUAUGGAUGCUCUGUAGGAAAGAUCUUCAAGUGGGAGAGGUUGUGGCCAUCAGAAUUAAAGGGUUGUGAAACAGUAUUUUAAUUGUUUUGGUUAAGAUGACUGAUUUAUGGUCUCUAAAUCAUAUACAAAGCUGUUUUUUCAGUGUCCUGGAUGUGGUGUUCAUGGUGUCUGUGUUCAGUAAUGUAUGUAACAUUAGAUUUUCAGGUGAUGUUCUGCUUUAUGAAAUGGGCUUUAUCAGUUGUCCUGCUUUAAAGGUAACCAUUUUCCUACGGGAGGUCCAAGUGAUACAACAACUCAGUUUAUCAUGAUGUGACCCAGAAUUGUUGAUUGGUGGUUUUAUUUCAGCACUCAGCUGUAAAUUUAAUAGAUUUUGAGGUUGGCAGAAAGCAAUUAUGAAGGCUUGCUGAUUGCUUUUGCAUGGUGUUGUGAACUGGCUGCUAAUCGGGUUGGAGGAAUAUAGUAAAUGCCCAGUGUAUGUUGAUGUUCAGGGUAUAUCCACAGUGUACAAGGUGGUCUAUAUUUUCCAGUGCAUGUGGAAUGGAGUGGACCUCAGUUUUCUGGUUCACACAUUGAAUUCCCCUAGGAAGACCCCUGGAUUUAUUCCAGCCUGUGACAUUUUGUAUUUCCAUUCUUUUGAUACUAAUGAGCUGUAAAAACACCAAGUUCUCUCAGUUUAGUUAGCUUUGAAGCUGACAAAACCUCUGAAAUCUUCACUUCUUGCUCUGAGCUUUUUAAAAAGUCUAGUUCCCAUUUCCUCUUUUUAGCACACUGGUUGCUUUGUUAGGAGUGGAGUUGGGCAUUUGUAAGAUUGGAGGACUUCCUGGCUUUCUGUGUGUCACCCUUGUUUUAGUGCCCAAGACAGACAAGAAUUGGUCUUGUUAGGAUGGGGCCAUCAGGCAUGCUUGAAGGACUGGGAUAAAUUACAGGCUGCUGUUAAAUGAGGUGACCCGAGCUGGAAACAUAUUGAUAAUGCCUGGUAAUUUGGCUUAUUUGUCUAUCAGUUGCUUCAAAAUGAUGUUUGAAGGCCUGAUCUCUGUUUUUCUGGAGCCAAAGAUGUAUAAAGCUGGAGUCUGGAAUGUAAUGAAUACUGCUUAGUUCACAUGACAGAUGUCAUUAAUUAUCGGUUGCCUUGGGACAAAAGAAUUGUGUGUGCCUUUGUGGUUUGUUCACUGGUUGUAAUGCUGUGUUACAGAAAUAUAAUGAAAGCAAUUAUCAUAAUAGUCAAGACACGAGAUGAUAAGGAUUUGAUUAUUCAAAGACUUGUCCAGUCAUCAGUUGACAUAUUCGAGGGACAUCACUGCAAUUGUUGUGGGUUCCAAUGGUGUCCCAUGGGUGUUUUCUGUCACAAGUGUGGAAGCAAAAUAUGUGCUUUUUUAAAAAAACCAUGUCUGAUAAAAAUGGUACAAUUGAGCUUUCCCAGCUGUAUGAACAUGAGAGUGUAAAAACACAUGGUUUUACACAAGUUGCACACCCAUUGUGUACUGCUGCCCUUUGACAAAUUACAAAGAUACAGGUCUUGUUGACUGAGCUGGUUUGAAGAUAAAAGAAAGGCAGGGAUAAGACACGACUUUGAGCAGGAGAAGGAUGGGCCACCAAAUCAAUACUAGUAAGAGAGGGGAUGGGAAUGAAAGAGAGUCUGGGAGAAACAGCCAAUGAAUUCUAUUGAUCUUGAAGGGGGCACUGGAAUAUCCAGAAAGAAAUGGCCGAGAAAGACAGAGAUACAAGGAAGACAGAGCUAUUGAUCAGUGCAGAGUCAGUCCAGAUUAAAUGAAGCUAUAUGAUCACACACAGAGAGAAAUGUACUCAAAAGAUGCCUUAAUGAAAGAACCUUGAGGAGAUAAAGUGGGGAAUAUUCUUAUGGGGAAUCUUGAAACAAUGCACAAAAAGUAUGUUAUCUAAGCACCAAGGACCAAGCCACAUAUGAUGUGGGAGCUCUGUCACUGAGACUGUAAUGCUCUGUAUGUUUACCUGGGAGUAAGUCCUGUUGAAAUCAUUGGGAUUUAUUUAUAAACAUGAUAUGAUUGCUACUUGAAUCUCCCAGGUACAAUACAAAGAAGUCAUGGGACUUGGGGCAGCAGUGCUGGAGAAAGGAGUGUUCAACUCUUCCUCUGUGUCAUUUUCCUCAUCAGUAUUUAUUCCCACCUGCAGAAACUGCUAAUAGCCUAGCUAGAAAAAAGACAGACACCAAACAUGCCCCCCAACCCAGCCAUUUUGGAGAGUGAUUUCGAGUUGAGGAAAUUGCACAAGGGCAAGUGCUGCUAGGCGCCCCUUCACCCAGCACUGCUGCCCAAGUCCACUCAGUAUCCCCACACCCAUAAGUGCUUUAAAGCUCUCACAUCAUCUGUGUAGUUUAGCCCUGCAAAAAUGAAAAGCAAGAGAAAUACAAAGACCAGGCAAGAAUUCCAGAAGAUUAGUGUGAGCAACUGUGUGAAAUGCAGAGAAGAAAUAAAGGAACAUAAGAAGAAAGAUGACACCUUGACCUUUAACUACCAACAGACCAUUUGACAUGUUUUGUAAGGGAGGCCUUAGCAGAAUAGUUUGAAAAGAAACCAGAUUGCAGGGAUUCAAUAAGAGAAACAGGGAGUGGAGGGAGAUUAAGACUGUAGGAAUAGACUAUAAGUAAUAAUAAUUUAUAUGGAAAAUAUAGCAAAGCAAUAGCUUGGGGAAAAGUAUAAAGAUAAAAGGUAUUUGCAAAGACGAAGACUGUAGCCGGCUUGAAAGGUACUUAUCAUGAGUAUCAUAGUGGGGAGCGUGGGAAAAUGACAAAGAGCCAGAGUUUUGGGCAACAUGAGCACCAGAAUCAGCUUGAGAGAGCCAAGUUUGACCAUGAGCCAAUAUGUGGAGAUGUUCCAACAAGAAGAGUUGCCGACAAUUACAAAUUUGUUAAACACUGAGCAGCAAUUAAGAAGGCCACAGAAAAAGAGAAGCAAAGAAAUAGGAACUUGUCAGUUUAAGACCGAUCAGAUAUGAAGAAAGGAAACAGUGACUUCCAAGGGAUAAAGAAUGAGAGAAGAAAAAAUCAGGACAGUACAUGUAGCAAGGUAGGAAGGCGAAAACAAAUGCACAGAGGCAUACAAAGCUAAGCUAGUUCAAGGGCUGGUGAAGGCCAAAUGCAGCUGCAGGGUGAUCUGGUCCCAUGCUGCUCUUGUAAGAACAUGUGAGCAGGUGGAUGGUGAACUUACUUCCUACACCAUUGUUGCUUAUCAGGGCCAGUAGUACUAAUGCAGAAGGUAGCCACUCCAUCCUGCCCACAAAGAUGGUAGCAUGUUACUGGAGCUGCAUAGAUUGGAAGAAGCAGCAACCACGCUCACACUGCCAAUAUAUCUUUUGAAUUAGCCUUAGAAACAGCAGUUGACUGAAUAUAUGGGUUGCACAAACAAGACUGGAGAGUGCAGAUAAAUUGUGUGCCAUAUUGUAACGUCCAGAUAGCCACAAGACCUCACACUUUUCAUUUUUUUGGAAACAUUUCCUUAAAUGGACCCACAAGAAGGACCCGUGCUAAGCAUGCUGCAAAAUCAGUGCUGUCUUUUUAUGCGUUUAACCAGUAGUGGCCAGUGGGGGGGGGAGGAGCUGGCCUCCUGAUAGUGGCAUCGCUGCAGCUCCCAUGGCAGAGCCAGCCUGGUGCUCCUGGCCUCAACACCACUCUAUGAUGCCAACCUGCAGCAGCAUCAAGUGUUGGGAAGGAGGUCCCGCAGCUCAGCCAUGCCGCACUGGCUGCUACCACAUUUCAAUAAAAAAGUUUGGUGGCCGUUUCCCAGCGUGUGGCUGCUGUCACAUGCUGACAGCUCCUAGAAGCCAUAGGUGAGAGCUGAGUGCAGGAGCGGGGGAGCAAAGGUGGACAAACUACCCCAGAAGGAGCAUGACGUGUCCCCCACCAGAGGUACUACCCCUCCUCUAAGACCCCAGACACCCCAAAAGAUUGCAAAGAUUGUUGCUUCUGGUGACUCAUGUGACGGAAACCAAGCCCCCCCUCCAUGGUGAUACAUGAGUGCCAUCAUAUGUGCUGCCACCCCUCACACAGUCGCCAGUGCAUAGGCAUAAAUGCAAUGAUAUGUCUCCUCACAUACACCCCCCCAAAACCAAAACAGAUUCCUGAAAACCUAAGCAGAUUUCUCUAAUAAAGGCUCACAACUGUGAGGUCUUAAAAAAUUUAAGUGUCAAGUUGUCAAAACUUGUGCUGUCAAAGUUGUUGCACCACAGCGCCCCUAGUGGCCACUCCAUGGUAGUAGCAGGCAAUGCCACAGGUUUCAAUGAAUGAAACACCCCACUGUGCAAUUGUCGCAAGCAGCACCACGGGAUAGGGGCCACUCUUAUCUAUUUAAACUGAAGCAAUUAAUCAAGCUUGUUUUGCUACAGAAAGUUUGUAUAUAUGAAUGUUUUGUAAAUGAUUUAUUCUAUAACAUAAACCUCCAAAAUUACCCCCACACACUUGUAUUCUGGGAAACCUCUGCUGCCAUAAUCCCCUAAGUGUAAGAUUCCCAGUUCAUUUCCAAGCACAAUUCAAAGUGCUGGUGCUGACCUUUAAAGCCCUAAACAGCCUCGACCCAGUAAACCUGAAGGACCAUCUUCAGCCCAGACACUGAAUUCCACCUCCGAGGGUUUUCUGGCGGUUCCCUCACUGCAAGAAGGGAACCAGGCAGAGGGCCUUCUUGGCAGUGGCACCCUCCCUUUGGAACACCCUCCCAUCAGAUGUCAAGGAGAUAAAGAGCUACACAACUUUUAGAAGACCUUUGAAGACAGCCCUAUAUAGAGAAAUUUUUAACAUUUGAUGUUUUAUUAUGUUUUCAUAUGUACUGAAAGCUGCCCAGAGUGGCUGGGGAAACCCAGCCAGAUUUGCGGGGUAUCAAUUGUUGUUGUUGUUGUUUGUUGUUGUUGUCAUGUAGGCUGCAGCUUGUCAGGGGAAGGAUCUGGGCAGGGUUUCUCCAGCACAAUGGUUCUUGAUGGAGAUGAUUGAGGUGGUGUAUGGCAAUGAUUGCCCAGACUUUCCAAUGAACAGGAUGUACCAAUCCUGUUGAUUGCUCAUGUUGUUAUUUGAAUGUAACUGUUUGGAAUGUUUCAUGCAAAUUCUGUCUGGAAAGGUGUAAGACAAAAUGUUUGGUUUGACGCAUUGUGAUAUUGACCUGUCUGACUUGCUGUAACCCCUUCUAAUUUUGUGAUGCACCUUUGAUGUUUUCUGUGCCACAGAUGCUUUGCUUAUUGUUUUGUGGGAAAUGUAAACCUUCAGAAGGCAGAACAUCCUUUAGGUUCUCCUUUCUUUGCUUUUAGAGAGGUUGAAUCUUUGUCACGACUAAUAAACGAUCAAAGGCUUAACAGCCCACUUUGCUUAUGGAUUUUUGCCUGGUUGUCUUUUCUAUUAGUCUUCUGCUCUGACUAGGGAGCCUAGCUUCUAUAGAAAACCUCAGGACAGCAAGCCCCAAUUUCGUGUUGCAACGGAAAGCAAAUUGAUAACACUCACAAUGGCAAUGCUAACUUUCAUCCUUAUUUCUGACUGAGUUUACAGUAGGUUGCGAAGAGCCAGGAACUCACUCGUUCCUAAGAUCCAGCCUGGCUCCACAUGAAGCAUCUCAGUUGUCCCCAGGGAUGUCAGUUGAAUUUGCAAUAUAAUGUGCAACAUGGCUUUUCCAUGACUGUAGCUCAAGCAACCUGACAUGAAUAUAUACAGAUUGGAGGGUGGGAGAGAGCCCAGCAGUCUUAGCUGUUACUCAAGGGGACGAACUGAAAUGAAUGAACGUGACUAAGUUAUGUCCAUCAAUUUCAAUGGGUCUACUCUGAGUACAACUUAGCUGACUGCCAUCCAUUUCUAGCUGACUAGAAGUCACAGGUUUGGAGAAAGGCUGAUCCACACAUUGCAUUCUCCAUGUGUGACCACAGAUAGCUUUGGACAGGUUGCAUGGAGCAAAUUUUGAAUGUCUGAAUAAGCACUUAGACGGUUUCUGAUCUCAGCAAGGUAAGAAAACAUUGCUGAGAAGUUAGCAAAAAGCAUGGCUUACAUAUUUGAAUACCAAAUAGGUUGCAGUUCUCUUUGUGCAUUGUUGAUAGAGAUGUGAUCGCUUUCUUUCAAGUUCUUUCUCUCCAUAUAGCUCUGGUACCAAAGGGGGAGAAAUUUGGUUCCAUUUGCUUUUUAAUGUAAACUGUCUUAUUUUCAUUUUUCAAACCAAUAUAUGACUAUGAAAUGCAACCACCUUUCAAAAUCUAAUUUCCAAGGUUUCAUUAAAUUUAAAAUUUGGUAAAAUUGAACACUGCCAUGAUGUCAGACGUGCCUGUGAUAUUAGCCACAUCCUGCCAGGCAUGUGUGACACCAUGAGAGUUUUCGGUUUUACCAAAUUUUCCAAACUAGUGAAAAAUUGGAUAUGAACUUGCUUCCAACUAAAAUGUUGGAAAGUCAGUGUUGUUGAAAGGUCACUAGGCAGCACUGAAAUCGGUAGCUAGACAUGCUCCUUUUCUGUUACCAGUGGUUUGCCCAUCUAUUGUAUUUUUUAUAGAAGUGAGACACUGUUCUUUUCCAGGGGGUUUGUGAGAAAUGUGCUACUCCUGUGGGUUCAGCCUGUCAGCUGUGGUCAUUCUCCCCCAAGCACAUUUUCUGAUUAUUAAAAAUGCAUGAUGUGCUAAGGCCCGCAGUUCUUCUUUUUUUUCCUGCACCUAAAAGAUCUGCUUCCCCAAAGUAUUGAAAAAUUUAACACGUUACUGGCAGAAUGUGUUCAGAAGAUCAGUUGGUGAGUCUGUGUUAGCACUUUCAGAGGUUUUGUGCCGUGAAUAUACUUAGUACAAAAGUCUUGUAGAGGUUUCUGAUCCUGAUUCUUGUUAUGCACUGUCCUUCUCAAAGCUGCACACCUGCAGUGCUGUGACUAGUAAGUUUCCUGGCCAGAAGUUGUCGGCUAUACAACAGGUCAUCUCUUGCUGUAAAAAGAAAUAUAAACCCCCAAAUGUAUCUUGUGCAUUGCACUCUCUCAUCUUGACCACAAUGCCCUCUUCUCUGUUCAUCUUUUCGUGUGUUGCCCUACGUUUUCUUCCAUGCCAAAUUCACAGUAUAUUCUCAUUUUUGUGUGAAGGAGAAAAUACUAUGAUUUCUCAAAAGGCAAAUAAUUAUAGCAAAUUGGACUCUGCUGCCUGUCAAACCUAUAAUAGCUGGAGAGAUGUAAGACUCUGCCAAGCAAAGGUGAUGAUCUGAUUUACAUUCCCAAAUUCAAUUCAGAUCAAUCCCCAAAGGCAAUUUUGACUUAAGCAAUGCUUUAGAGGGAUAAAGGGGGAGUUCCAAUCCUACAACAAAGAGUAUUGAGAGCUAUGAUAUGCCACUUAGGAUUUCAAAAUGCUUAUAAUCCAGGGGAAGGAAACCUUAACAUUUCCAAAAUAGUAUCAUGGAACAUGAUAUGGGUGACUUAAUACAAUUGUAUAUGGAAAGCAAGUAGAACGUUUAACUGAAUUCCAUAUUAUACUCCUCUGGAAGACAAGGAUUUUAUUGUCAAAUUGGAUUUCUCCUCAGGGGUAUGUAACUUUUAAAACCUGAGCUCUUGCAUCAGUCAGGAAAUUAAUAUGAACAUAAAGCAAUCCUGCCAGCUCCCAUAGUUUUGUCACUAUAAGCACACAAAGUUGGUAUAAACAACCACAUUUUGGGAGGGUGUGUGUGGAAUCUAUAAGGUCUCGGUCUCUCUCUCUCUCUCUCUCUCUCUCUCUCUCUCUUCCUCUUCCAAAAUUAUCAAAGUAAUCAUCUGCCAAAGAUUUAUUACUUUGGUAAUAUUUACUAUAUGCCGUAUGCUGCUGGGGAACCAGUUGUCUCCAGCAAGGAAAGGGUUUAGAUGGGGAGAAAACUAGCUGAGGAAUCCAUUAUUCAGAAUGCUUGUUACUUCCAGCCAUGGCCCUGUGUUUAAGAAUGAGUUGGCUGAACGGGAAAUUGGUGGGUGGUGGUGGUUAAGUAGGUCAUACGGUUCAAAAUGGUUCAAUGGAUCAAUUUGAAACUUGGCAGUAUAGAAGAGGUAAGUUUGAGGAUGCCAGAUUUCAAGCAGAAAGGAUGACAAAAUUGGUUAUUUUAAGAGAUUAAGUUAUUUACAUGGUUUACACUGAGGGAAAGUAAUUUCUGUCUGCCCAAGAGCCCCAUUCUCCCCCAGUGCCAAUUCUAAGUCAUGUAAAGAACUCAAGUUGGAGUAAAACCAAGAAAACAUUUGGGCAACUUGAUGAUAUGUUUUAAAAUAUAUUAAAAACAAAAACCUGUAACAGGGUAAACAUUUUCUGGUCUGGAAAUACUAUUGUGGGGAAAGCAUCACGUUGAUAUUCUGUUUGUCAGACCUCUUAUUGCUUGUGUGUGGUCUUUGAUUUAUUUUUGCAUCUUUCACCUCCAUCGCAAAAGGGCACAAAUAUCCACAUAACAACGUAUAUGCAAGUUUCAUGCAAAUUUGUGUGUUUUGUGAAUGCAGCAGAAAUCCCAAUUCACAUAGGCACACAAAAUCCUGAUGGCACUCCUGUUCAAAAGUAUAUUGUAAAGUUGUUGCAAGGGCUUCAUUUCAUAUGGAAGGAAACCAUCUGUUUCUUGUAAAACUAAACCGGUGGUGCAACUGCAGUGGAGUAAAGAGCAAAGACAUUGAAUAUGUGCAUUUGCCAAAGUGAUUUUGGAAGCUGGGUAUGUUUCGCCUGGAAAAGACAAGAUUGAAAAGAGAGGGUAGGAGGGUAGGACUCAAACCAAUGGCUUCAAAUUACGAGAAAGGAGAUUCCAACUAAAUACUAGGAAAAACUUUCUGACAGUAAGAGCUGCUUGACAGUGUAACGGUCUCCCUCAGGAAGUUGUGGACUCUCCUUCCUUGGAGGUUUGUUUUGAAGCAGAGGUUGGAUGGCCAACUGUCAUGGAUGCUUUAGCUGAGAUUCCUGCAUUGUGUGGGGUUGGACUAGAUGACACUUGGGUACCUUCCAGCUCUAAGAUUCUAUGAUUCUCUUAGAAUCCCUUUUAUAAAUAUAGAAUUUUAAUGGCACUUGUGGGUGUUCCCAGGCAUGCGAGAACAGAAUCCCUGUGCUAGGAAACUGAACCCUGCAACAUUCCUCAGCUGAAAAUAGGGACUUUUCUCAGCCCAACUCACCCAACUGAUAAGCGUCGGCUCAUCCUGAGCUUGGCAGCAACAGCAGCAGCACUAACAGGGAAAUAGGGACAUUCUGGGAUCAAUUCAGAGGCCAGGAUGGCUUUCGUAAUUCCAGGACUGGCCCUGGAAAAUCAGGAAAAAAGAUUCCAGACCUUUGGGUAAUAUAGGUCCAGUGUGGAGUGGAUCUUCAGUACAUGAUCUGUUCAAGCAUUAUGCCUUUACAGUAUAUGAGCCACACCACUAAAAAUGGUGAACUGGUACCAAUUGGUGCUGGAUAAAGUUGAAUGUAUGUGGUUUUUUGUUUUUGUUUUUUGCAAGAUUUAUACCUCAGUAGUUGGAAGAUAGGUGGUAAUCUUGCAGUUUUCACUGUCUUACAUAUUUUCAGUGAUGCUAAAGUUGGUGCCCAGUUCCUUAUGCAACAAAGAGCCAAACUAAUAGCCUCAAUAGUUUAUUUGAUCCUACACCAGAAAAUAUGAAUUAUAAUACCCCAUAUCGUACAUUGCAAUCACUUCUCCCCUUCAAUAUGCAUUAUUGUUUGCUGGGAUAAAGAUUGUUGUUCCUGAGCACUUCAGUGCUUGAUGACUUCAGCCUGCUGCUAUGAAUUAGAGGACUGUAGCUUUGCACCCCAAAAGAAGCACCAGGCCACCCCCAAACGAUACUUCCACAGCACCAGGGGAUUGUCUCCUAGGACAUUCCAUAGAGUUUUAUCUCACCCACUGCUUCCUUUUUCUGCAAGGCAUAGUCAUUGCCCAAGUCAGCCCAAGGCAUUUUGGCACCUAAGGCGAACCACAAAAUGGUGGUGCCACACCCACAAACACCCAGGUGGCGUUGGAGGGUGCUGCUGAGGAGGAGGCAGAUCUGGCCUCCAAGACGUGCACCACAGCCAUCAGUGCUACUGCAGCAGCUGCAGCAGGCAAUGGAUUCCUUGGAGGCCAGAUCUGCUGCCCCUGUGAUCCUGCUGCCUGAGGCAGUUGCCUCGCUUUGCCUCAUGGGUGGGCCGACCCUGGUCACUGCCCUCCAUGACAGUAAUGGCCACAGCUGCCACAAAUGUUCAAGGGAACUGUAGAUUUGCUCCUCCAAAUAAGCAUUGGGUCACUUCCCAAAGACAGCCCUACAUAGUGUGCAUGUUUGCAAGGGAGCCCUGCAAGAGGAGAAACAUCUGGCACGGGGGAUUUGAAGUUGAGGAGCAGUGCAGUUCCCUGCAAUUCCCUGUUCAAAAUCACAUUCUCCAGUAGCCAGUUUUCUUAGCCAAUGUAUCUUGUCACAGCAUUGUUGCACACUUGAGUGCUCCUGUGCCACCGAAAAGUCAGUCCCUCUUACUCUCAGUUGCCACAAAGUACAGUUCAUAACAUGCCCCUCAUUCAUUUCCACUGUGUAAAUGCAAAUAGGACCAAGAAUGUUUAUUGUACUACUGCAUUACAGGACUCAAAAAGUUGAUUGCAUUCUACCUAAUAUGGAAAUUUUCAUUUACUUCUAAUAGGGCUCCCUCAUUAACUAUUCUUCUAAAAUGUCAACCUGGCAGCCUUUCAAGUGGGAAAUUGAUUUCUUUUGUUUUCUGUUUUUUAAAAUAGCAAAAGGCUGAUCUUCAGGUUGGGCUAUUUAUCUGGAAGAUGCUCCAGAGGUGAAAACUAGACUGUCACAUUUAUCUCACAGUUUCAGCAAUACUCAGUUAUUGCUACAGUCAGUUCCCUGGGCGUAUAUGUCUGAGAGUUAAAAACAAAAAACCAGAAAAGAGAAUGAGAAUAUACACAUUCCCUUUGGCACAGCUUUUGAAGGGAAUCUGCAUAAAAUGUUUCCUCUAAUUUCCCUUUCCGUGCCUAAAUAAAAAACACUAUUUUUGUGUAUAACACUCAGUCACUUGAAGUCACCCUAAUAUAGAUAAGCACAUUUAUCCUUGCCCUUAUAAUAGAACCUGUUAUUAAAUUGAUGGCAGCAGAUGGCCAUAUUGUUGCAACGUGAAGAUGUUCCCAUAUGCUGUUAUGAUAAAAUGGUGGUUUGUUGUUGUAUCUCUUCAAGCCAUAAUUCUUCCAGGGCUUAUGGAAGAGUGGCAGUGCUGUAUUUCUCAAGCCUAGUGAAACACAGGAACCUUCUUUGUACCAAGACAGACUAUUCCAGCUGAGUUUUGUCUGCAGUGAUGGGCAGGUGUCAGACUUGUAGGAUCUACUUCGUUUUCUUCCCUAGAACCUUGAGAUCUAUUAGCCCAACGCAUGUAAUAGACCCCUAGAUCCAGAACUCCAUAGUAACAGGUGCUUCCAGUGCCCCAUUUAUUUAGAGGCAUAGGAGGGGGUGGGGUUGAGGAGGCAACCCAUUCAUGUUUUUCUCUUUUCACCAGAUGACACAGUUGUGUAGAGGACAGGAAAAGAUAAGCCUGAUGCAAGGUGUAUUGACAUAAGCAGUGAUAAAGGGAAUACUGUUUAGCUCUUGGAGAUAGUUGUACAUCCUUUAAGCCAAAUAUUCAAAACAACCAGUAGGGGUUGAGAGGUGGUAUGGAACAAUUUGCCAUAGGUGCAAAUUGACUUUAUUUGUCUUGAGCAAUUUUAGCCUUCAAUGUGAUGCCACCUUUGCCCCGUCAAAGCCUUUGGAUGAAUGCCAAGGUUAAAAUAGAAAUUGAGAUUAGUCUAUUCAGCUACGAACAUUUGAUUGUCAAUCACAAUCACUAUUUUGAAUGACAGUGUGUGUAACUGAAUGUUGUAUUAACACAAUAAUUAACACAAAAAUACAGUUUUCAUUUACCUGGGUAAUAAUUAUUUGUUGAUUGGAAUACUUAAAAUACCAGUUUUUUCUGCCCUUCCUGAGACUUUCAAAGUAGCCGACAAUCACCAUAAAAAAAUCUACCAAUAAAACAAAAACAGCAACAGCAACAGCAGUCUUCAAGCAAUCUGCCAAAAAAAAGAGAAAAAGAAUAGGCAGAAAGGUUCAGAGCCUGGGGUGCCACCGCUUUCUCUCUGCCUCGGAGGGCCGUGGGGCGUGGAGCAGACCUCCCCUGAUGAUCCAAGCAUGUGGGUGGACUCAUGUGGAGAAGGUGGGCCUUUAUAUAUCCUGCUCUGGAACGCUUUAAGCCAGGGGCCAGCAAACUUCUUCAGCCGUGGGCCGGUCCACCUUCCCUCAGACCACGUGGUGGGACGGACUAUAUUUUGAAAAAAAUAAUGAACGAAUUCCUAUGCCCCACAAAUAACCCAGAGAUGCAUUUUAAAUAAAAGCACACAUUCUCCUCAUGUAAAAACAUGCUGAAUUCUGGACCAUCCGUGGGCCGGAUUGAGAAGGCGAUUGGGCCGCAUCCGCGUCCCCAGGCCUUAGGUUGCCUGCCCCUGGUUUAAGCCUUUAAAGGUUGAAAGCAGCACUUUGCAUUGGGCCCAGAAACAACUGAAUUUAAACUGGUUUUGUUUUGUCUGAUAGUUUGAAUCUUGCCAGCAUUCUUACUGUUGUAUUUGGCAUUCAACUGAUGUUUGCAAAUACAGUUGGAAGUUAUGUAUAGCUAGAUCUUGCUAGGAUGCUACUAAGGCAGGCAGUAAAAUAUAUAAGAAAUCAACCUUUUCAUUAUAAAUACUUUCGGGGUGGGGGGAGGAGAUUGAUCCUUUGCUUGCACAUUUUGAAAUGUAAGCAUGGUUUCAGCAUAAUUUUUGAAGAUGCUCUUUUAUUAAGCUUAUUUGUGAUACUUCUUCUUUUUUCCGAUAUAAAUAAGCUUGCUUCUUACUCUUCUAUUAACUACAGUGGUACCUCUGGUUACAAACUUAAUUCGUUCCGGAGGUCCGUUCUUAACCUGAAACCGUUCUUAACUUGAGCUACCACUUUAGCUAAUGGGGUCUCCCGCUGCCACCGCGCAAUUUCUGUUCUCAUCCUGAGGUAAAGUUCUUAACCUGAGGUACUACUUCCGGUUUAGCGGAGUCUGUAACCCAAAGUGUCUGUAACCCGAGGUGUUUGUAACCCGAGGUACCACUGCAUAAAGAUUUUUCUAGCAUCCAUCUCCAUGUAUUUUGUAUGAAAAGGAAGCUACCAAAUGUGACAAUGUAACCUACAUUCUUUUUCUUACCUUCUGAAUUUUUGCAUUAUUGUUUUCAGUGACUGCUUUCUAUGAACAAAUGAACGAACAAUUGAUGUGAGUUGUCAUGACAUGAUGUGCCUGGGGCACUUUGAUCAGUCGUAAUUUUGUAGACCAGCCAUGACCUUCCUACCCUGUUGUCAUCUUCUUCUCUUUACAGAAAUGAUGUUCGAUGCCACAGUGGCACAUGCACCCGGGGCUAUUACUUAGAGGCUGCCAUAAGCAUUGCUAAUUACAGUAAUUACUUUGGCCACAAUCCAGCCAAAGUUAAGCACUUUUAAGUCCCAUUGAUUUCAAAUCAAACUAAGUGCCAGCAUAACUCCCUUCCAUUUAAAUCAAUGAGUUUGAAUGUGAUGUUUUCACACACAAAGUAAAACCCAGAAGCAUCUAAUCGAAUCUGUCUGAUGUUUCAUGAAGGCAAGCAAAUUACUCUAUAAAUGUUAAAUUUACCCAGUCUGUAUGGAAAUAACUUUUAUAAAAAGAUUAUCUCAACCAAUUAGUUUCCAUAUUUAACUUUUUCUGGGCCUUUGCCUCCAUUGGCGAAAGCCAUAUGGGUGUUUUCCUUUCUAAAAGAUCUUUAUAUUUUAUCCAAAUGUUAUAUAAACAUUUUCUAAUUACAUGAUUUUUAAAACCAUUAUGGGCCUUUAUCUUGUCAUACCAUAGAUAAGCAUGCCAUCCAAAUACAUUGUCAAAUUCCUCCAAGUCUAAAACAUCUGCAUUAUCUAGUUGUAUCCAUUCCUUGACCCAACAAAAGGCUGCAGAUUCAAAAUAAAUCUUCAAAUCUGGCAGGGAAAACCCCCCUCUUUCUUUAGAAUCUGUUAAUAAUUUAUAUUUAAUUCUGGGUUUUUUCCCCUGCCAGAUAAAUCUAGAUAAAACUUUCUGCCAUUCUUAAAACGUUUCACAUUGCCAAUAAUUGGGAGGGCUUGAAACAGAAACAACAUCUUUGGCAAUACUUACAUCUUAACCACAGAAAUCUGGCCCAUUAAUGACAAUUUUAAAUUCGACCAAAUCUCCAGAUCUCAUUUCUGACAUCUCUAUGUACAAAAGUACAUUACAUCCACAGCGUUCGCCUGCUUGUUCCACCAAGCUUGUAACUCUUAUCAAAAAGAGACAUGAGAUUCAUCUGGCAUGACUUGUUUGGGGAACUUUAAAAGAAGUAAUUGCUUCCUUCUAACAUUUUCUUGUCCCUGUUGCUUGCAUUCUUCUAAAAUGCAGACCUCACAAUGGAUUCUUUGUUCUGGUUCCAUUCAGCUCCCCCUCCCCAUAAGGCAUGUCUGGUCCUUGAAUUGUGCAUUGUGCAAGGGAGGGGGCCCUUGAUUUGCCAUGGCCAUGGUGAGCGGAUGUGGAGGCCAGUCCCAUUUGGUGGAGCAGGUGGGGAUGGCGACUCUUCUGCCCCCUGCCUUCUCACAGCUGGCUUUCCUACUCCCACACCCACUAAUGGUAUGAGGCAAACAGACAAAACUUUUAGUCAUUUUGGUGUAGAUCAGGCAUGUCCAACAGGUAGAUCGUGAUCUACUGGUACAUCGCGUGGUAGAUCCUGGUUGACCUCUAGCUCCUCAGCGAUCUCCUUACAAAAAAGCAAAAAGGGAAAACAAAAAAAACCCCACCAAAUUUGGCUUCCUAAAAAAAGCUCAAGCUCCACAACUUUGGCUUCCUAAAAAAAGCUCCACAACUUGGGGUGGAUCACUGCCAGUCUUUUUACGACAAUGGGUAGAUCACUGCCAGUUUUUUUUUACUGUGAGUAAAUCGCAGUCUAUCGGGAGUUGGACGUCCCUGGUAUAGAUAAAUACUGUUCACAUGGAAUCAUACCUGCAGCGUCUUAUCCAAGGAGGCGCACAAAAUUAAUAUGCAUGCAAUGUGAAUUUUCCAGUAGCCAAAAACUAGAAGGUAUAAAUUCUGUUGCAUUACAUUUUAUGGGGUUUUUUUUAUUAUUAUUAAAAGACAUUUCUUCAUACCACCUGUUACACAGAACAUAUGCUGACAGUGUACAAAAAUAAGCUCAUAAUUUGGUAACGCUCCCAAAUUAACAGCAGUUGCACGAUAUUUCUUUCACGUAGUUAUUAAAAACCACAGCAGAGUACUUCUGGAAUGUGAAAUUGCAUAAUAGUAUGGGAUAGAGGCUAGAACAAUACAGAGAGAAAUUUAAUGCUGCCAUCUCCAGGUAGCACAUAGAAUAGCAUAUGUCAACUGAGAUCAAUUUACCUAAAUUCAUGUUUUUAAUGAGUAAUGGAGUGAACAGACUCCUCCGUACGAUUAUAUACACGGGUGCACUGCCAUGUAGAGAGACUAGUGUACACUGGAUGUGUAUGCAGGAAGUCAACAGCCAUUUCUGUGAUCACAAUGGCUGAGGUGAGUGUGGCAGGGCUGAGGGCUGCAUGUACAGACUCAUCCCACCUCCGAUUUGCCUGCUGCUUUCCCCUGGGGAAAUCCAUGGUUUAGUGCUGAAUCAGAACAAAUGGCAACCAGGUUUGUCUCAGAUUGCUGUUUGUUCCGAUUUAGCACUAAAGAGCAGGUUUUCCAGGGGAAAGCGAUAGGGCAAAGACAAAAUCAUUUGGCACAAGACAAGCGGAAGUGUGAAUGAGCCCUGACUCACCCUAGACCUUCUCCAUGUACCUGUUACCCACUUACACAAUCACAUGGAGAAAUCUGAAAGAAAAAACUGGCUACUAAUAUAUGAAGAGCAGAAUGCCACUGUAUAUUGGUACAUUUCUUAUCCCAGAAACCUGGUUAGCAGGAGGAGAAUUUUAUAUUAUUACAAAUCUGACAAGUUACUCCUCUUUCUGUUGUAUUACAAAUGUCCUUGGCAGUUUGUUGUAUAGGUGCAAGCAAGGUUGGUAUGUUUUUGGUGUGUCAAAAUGUUGUGGACAGGAAUCUCUAAACAUUAUGGAUUUCCUUCUUCAUGUUUUGAUAUGCCGCAUUUUCAUUUCAUGCACAUUUCUUUUGGUGGUACAUGAACGUUUCAUUGGAAAGAGAUGUAAAGCAUCAAAGAAUUUCUCUGGCUUUGCUGCCAGACUACAGACUGUCAAUGAGGCUCUGGAAAUUUAUCUGUGACUGGUUUUUCCAGGAGCAGUGGCCCACGUGUCAGAAUAGUUAGGAGUUGCUUGGUUGCAGGGGUGCCAACUUGAGUAAUAGGCCCAGGUAAGCCCCGCCCUGCAUAAUCAAUCACAUGAUGUGGCACACACACACUAUUUGAAUGGCAAUGCCCAUCAACUUUUUUUUGGGGGGGGUAGCCCCCUCAAAUAUUUUUUUGGGGUGGCUAAAGACUACUCAGGCCCUAGGAGUUGGCUCCUGUGCUUGGUUGCCAGUUCCUCUUUUGUAUAGCUUCUAAAUGUACAGGGUGAGUCUUUUAAAAGAGGCCCCGUGGAACAUGUACACUCUGUAUCCAGAGCCUCUUUUAAAGGACUCACCCUGUAGCAUAGCUGCUUCUUUGCGGGGCUCAGUCCACUCCCACAUGGAGUAGAGCACUGGAAUGCAUGCAGUCUGAAUACCACCAGGCAGUGCUUAUAGUCUUUCUAUUUAAGCCUGUGUUGAGCAGACAUGGGGUAUAAUUUAAUUUCUGCAUGAUUUGCUUGUUAAUUGAGCAUUCUGCUUUCAUUAUAUUUCCCUCCUAAACUGUUGUUACUAGGCUGCAACUCUUGGGAAUUGGUGGGAUAGAAAAUGAACUCAAUGAAUAACAACAGUGGAACCUUGGUUCUUGAAUGGCCUAGUUGACGAACAAAUUGGCUCCCAAACGCCGAAAACCCGGAAGUAAGAGUUCUGGUUUUCGAAUGUUUUUUGGAAGCUGAAUGUCCGAUGCGGCUUAUGCUUCAGUGCAGGAAACUUCUGCAGCCAAUCAGAAGCUGCGCCUUGGUUUUCGAACGUUUUGGAAGUCAAAUGGACUUCCGGAGCAGAUUACGAUUGAGAACUAAGGUACCACUGUAAUUAUCUUCUAGAGUGAGCCCAGUUUACUCUGUUCUUUGCUGCUUCUGGAAAUCUUUUCUCCCACUAUCAGAGGCUGAUGGAAGCACGCAAACUGAGGAUCCCUCUGUGUAGCACAUGAAUUUGGAACAGAACAGCACAAUUGUGUUGUUAUGAAUCGUGUUGGAUCAUGUGUAAUUUGCACAGUGUUUUACAGUCUUCAUCUUACUGAUUACUGCAACAUUAGAGAUAAUGCAAUAUUCUAAUUUUACAAAUAAUGAAAGGAAAUUGAGAAAUGGCAAAUUGCCAGAUAGUGAGCUAGUUAUGGUAAUUCAUAUUAGGAUUCCACCCCCUCCCAAGUUGAUCUCCUAUUUAAUCCAAAAUCAAUUUUAGUCUUUUCCUCUUAAUAUUGUAGUUCAGGCUCAAGGUAAGCCCUGAUAAUGAACACUAGGUAUUUUCAGAGUAUCCUUUGCAGGUAUCCUGAAGUUGUAGCACUAGCCGACUCUGGCCUGAUUUCAUUGUUGCUCUUAUUGCUGUAGCAUGAACGGCAGCAAAACGCUUCUUUGCCAUACUGUUGGCCCCUUGCCGUAUGUAGCGCUUAACAUUCAUAACAUCUGACUGAAAAGGCAUGAUGUUGAAUGUGCAAACGCAUUUAACAUGCCUGAUUUUUUCUUAUAAAACAUGUUCUCCCUAGCAGAGUGUGUGUGUUGCGGUGGGGGAUACAAGCCACCCCAUUGUUGCUGGGUGGAUUUGUAGAGGGACCCAGGCAGUGAAUUGGUUAAUCAGGUCACUGGGGAGAACUGCUUGUUGCCAAUUUUGAAGGAGGGGUCAGAGGUUUUAAAUACUGGUCACCCAACUUUGGGCGUCCUCUUGGCUGCUUGCACUGGAUCACCCGCCCACCCUCCCUGUAUUGGGGGGGGGGGUGUUCGCUUGACCUUGCUAUGCCUGUCAUGGGGUUGUCUGCUUUGAGGCAGGAGCCUGGUAGGAAUUUGUCCAUUUGGCUGAUUGGCUGUUGCCAUUUGGUUUUUACCUACUGCGUAGCAAAUUGUCACAACUUGUAAGGUUGGCGGUUAGGCAUUGGUUCAGAUUGGUUGGUGGAGGGGUAAGUGCCUACCCCUCCAAUGGUGGUGCGGAAAGGGAAUUCCGUUAAAGGAAUCCAGGGGCUUGCCAUCCCUUUCGUCCUUGUCCCUGGCAUCGGACGUGGGCCGUGCAAGCCCCAGGGGGCAUGAGGGGAGAAGUGAGGGACUGAGGCCCAGCUUCAUUUUCUCCCCAAAAUUUGUUUCCCUGACUGGCUUCUGCUGGAAUCCGGAAGUCAGUCCUGUCCCCUGGGCAAGGACAGAUAGUCGGAACCAAUGCCUAAGCAACCACUCACUUGGAUGUAUUUAAAUAAAGUUGCGGCCAAAAUAGUGCCAAAAACCCAAACCAAAAUUCAUGUGUGAUGAGUUAUUGGGGGGUGGCUUGGGGACCUCGACACGCAACAAUAGCAGCUCUCUCUUUCUGCGGCCCCAAGAGGGAUUGGAACCUCAGCUUUGUGGUAAUGGAGUUAACUCUUACCUCCCUGUACAGUCCUGCCAAAAACCCUUCCUCCAGAAGCUUCUAUUAGCUCAGGGGUCAGCAAGGUUUACCUCGCCUGGGCUGGUUCAUUCCAGCAGAGAUCCCUCUGUGGGCUGCAUUGCAUGCGCACACACCUGCAAUUUCUGGUGUCUGUGUCUGCGCAGAUGCAAUUUCUUUUUUUUUUUUUUUUAAAUUGAUAUUUAUUAAAUUUUCAAAAAGUAACAAAUAACAACAAAAAUUUCCAAAAAAAUGCAGAUGCAAUUUCUAGUGCCGCAGAAGCGAGUCCGCAUGCCACGCAGGUUUAGCGCGGGCGGCUCGGUUUGGGGGCAGCUCGUGGGCUGGUUAAAUGACCCCCAUGGGCUGCUUGUGGCCCAUGGGCCUUAGGUUGCCUACUCCUGUAUUAGCUCCAGGAGACAAGCAUGUUGGGACUGUUGCAUGCGUGAAAUGGUUAACCUGUCCCCCCUCUCUGUGUGCUGCAGUCCCGAUCCUGAUUGAAUGUCCCUGCAGCUUGCUAUUGCUAAAAUAAACAACAGCCGGUGUGGGCAUUUGCAUGCUUACAUCACACCUGUUUGGACCCACAGUCCACAUGCCAGAGAAUCACUUGGGGCAUCUCUAAGCUAGUGCAUUCAGCCAUAGGGGUUGCAGCCAUGGCCCCCUCCCCUCAAACAAGUAUGGAUAUUUUGCUACCUAUGUUGCCUGCAGCUCCGCACCCCUGCAGGGAUUUUUCAGCAGCAGCCACGCUGCACAAUGAUGUGAUCAUCUGACCUUUGGCUCUGUGAGGAGGGAGAAGUCUUCAGUGGUUUUGCUUACACACAGAAUGUAUCUUGAACUCAUUUGUUCACUUCACCGUGUUUCACCGUGAUAUUUCAUAAUCCAUGGUACAACAGCCUUUCAGUCUCCUCUGAAAUGUCACUUGUGGACAGUGAGUGACACUGUUACUCACUCUUGAGUUGAAAACAGCUAAUUCUGGAUCUGCCUUAGUGGAUUCAGUAUAGUUCCAAGCAAAAUCUGGAGUGGAUUGCCAUCUGGGUUGUCUGCAAACUGGCCGGUGAGGGGGAGCAGGCUGGCUGAGCUGCCAAGCCCCAGCCCUGCUGGCAGGUCACCUUUUACAGCACUCAGUGGGUUUGAGGAUGAAGGCUAGACACAGGGGGCCUCCCCUGCUUCAGGGCCCCCCAGGACAUUGCUGCUUGGCUGUUAGCACAUGAAAAUUAUAAAUGCCUGAAUAGGUCUGCCAGUGGGAACCGUGAAAGUUACUGCAGUGUGGCUCCAACAGCAUGCCUGCAUGAGACAAUUCCUCUUGCAGAAUUCAGUUAGUUUCUUUAUGCAGUUUGCAGUGAAUUGUGAUCUAGACAAAUAAUUGACUGCUGACUCUCACCACCGCUAGAGAUUUACCAUGUACAUGUUGGCAUUUUUUAGAUUAUGAGCACAUGGGCAAAGAAUUGUCAUUUUAAAAUGUAUUGUAUCGCUCAGUAAGGAAAAUGCUGUCUUAGGAAGCAGCUUUGCAGCAUUAAUGGUAGUAUUAGGAAGAUUAGUUGUUUCCAACAUUUUAUUAUCCCCUCCUCCUUCCAACUGCAGUCCUUGUCCCCUGUAUUUUGCUGCCUCCUUCCAAACAUCUUGUGCCAGUUGUGAUAUGAUCACUGAUAAAGCAUGAGGAUAAUUCUUGUUCUAGCCUGCAACCCCACUAGGGAAUAAGCACCGUAGAACAAAAUGGAACUUUCUUUUGAGUUAACAUUUAUACGAUUGUGCUAUAAAAGUCCCUUCUUGUUUUCAGGGGAUCCUGGGAAUUGUAGUUCUAUGGAGAAGUAGCAUAGGGGAUCCUAAAUACAGAAUUCCUACACCAUCGUCCUACAAAUCCUAGGUUGUUUUUUUAGGAAAAGCCAUGGGAGUUGAAGUGGCAUAAAACCAAUGGUUAUAAUUGUAGCUUAUAUGACCUGUCCUAAAGGGAUUAUCAUUAAAUGGCUGAUAUAGUUCCUCUUUUGGUUUCUGGACCAGUUGGAAGGAAGAUUGAGCUGAAUCAGCUCAGUACAUCUGUGCCUAUUUUCUGCUCCUACAUUUCUUUGCCUUUUAAUAAGAUGAAAAAGAUUCCUGUAGGAAGUACAAGAGUCUGGCUAAUCUGCUGUUCUUUUCUUUUGUAGAUAAUUCUUGUAAGUUCUUCCCAUAAUGACCUGGAUCAGAGUCUUUUUAUUAGCACAGAUGAAGGAGCAACUUUUCAAAAGCAGCCUAUUAAUUUCUUUGUGGAAACCCUGAUUUUUCAUCCAAAGCAGGAGGAUAAAGUGCUUGCCUACACCAGGGAGGGACAGGUAAGAAGGGACAAGCGGUAUUUCGACAUUUCUGAGAUGUUAUACCAAAAUAAGUUCUAACCACUUUAGAGGAAUAGUAUUCAGAUAAGGUUGACAUUAUUUAGCAAUGGGAAAUUAUUAUUCAGGUCAUUCAGUGUAGGCUGUACCCUACACACAUCCAUAUCAUACUAUUCUUCAACAGUUAGUGUUUCACAGCUGAAUAACUGAACAGAGUCCAUUGAACAGCAUUGGGUUUGAGAUGACACCAGCCAGUAACGAAGUGAUAUUAGGUAUAUGAAAGUCAUGACAAUGAAUGUACAUGUGUGAACCAUUCUGUUAUGCUAUGAUUAAUUAUAUGAAUCUGAAUGUUGCUUCCUUUUUGGUCAUGUUUUGUUGAUAUUUAAACAAAUUGAAAUGAACUAAGGGAUGGCAGCCAGUAAUUUGAUCACCUGGACAGCUCACUCGCAUAUUACUUCCAGCCUUGAAAAUUCAUUUGCUUGUGCUUAUUGUACUUUGUAAGAAGGAUUAAAUAAAAACUGUACUAACAUGUUCUGCUUUUAUUAUAUUUUAAGCUUUAUGCAUCUCUUGACUUGGGGACAAAAUGGACACUCCUGCAGGAUCAUGUGUCAAAAGACCAUAUAUUUUGGUAAGAAACAUAAUGUUGGUCUCCAGAAAUUAGAGUUAAGGCAUAUCUUUUGUUGGUUUGUUAGUGUGGUUUGAUGAAAACUAUCCUACUCCAGGGCCGGGGAAUCCUUGGCCCUCCAUAUUAUUGGACUCCAGCUCCCAUUAGCCCCAGCCAGCAUGGUCAGUCUUCAGGAAUUCAGGGAACUGGCAGUCCAGCAACUUCUGGAAAGCUAAUACAAUUGAGUGACCUGUGGUUUCUGUAGACAUGGUAGAACAAAUAGAUACAACUAGUCCUGCUUCUUCAAUGGCCCACUCUUCAAUGAUGUCACCCUCAUCCACUGAUUUGGUAGCAGCAUGUGAGCUCUGAUUUAGACAAAGAACUCGCAUAUUCCAAAGGCUUUCCAAUUCGUUGCAACAAAGCAGAAAAUUUUGCGCCUGCAGAUCUGAGCCCUGUGUCAAAGGUAAUUGAGAAACUUCCUCAGCUCCACUAAACACUAGAUAAUAGAUAAUAUAUUUAUAUUUUAUAUAUUUGAUUCCACAAUCUGAUCCAGUUAAUUCAGUAUAAUUCCUUGAAUCACUACUUUUACGUUUUAUGUGACAAAACCCAAACAAACUACCAUUCUUGUAAGGAGGAGUCAUACAGCAAAUUAAUUGAUGAAAAAUGAAUGUGGGAAGUAUAGAACACACAAAAACAUAUAUCAGGACACAGGUCUCCUGGGAAAAAUAAUAUUGUGUGCAAAGUUGGAGGUGACCACUGCUGGCUUUGUAAAAAAAAAUAAUAAGUGAGACUUCUAUCACAUGUGCCCUAAGGCAAAAAGCUUUUGGUAUAUGGCAGAAGUGGGGAUGCUCAGGCCCAAGAACCCUCUUGACUUCUCUGUUUGGCCCUCUGUUUGGCCCAUGCCCCGUCAUGGGCCCUUCUUUCCACCCUGAGUGGUUUUGCCUGGCUGGAACGAACUCCGAUGAUGCUUCUUGCUUGCCCGGAUGUGGGAUGGAGAGCAGUGAAUUAGUGUGUGUAGAAACUAACUGGUUUCCACUUCUGCCUCAACUGAUGAUGAUGGAUUGUUCCAGUCCUCCAGGGCUGAAGAGAGGCUUGGACAAAAAGGAGGAGGGUAAUGAGGCCAUAAAGCCCCAUGAACUUCCUCAGUAGGAAUUGGGGAGACUAAGAUACCUGCAGGUGCCUGUGGUGCCAGGGUUUGUCCCUGCGGGGGCAGGCAGGGGGAAGUGCUGGGUGAGAGCUUCUCCAUUGUCUGCCUCAGUGCGUGGUAGAUCUCCUCUUCGAGUUUUGGCUAACUUGAAUAAAAGUUUAAAAGGCGCUCUCUGGGCAACAUAUUGAAGGGAUGCCACAAGCAAAUCAGCGGCCGGCUCAAAGGAUUGGGACUAUGAAGGUAUUUAUUCGAAAUUUCAAUGACUUGAAAGGACAACUCCUGCUGUUAACUGGAAUUAGAGGCAGUGGGCCAGAUUUUUUGAUGUUUUACUUGGAAAUUGCCAAGGCUUUAUUUUACUGCCCGCCCCCCACCCCCAAAUGAGGAUUAAAAAGUGAGGAAAGUGUUUGGAAUGUGAAAGCAAAGCAAAUAACAAUGGCAUAUAAUUUCUCCAUUAGAGAAAUGGAGGAAAAGAGAUCGCCUGAGUUGUGCUAGGUGACUUUGAGACUGGCUGAAUUUGCAGUGGAUCAUCUUCACAAAAGACCGCAGAACAAAAUUUGAACUUAUGUUGGAAAGACUGGAACUGAUCACUAUGAUCAAGGAAUAGCCAUGAGGGAUUAAAGUAAAUAGUAAGUCGGUCUGAAGAAGUGAAUAUAUUGGUGUAGUGGUUCAUCUGGAACUGUAAGGGGCAAGAGACAGGUGGUUGGUUUCACUCGUCCAAGCAGCCGGUCCACAUCCUUGGAGGCAACAGAUUGGAAUUGAAUUCUACAUUUUUAAAGAUAUAUUAAAAUAUUUGUUGUAGUAGUAAAUUGUAUUAUUUUACCACUUUGGUGUUUGCUGCCCUGGAAGGGUAGGGGUAGGCAUUGUAAUAAUUAAAUGAUAAAACCAACCGUGAUACUCAAAAUGUUGAAGUAUCAGGAAGCACUGAUUGGUUGGAAGCCUGUGGCUACCUACAUUAAGUGGCAAUAAAGAUUUAUAGGAAUAGAGUUUGAUUUCAUGAUUCUAUGAAAAUAUUAAUGAUAUAUAUCUGAAAGAAAAUUAGGCUGGAAGUCUUCAAAUGAUUAACUUUUUUGAAAUGUAGUCUUUAAAAUUACUCCACCUUUGUAUUGACUUUGUAUGUUCUUUGAUGUACAGCUUUCAGUCUUUAAUAUUAUUCAAAACAUUGUACAUCUGUAUAGCUUUCUAUUCUGCUUAUACCUCAUUUGCCUUUGUUCUUCUGUGUUCUUUAUAGAGAUAAAUAAUUAAAAUAAAAGUAAAGAAAAUGCACAGUGUGGAAUGCAGGAUAGAAAUGUCAUAAGCAAGCCUAUUUAGUAAAAAAAACCCAGAGCCCAUAAAUUAAACAUACUCUGUUGUGAAGAUCAAGUUAUUUUCUUUCUCUCCAAGUAACUCAAAGUGCCAGAAGACAUUAGCCUUUCAUGCUAAUUAGAGCAGACUGCUUAUUCAGUACACUUUUUUUAUAUAUAAAAAUAAUCCCCAAUAGAACAGUAUGUAGCAGCAGCAACAACAACAUCUAUUGAGCUAGUUGUUUUAUUGUACUUAUGAAUAAUGCUGUUUUGACUGGAUGAUCGAGCAGUGGUUUACUUGUCAAUCAACACUGCGAAUAAUAAAUCUUGACUCCAUUUAUGUGUUUGGGUAAGCUCAACGUUAGCUUGGUGCAGAAGGACAAAUGGGAGAAAAUUCUCUAGGGCCAUCUGUGAUGUUAGUGAGGGUUUUAGGUUGUUAUUCAGAGGAUGACAUUUAUGAAAUCUCUUGGAUCAGAUACAUAAGAGUGAAUGCCCUGUGGGAGGGGGGUAAUUAGAAAAUAAUAAUUACACAGAUAUGACAGAUUCUGUCUGGUUAGAAAACUUAAUUUGUGCAGCAUGAAUUUAGAAGAGUUUACAAGAACUAAAUCUGCACAAGAACUGAAUUUGCUCACACUGCUAGGAUUCAAGUGUUGACUAGAGGCAGGAAAAAGUUGGCCAGAGUCUCUUAAGGGUUGUUUUGGGUAUAAUACAGCCUUGGUGGCUAAAUGUGGGUUUUGGAGGCAACCCAAUUAUCCAACAAAGCCUGCUGCAUGAAAUGGGAACAAAUGGUCCCACCACAAAAAUGGUAUUUUAGAUUUUUCUUUAACACCCUUAAUUUCCUCAAGACUUUAGGGAGGAUUGUAUGUACAUCUAUUAAUUUGAUAUGCUUUUGAGUUUGUUUGUUUGUUUGUUUGUUUGUUUGUUUGUUUAUUAAAAUUAGUUAACUUCCCAUUAGAAAUACCCACAAUGGUAUGCAAGAGUGAAAAAAUAGGUAUACAAAGAAAUAAGAAAUGAGACAGCCUACGAACACCCAGACAGGAAUAACAAAAGCAGAACAUCAUAACUAAAAGCAGACUCACCAUGUUCAAAUAAGAACUCAAAAAAUUGUAGAAUAGAAACAAUUGGUUUGUUUCCAGUGCUGCCAUUCAGCUCAUGCACCAGACUUCUGCUCACCCACCAGUGCUUCCCCCUACUCUUCUUUCCCCCAUAACGCCCUCAAAAUCUGCUCCAGAUGUUUUGCGAGGGAGGGGGAGCAGAGGAGAGAAAGGGCAAGUCCUGUUGUAGAAGUGAAAUGCUUCUCAUGAAGCACUGGGUGUAACCUGCUGCCUGGCAGGCUUCUCUAGGAAAUCUUCCUUGCUGCAGAUCUACCCUGACAAAGAGAGCAGAAGCUUUCCAGACAAUUCUCCAUAAGGUGGACUGAGCCAAGGGCAUUAAGAGAUUUAGACAUCGUAUUCAGCACAUUGAUUUGAAUUUUGUAAUGGUUACACUUUCUGAAAAUAAUCAGACAUGACUAUUAGAAAUAAUGGUGUGUUGCUUUCAAAUUUAUUUCCUGCUUUUGUUACUUUGAAAACAAAUACAAUUACUGACUUCCGGGGUGGCGCCUCCGGAAAAUGGCGGAAUUCCCUUCGGACUGAAGGGAACCCGCUGCACGGAGGCUUGGGUCCUGCCGCUACGGCGCAGCGGGGACCCGCAAAAACCACAGGCGGAAGACGCCUGUGGACGUGGGACUCGGCGGGCACCGAGAGCGCUCUCUCCCCUUGUACAGGAGCCCGGUAACGGGCUCCGGAGUUGGAGGUGCGUGGUGCUGUGAGUCGUCUGCUUCCUCCGUGCAGCAAAGCCGCACUGCCGUUAUCGGAGAGCGCUGCCUUUUUCCUGGACAAUUUGGCAUCUAAAACAUCUAUCCGUGAGUACCUGAUCUUGGAAGAGCUGAACCACUUUUAAGACUGGUGAAUAAAUAAAUAAUAUUGGACUUGAAAUUGAACUUAAUUGGGACUCGGAAUGGGAAGGUCUAAACAGGAAGUCGCCUUCCGUUCUUUUGUUAUGUGAAGAAAGCAAAGACAAAAUAUACUAAAGCCUGAAAAUUAAAUUUUAAGAGAACUAGAAUUCAACAUCUAAGAUUCUGAACCCCCCCUUUGACAGCAGGAGAAAAAGGGGUUGUAUUUGGACUUUUCAAUCCUGCGGAAGUGAGUUUAAAAUAAAGCAAUUUUCCACCGCCCUGAACCAGGAGCGGGCUGUCAGAAUUGACGUUCUGAAGUUUAUCCAGCUCGACAGUUAGUUAAAAGAAGGGUAACAUUUUGAUUCUACUGUUGCCUCUUGAAUUUGGAAGGGGGAAUUUUGGAUAAAGUGUUUCUGGAAAAAGAAAGAUUGUUGCUGUUGCUUUUAUUUCUUUUUAAAAAAAAAAAUUCCAUCUAGUGGAAUUUAGUGAAAUUGCAACGCAGAGAGAUUAAAAGAGAAGGACUAUUGGACUAUUCUCGUGGGAAAGAAUUUUCUUUGACCUUGAAGGACAAUGCUAGUACAAAGGCUGGAACAAUUGUUCCUGGAAGGCUUUUCAAAACUAAGUGCCCAGCUGGACCAGAUGCGUCAGGAGACGACCUUGAGGAUGGAAGUUACCAGAGCACAGCAGCAAACAAAUGAAAUUCAGUUAAAGGCUAUACAAGCAUACGAACCUGCUGUAGUGACGGAGGCUUCAGAGAUGGAGGGACCUUUGGACGGGCAAGAUCAGCCUUUGAACUUGAUAAAUGAACUUGGGACAAACCAGAUUCGGAAAGAUGAAAUGUGGUUAGAUUUGGAAAUGGGGGGAUGGAUCGACCCCCCCUCCAUAUGGUUAUUUGGACCUUCCGAGUCUGGUGAUGGGCUAUCAGAGGAUUGGAGUAGCCGAAGUCUCCAAGCUUUGUGGAAAUUUGAAGUGGUAUUAUUUGCUGUCUGGCUUGGGCAAUGGGUUUGGGAUGGACUUGUUGCAAAGGGUCAAAAGCAUUUUCUUGCUGGAGCAUCCACGAAUGGAAAGGAAUCAUCAACAAGAGUGGCGAAAGGGGCAAGAAAGAGACUUGAGGGCCUCGGAUACGAGACAACCAGGUUAAGAGCCGGAUUACCGAGGUUAAAAGGACUGACAAUCCCGGGUCCAGGGGAGGGAGGUUGGAAGCUGACUGGACUAAAUUUGACUUAUUAUUUUUUCUUUUUACUUUUUAAUAUUGGGAAUGCUUACAAAUGUUUGAAGGAUGUUGAAUGAAAUUACAUGACUUAAGUAAGGAUUGGUAAAUGAUUCGUAAAAAAGGUAAUGAUGCAAGAAUUUGGUAAAUAUUGAAUAUAAGCUAUGAGUUUUAAAGUUUUUAUAUGACAAGAGGGAAAAUAGAAUAAGGAAACGUAAUGACAGAUUGUUAUGAAAAAACAGAAAGGAUUUGCUGUAAAAAUUAAAAAUUAAGAAACAAAAGAGGGGAGGAGGAGGAAGUCUAGAAAGGAAGUCAAUAGAGAUUGUAAAGGACUUUAUAUUUUUGUUUUUCUGUUUCUUUUUUUUUUCUUUGCGGCUGGGUUUUCUUUUCUUUUUUGUUUAAGCACUAAUUUUGUUUUUUGUAUCCUUAAAUCUUUUUUUUUUUUUUUUGGAAAUUUUUGUUGUUAUUCUUUGAAAAUUCAAUAAAUAUUAAUUAUAAAAAAAAAAAAAUGAAAACAAAUACAAUUACUUUUUAGAAAAGGAAGGAUUAUGUAGAAAGGAAAGAAUAAGUGUCAUGAAGAGAAGGCCACACAGAGGCUGCAGCAACAAGCUUUAUUUCAGAGCCUAUUUCUUUUCCGCUGUGGUUCAGCUUCCACUAACACCUACGUUGUUUGUCUUGCUAUCUGCUAUGAUUGAAACCAACAGUUAAUUAUGUCAUAGUGAAGGGAUGGGGCUUGGCUGCCCUGAACUGCCUGUGUAUUAUAUGGGAAUGCAUAUUUUUGCUUGUGUGCACUAUGGGAAUGUAUGUGUUGCUUGCAUGUAACCUACAGUGGAGUUUUAGGGAUACUCUGGACUCCUAUUUUUGUGUUUUUUACCUUUUACAUUUUUUGAGAUAUUAUACAAAAAUCAGGAGGCAGAAAAAUUAUGUUUUGCUUGAUGUUGUGAGAAGUUGCAUAUAAAUCCUUCUGUUUACCUGCUGCCCUGAGCUCCUUGGGGAGGAAGGGCAGGGCAUAAAUAUAAGUAAGUAAGUAAGUAAGUAAGUAAGUACCCAAGGUCUAUAGCUGUCCUGAGAUAAGUUUUGGUUUCAUUAUGCUCCCAGGGCAGUUGAUGGAGUUGAUGAAGACCCUAAUUUGGUUCACAUGGAAGUCCAAGAUCCCAGAGGAGGUAGGCAUUGGGGAGGUGAUCCCCAUUUCCUGCUUUGUUUUAUUUAGAAACACACUUUUCAUAUAUCAUAAAUUUGUUUUACUUAUAUGUAUUCAGCAGGACUAUUUUAUCUCUGUUGCCUUGCUACUGCAAUGGCUGGAUGACCUGUCAUUGUCAUUGUGAACCUGCGUUGAUGGUUGCGGCUUUUCAGAUGAGAUAAGUCAAAUCCUUGGCUGCAGAUAUACUAGCUCACAUGGCAAAUAUAUAUAGUGUGAGGCACAGAGUUUACAGUGCAGGCCUUCUUUGUACACAACUACAGGUGAGGAUACGCAAAUGAAAAUUAGGCUGAUGGAGGUUUCAACCAAGCAGUCCAGCCCAGCAAAGAUGAGCUCCAUUAAGUAUACUAACGUUGCCAGCCACCCAAGAAGUGUGCAAGACCUCUUUGUUAGGAAUGUUUCUACAUUACUGUAAUGUAGAACUAUAGGAUGAAUUUGAAGUUCUUUUUGAGUUAAAGUCAAGCCACCAUACCCUGCUUCAUUGAAAAGGCUAUAAAGAUGGCGAUCUGGUCUUGCUUUUAAUAAUGAACAUGUAAUCCUAAUUUUGAGUGAAUGCUGAGCUAAGGUCAAGUUCAUGUGCUGAAAUAAUAUGUGGAUAGUGUCCUUCUUGGGCUAUUUGGAGACCUGAGAAAGAGUUGCUUCCUUCUACCAGUGCUUAGAACAACGAGUUCAAGCAGAAUAUGCUUCAGGAGCUGACUGUCCCCUCCCCAUUGCUCCAAGAAAGGAAGAGUGGCCUUCCACUGCUGCUACUCAGUACCAACCACCUCCAGAAGAUGUAGGCCAUACUACACAUAAUGCUAAUCCAGGCUCAAUACUACAACUGGGGAGGUAAUUUUAACCUUUCUGGAGCUGCUGUGAUCAGCAAAAAUCCCCUGGCCACCAGGCUGCUAUUUGCAUUGUGAGGGAAGUCUUCAUUGGUGGGAGAUUCCCACCCUAUGCAAAUGGCAGCCACGGGUGUGUGUGGUUUCUCUAGUCUGCACAGCAGGGAAAGGGUUUACGUCUACUGACCCUUUUAGUCCUGAGGACACACCACAGCUUCUACUUGCAUUUGUAAAAAAGAUCCACCCAGCCUAAAGUUAUGUGAUUCAGUGUCAUGGGUAGUUUGCCUCACAACUGGCAAACUGCUUUAAAAGGAGAAAAGCAGCUGUCAAAGAAGUCAGGCAGCAAAGCAGUUCUAAGGGGCUCCCAUCCAUCCCCCAGAAUCCCUGACUUCUGAAGGAGGAUCCCCACCCACAUUUAUAUAUCACUAGCUUCUGGGUGAUAGAUUUGUUGGGCAAACCUUUUGUGGCAUGUGCAUUUUCACAACAGGUCAAACUGCUUCAGGAAAAGAAUGUUAGCAGUUUAAAAUAGCGCAUCUGUUAUUUAUUUGCAUGGUGCCUGAAUGUUUCCUGCCCUCUCUAGGCUUUCGCUACAUGGCCUGUCAAAUUCAGAACUGUUCAGAUAAAACACCGAGACCUCUCUUCAUUGAUAGCAUUGACAAAAACUCAUUGACAGUGCAGGAUGACUACAUAUUCCUUCAGGUAAUGCCACUCAUGGAAGGUAAGUUACAAAAGUUUUAAUGCAACCCUUAGCAUAUUUGCUCCCACAGUGUGGGGCUUGCUGGCCACAUAACCCAUUAUGUUUCUUUGAAGAUCUAUGACAGGCAAAAGUGCUAAUACAUCAACAUGCAGCUUCUUUUGCCCCUUUUAUAAGGUCUUCAGUCAAGGGGUCACUUGCAGUUGAUGAGAGGUCCCUGCAUUGCCUGUUGCACCGCCCUCCAAAAUAAGGCUUUUUCGGGUUAGGGACAAGGUAACAAAGGGUGGAAGACAUGGGGGGACGGGACACACACGAGAGUAGCAAUUUGAGUCAGGCCAAGCUAGGAUGGGGUUUGAACCAAGUUGACCUGGUGUCAGGGUUGGUUCAGAUGCAGGUCAGCGCUCAAGAUGCAGAAGCAGAAGUGUUAGCUCUGUAUUCAAGAAAACAGCAUACCAGGCAGCAAUGCCCACAAACAAGAUUGGCCCCCAUGAAACAGUUGCCAGGACUGUUGCCUUCUACUUCUUACUAAGUCUCCCCAUCAGCUCUCCCAAGCAGCCUUAACCUAUGUCGGGGAGGGGCCACCUGUGCUCGUUGUUAUGCAAACGCAAAGCUCUCCUUGACCUUAGAGAUGGGGGGGACGGGAGCUUACUACAGCAGGAAAGACAAGCUCUGUGGAUGCAACUGCAGCCUCUGGCCCCUCCUCCUCUGCUCCGUGUCCUGAGUCUGCAUUGCUUUCUUUGCUCUCACUCAAGCCUGUUGCUUCUGCAGCCUCCAACCCUUCUGCUCCGCUUCAUCCUCUGACUUGUCCACCCUCUGGGCUCUAAGCCUUCCUUCUCAGAGCCCCAGUGGGCCUCCCUAGUGGACUCCCCAGCUGGUGCCUCCCACCACGCCUCUUCAUCCAGCUAGUCCCUGAUAUUUGAGGCCUCCUUCAAGUGGAGCAAUUCACAUUUCAAGUCCCCACUUUUGAAAAGUCACUGCCUCUCUACUCAGCAGGUCAAAUUUCAUAUGGAAAGGAGAAUUUGUCUUCAGAGUGAGAGUCUCUUUUGAGGCCACCAAGUGAAUUCAUGGUGGAAGCAAGAUUUGAACUGAGAGCUUCUUGAUUUGUACCUCUACACUAUACCAGCAUUAUGUUGAGAUGCUAUAUAGUGACAUUGAAAUUUCUAGUUUUAAUCAUCAGUAAUGAGCUUUGUUUCUUUAAUAGUUAGAAACUGAUGAUACCCACUAUAAAACGGUACCAACCUUUUCUCUUUCACAGACAUCAUCAGUAAAUCAAACAAACUAUUAUGUGUCUCACCUUCGGAAUGAAUUUGUACAGAUGAAAUUGCCAAAGUAUGCAUUACCUAAGGUAAUUAUCCACAAAAUUCCUGUCCCUUUUCUUAGCCCAAAGUAGACUUGUUCUGUGCUUUGCUAGGUUUUCCCACUAAUUAUUCUGUACAAAUGUUUAAAUACAAGUAGCUAGCUUCCUGGUUGCAUGCGUUCGGCACAUGUGCGAUCAUUGACAUGUGCUUUGUUUUCAUCUCUGGAAGGGGGCAGAAUGGGGCAGGGCGGGCUUGUACACACACCCUUCUAAAAAAUGUCCAUUUUAGAGCCAGUUACCUGUCAAAUCUCUGGCCAGCCUCAUUAAGAUUCUCUUUUACUGAGCUGCCUGGAUGGACGAUACAACAGAGUGAAGACACUCUGUAUAUGUGGACGACCACAGGUGGAGGACAUCUCACACUAUUUACUAUACUGCCCACUAUACACUGGACCCCGGAGGCAAUUUCUCACCCUACCACCCGUACAGGAAAGAUGUAUCUCCCCAGCAGAGAAGAUCCUAUGACUUCUUAGCAAUGUAAACAUUUCAAUGACUCACAAAGUAGCCCUUUUUGCUCUGGUGGCCAAAAAGAUCAGACAGACGACCCUGGACAAAAUAGCAUUGAACUGUAAGGGAAAUACAGAGAUCUAAAUAGACACUAUUAUUUGUGGUACAGCAUCCCUUUACAUAUAUUUAUUUUUUAUUCAGAUUUGUCAUGGCCAAUGGCUAGUACAAAAGUUAUUUACUUACACACCCUAUCGAAGCACUCAGUGUGUCAGAACACAACCACCACGCAAACAGGGAGUUGCUUGUAGUUUACUUGCUCCAAACUGGUAGUUGUUCCACUUCGCCCACAGCCCAACCCUGAAAUACCCUUAUAUGAAAUUGUGGGAAGUGUAUCCCCACAUUCUCCCUGUGUGUAAUAGUCCCCUCAGAGUUUGAGAUCUAGAUAUCUGGAGGAUCACCUACUUCAGUAUCAACAUGUUGUCCAUGCUUUGGGAUCUUCUUUGGAAGCCCUUCUCCAUGGGCCCCCACUUCCUGAGAUGAAGUGGAUAUAAUCUGCAAAGAGGGCCUCCUCAGGUUGCUGCCAGAUAGCCUGUUUAUCAAACAUUCACCUUGCAGGGACAUUUGACAACAUUGACUAUGCAUUGAGCAUCCAUUAUUAUUUGUAUGUGGAUGUGUUAGACAAUGUUGUGUCAAGCGAGAGUGAGUGAUGUUGAUACCUGAUAGGUUCCAGAGAGGAUGCACUGAACUCAGGAACCUAUCAUGAUCAACAGUGACCAUGGGCUUAGCUAAGUGUGCCUUUCUCAGUCCUCAGAAUUAGAUAUCAUCAACCAUGGCUACAAAUUCCGUCUCAGUCCCAUACACAAGUUUAGACCUCAGACUGGGCAUCUGAUGUGUGUGGCAACCAUCUAUUCUACCACUUCAACCCAAAAGAAGUAGAUAAAGGACAGGAAGUUGUUGUUUGGAGCAUAAUUUCUUGGUGCUUGUUUCCUGAUGAGAGGGGGUUACUACAGUUUAGUACUACAGCCUUUCAGAGUAUUCACUGCCUAUGUUAACUGGUACAAGAUCAAACUUCUCAUUUAUCAACUUGGAUUGCCAGGGGCCCAACCUACUUCUGAUUCCCUGCAGCUUCACAAGCACUUCUGCAGCAUUGAUUGAUGCAUAUGAUCUUUCUGACAAGUCAUACCCCCAUUCAGUAUCCAACAUGGGUAACCUGCUGUAUAAUCACACAAGCAAUCCCAGCUCCCCCUUUGCAGAGGCUGUCAUUUCCGUUCUCCUCAGUCCAUGUAUCUUCCUCAGAGAUGUUGUAUCUUGUAAUCAUAUGGAAACAACAGAGUCUUAUCUAUUUUGUAUAGCAGAUAAUGUGCUAGCAGAUAAAGCUACAUAUUCUUUACCCUUCAGUUUUUCUGUUCCAAAUAAUACAUGUGAGAUUGGUCUGUGGGGUGAGAAUUAUAAUAGGUUUUUUCUGGCAUCUGGCAAGCGUGAGUUGGUUGUAAAUGCUGUCCUGUCUGGUAUACAUUUUAUUUUGUAUUGAUCUUUUCCCUUUCAGGAUUUACAAAUUAUCAGCACUGACGAGAGCCACGUGUUUGUGGCUAUCCAGGAAUGGUAUCAGACAGAUACUUACAACCUUUACCAGUCUGACCCACAGGGCGUCUCCUAUUCCAUUGUGCUAGAGAAUGUCAGGAGCACCAAGCAGCCUGAGGAGAAUGUGCUAAUAGAUAUUCUGGAGGUAAAAUGCUCUUCAUUUAUUAGGCCCUCGUUUUGCUGACUCUUCUUGAUCCUUGAUCCUUUCUGCUCCUUUGACUACUUUUGAAUCAGAACGAUUGUUCCUCUUUUUGCCAUAGUGGAAUAGUCAUGUUAGUAUAAAUACACCUGACUCCUUUUGUGAGGGUGCUGGUUGAACUUGUUGUUCCUGACCGUGUGUGUGUGUGUGUGUGUGUGUGUGAGAGAGAGAGAGAGAGAGAGAGAGCCUUUGGGGGUUUGUGGAGCUCCUCCAACCUGCAGAGGGAGGAUUAUUCAGUGUGUAGGCUCUAUUUACAUUGGCCUCACACACGGAGUGCCAGACCUGUUAGUGUCUUUCCGCAUGAUAUUUCUAGACACCUGAAAUCUUAUAUGUCUGUAACCCAAAGAAUCUUAAUUACUUAAAAAAUUGGGCAUUUUUACUAUCUCCCCUUUCAAAAUAAGGGACAUGACAAAUGCCCCCAAAUAGAUAAGGGGCCUCCAGGAGGUCAGAAUUUGGUAUACAACUAGUCUACUAUUGAUUACUAGAACUACAUAUUUCUGAGCUGCAUAUUUGACUCUCUCAGAAUAAGAGAAAAUAAUUGCCUCCCAAAGUAUUGAAGGUAUUUGCACAUUAUUUAAACAGCUAAAAUUUAGUGCCCAAUAUAUCCUGAUCACUGCUUAAGCCAUAGACAGAAGACGGAUCUCUAGACCUAUCCUUUGUCCCUAGGCUUAGUGGAAUAUUCAGUCUUACGCAUGUGAAAUACUUAUUCUGCAUCUAGUAUAGUUACCACAUGCCCAGAUUGGUCCUUGGAUUGGAGGGCAUGAUCAUGGAUUUCACAUUAUUUAAUCUAAAGAACUUUCAGUGAUAUAAAAAUAAAUGGUUAUGUAGAUAAGCAACUGGCAUACUUACUUUUUUGUUAUUCAGUAGCAAAAACUGCCAUUAAAUAUAUGUUAGAGAAGGCUGUGAAUACUGCUUAUUAACCUUCCUACAUUUUGUGUUUGUAAUGUAGAUUAGGGGAGUCAAAGGAGUGUUUUUGGCUAAUCAAAAAAUAGAUGGAAAAGUUACCACUCUUAUAACAUUCAACAAAGGCCGUAACUGGGACUAUCUUACACCUCCAGCUGUUGAUAUGAAUGGUAAACCAGUUGACUGCAAACCGGUAAGCAUCUCCACCCCUAAUUUGUAAUGGCAAAAAUAGUUACAAUAUAUUACAGGUGCUGGGUUUUUCCCCCACCCUAAAAUGUUUGUUCAGAUUUUCAGGAAUUAAUCUAAACAUUCAGCAUAACAAUCCAUUUUUCCUAGUACCUUUUCAAGCUCCAGAUGAAGAAUUUCACAGUUUAAUGUUCCUCCAUGAGACAAUUCCUGCUAGCAGUCAGUGAGAAGGCCAGCCUUGAACUCUUCUCCUGGACGUGCAACUUUCCUAGGCACAGAUACAUUCCUCAGCCCCCAGGGAUGCCGUCUGAAAGGGACCCAGUACAGCAGGAGCUGCACCUUGUGGUUCCGCUGGAUGUUCAGAUGGAUUCUCCUGCUCUGGAAUUUACCUGGAUUUGGAACAAGUUUUGAUUGAUCAAAUAUACAAAUCUGAUUAGAAUGAGUGAGAAAAUAAUAAUCAAUAUCUUUCAAAAAAAACAGUAUUUGUUCUUGCAUAGUAUGACCAGGAAAUUUGAAUAUGAAAUUUGGAUGUGUCUUUCUUCUAUAAUCUCAGCGUCCCUUGAGUGGGGUUUUUGCAGUUUUUCUUCUUCUAUUGCUGUUUCAUAGAAUUGAUGUAAAUAAAUAAAAUAAAAAACUGGAUCCAUGCUGUAAAAUAAAGGAGCAAAAGUUUAAGCUCAACAAUCCCAUUAAUUUUGUUUAAACGGCCAGUCACAUACAAAUUUUCAGGUCCAUUGAGAGCUGUGUUAAAAUAUUAUAUUAACUAAGAUUUCUGAAAAGUAGCAGUCUCUAAUAAAAGAAAUCAAGAUUCAUGUGUUCUGCAUCAGUAAUAAUAAUAAUAAUAAUAAUAAUAAUAAUAAUAAAUUUAUUAUCUAUACCCCUCCCAUCUGGCUGGGUUUCCCAGCCACUCUGGGCAGCUCACCAUUAGUAUUUGCCAUUAGGCCAGACUAAUUACUACUAUUCACUACUUACAUUUGGGCCAUAUGGGAUUGAAUUGUUUCUACUUCACUAAUUUUCAUUUAAAACAAAACAAAACUCCAAAGGUCAUGAUUUGGCAUUUGGGACAAAAGGCGGAACUUGAUCACUAAACAGGAGGAAGUGGGGGCUUUCGUGACAUGGGCUUCAACACCAGCCUCUCUUGUAUAGGAAAUGUAUUGUAAUGAUUUUAGAAUCAUAGGUUCAUAGAAUUGCAGAGUUGGAAGGGACCUAAGGGUCAUCUAGUCGACCCCACUGCAAUACAGGAAUAUCAGCUAAAGCAUCCAUGACAGAUAGCUAUCCAACCUCUUGACAGUAGUCCAUCCAACUUUCCUCCAUCCUUUCAUCUUCCUUACAAUUCAGAGUAAAGGCUUCAUAAUGCAUGUAAAUAUAUGUAAUUAAUUUGCCAUCAUUCUUUCUCAGCCUUGCCCCUCUGCCUGGAACAUGGGAAUAAUAAUACUCAUAUGGUGGUGAUGGUAAUUGUAAAGGAUAACAGCUCUGAAGCUGCUACACAUUUCCCCUUUUGUAUCUUAGCCCUAUUAGGGCAUCAUGGUGAUCUGGAAAUUCCACAUGUGAAUAUUGUUCGUGAGGACAAGCACGCUAUCUGUGACCCCACCUGGUCCCCCUCCAUUAGUUGAAGAGCGACUGUCUGAAGCAGGGAACCUCCUGUAUUUUUGUAGGUUCCCUAUGCAAUUUGAAAUCAGGUUUCCCCUAUUACUUGAAGAGCCUACAUGAGUAAUGUAGCAUGGGGAGCAUCUGUGAGCACAGGAGUCUCCCCAUUUCAGACCAUUCAUUCAUUAAUUCAUUCAUUUACAUUUAUAUCCCACUCAAGGUAACAUACAUGGCUCUACCCCUCCUUGUUUAAUCCCCACAAUAAUAACUCUGGGAGGCAGGUUAGGCUGACUGGCCAAAAGUCACCCAUUGAGCUUCAUGGACAAGUGAGGAUUCAAACCCUGGUCUCUCCCAGGUCAUAGUCUGACAUUCUAACCACAAUGCCACACUGGCUCUCCAGUUCAUGGAGGUUGAUGAGGACGGGGGCGAAGGGCAGAGCUAGUGUGUUUGAUCCCACAGGUCCUCUCCUCGCUUAUAUCACAGAAGGCACGAGGAGGACUUUUUUUGCUUUGUUUCCCACACUUUCCCCCCUAUAUGAGGAUUGAUUACUGUGUUUUUCUAAACUGUUAUGCAUUAAGGGAUUGUGUGUGUUUUGUGCUGAAGAGAUGUCAUGGAAUACUCAUAAGUAUUUUAUCUAUGGAGUCAGCUGUAGAAUGUUUCUAUCAGUCUGAGUUGAUGCAAAACACCGGGUUGUUUGAAAAACAGGUUCACACAGACCUUAGAGCAGGGUUGGAGAACCUGAACUACAGCUGCUAUCGUGCCUGAUCUUAUGGGGCUGUUAGGGCAGCCUCCCCUUCUGUUUUUCCUUUCGGAUUUUUUGUACUUGUGUGUACCUUGGGAUUAUCUUAAAUCUGCCACUCUUGGUGCAAUUUAGCUACAUAAAUAUAAGCACAGGAAUUAUUAGUACAGUCGUACCUCUGCUUACGUAUCCCUCUGGAUAUGUAAACUUUGGGUUGCGAAAACGGCAAACCCAGAAGUGUAUACUUCCGGGUUUUGCCGCAUGCGCAGAAGCACGCCUCCGGUUACAGACUUUUCAGGAUACGGCCAGGCCUCCAGAACGGAUCCUGUCCGUAACCAGAGGUACCACUGUAUAUAGAUAGAGUUAUAAUGUUGCAACACUAUAGUGCAAUAUCAUUAUAACUUAAUAUUAUAGCACUAUAAUUUUUAAAAACAAUUAGAAUGAUAGGAUUAUAGUGCUAUAACACUCUUUCACUUUAAGUAACAAGUAUAGCUAGAGAAGCAUUCUAGCUCUGAUUAAAAUAUUGAUUAAGGUAGGCAAAUAAAGGGACAAUAAAAUGCCUGUCACUGCAUAUAUUAUAAUGAAGGUGUGCUGAACUGUGAUGUGUUCAUCUGCCCCAAACCUCACUGCCUAUUUCAAAUCUCAUGCUUUAAAAAAAAAAAGAGAGAGAGUGUAGUCCUAAGGGCAUGUACGUCAAUGAGAAUUGCACUGUUCUUCCAUUCUUCAAAAAAAAGGUGGACUUUCUAUGGUCUGAGAAAAGGCAGAAGAAAGGAACAGAAUUGGCACAGGAAAAAUACUGGGUGCCAAUGAUUGGAUAACACUGUUGUGUGGAUGUCCCAUAAAAAGUGAGUGACUGAAGCAUGGCAAUUCCAAAGUUAAUGUCUAGUGUGGAAGCACCCAAGAACAGGGGUAGCUGUGUGGAAGACAUAGAAGAGGAAAACCCGAUGAGGUUUCUAACCAGGAGAAAGAGAAACUUGGAGUUAGGGAACCGAGAUGGGACUGUUGGAGGACAAGGGGAGAGAGUAGUGAAGUAAAAGCAAGAAUCAGAAGGUAAGGAAGGAAGGAAGAGAGGGCAAAAGCGUUGGGGGGGGGGGAAAGAGGCAGGUUGCUGAGGAGAAAUGGGGCCAAAGGUAAGAGCAGGAGGGAAAUUUAUCCUGUCCUUAGGGCAGUUGCCAUUGACAGUAGAGGUGGUGGGGUGGGUGGGUGUCUAAAUGCUGAACAGGCAGGGAGCGUGAGUCAUGCUAAAAUGCUUAAGGACCUUAGAACACACAGAGGCAAUGCAUAGGAAGAAGUAGGAACUUGUGGAAAUGGAGGGUAGGGGCAGCAUAGGAGUGAAGAAAGAGUGGCAAAAGAGGAAGUUGUUUGAAACUCAGCCUCAAGAGAGCCCAGGUCGAGGAGAGGCUGUGAGCGGCUGUUUUGUGGGUUAGGGAGCCAAAAGGGGGUGAAGUACCCUAAAGCAGCUUCUGACCCCCCCAACCUAAUUUGCACGUUCUGAAACAAUCCAUUGAAAUGCAGUCAUCCUUUGAAAUUCACGCUUUUGCAAUUGAUAUUUUGCAAUGCCAUUCUCCAACCAAGUGAUGUGUAUAAUAAUAAUAAUAAUAAUAAUAAUAAUAAUUUAUUUAAACCCUGCCCAUCUGGCUGAGUUUCCCCCAAUCGAGUGUUAAAAACAAUACACCAUUUAAAAUGUAUUUACUGGGGGUAAAGUGUGCAUAUAAAUGCAUAUAUUAGUGAAAAUAGUGUAUGCACUGUUUUGGGGGGAAAUUGCAUACAGAUAUGUAUCUGUUAGAAGAGAUUCUCUGAUGAAUUUUAAUGAGAACCUUUUUUUAAAAAGAGUUGUGAAAAUCACAGACUGCUGCAGAAAUGUGGAGAACUGAACUUAAUGUUGGGAAAAUGUGAAACUGAGAAAAAAUGAGUUUGACAGAUCAUAUCUGGGCUCAUCCACAAUUCCUUUUGACCAAUUGCUUUCCCCCUGGGAAAACCAAUCUUUAGCUCUCAGCUGGAACAAACUACAAGUUUUCUCCGGAUUGAUGUUUGCUCCGAUUUAGAGUGGGUUUCCCUUGGGAAAGGAGCAAGGCAAGGGGAAAGCUGCUGGGACCCAAACUUUCUAGACACAGGACAAUCGGAAGUGUAGCUGACCCCUCUCUUAAUACAUUUGUGAAGUCCCAGAUCUAAGCUUGAAGAGACUCCAGUGAAUGACCGAGAGGUGAUUCUUUGGACAGUGAUUCUUUGUUGAAAAAAAUGCAGAAAGUAUUUUUUUUGUCAGAUCCUCUAAUCAUCAACUGUGGAUCUGUGGAAAUGUAAUGUUUCUAUUACAGAUUUUGAUUAUUAUUGCUUUUUAUUUCCAUUGAUGCACCCUUAGGGUGAAGAGCAGGAUAGAAAUAUCAAUGAUAAAUAAAUUGUGAAUAAGAAUAAGCAUAGUUUACAACUGAUGACCACACAUUAUCAUCUUUGGAAAAAUGUGAUUGGUUAACCCUUGCAUUUUAUUUUUAUUUUUUUGGAAGCAGAAGGGUGUGAGUAACAGGGAUAUUACUUUUGAUUUUGCAAUGAAUCUUCUUUAUUUACUUGUAAUAAUCACAAUCACUUCCAAGCCUGGAGGAAGAAAUUAGAUACAGUAGAAAACCACGGGGUUGUCUGAUAUAUAUAUGGGAGAUAUGUCUUAUUCCAGUGCAGAAAGAAGUAUAAAUGGAAUUACCCUGAACUAGGAGAAUUCUCUUUAAAAUAUAUUUCUCAAAGUGACUAUGGUGACUAUGUAAAACAUCCCUGUGACAACACAUUUUUGCUGGUUAGUUAGUUGAUUGUGUCUUGAUGUUUUUUCCUGCUACAAUUUCAAUCUGAUUAAGCAAAGGAUGGGUGACUUUUUCAAAGACCACCAAAAUCUAACAGUGCUAAUGCUCUUAGAGAUACAAUAGGGUAAUAUCUCAGUACAGGGUCUGCUUCACUGUGCUGUUGGCAUUAAUGCACAUUACAUCAGCACAGGAGCAGUAGUCAAAGCAGAAAUAGUAGCUGUACUAAUAGUGUGUCUUCAUGAAAUAAUUACCCUUGUCUCUCCAGAGAGAGCUGUCAUUACAUACCAUUUACCCAUAGUGUGUGGCUGUUUCAAAAAUUAGAGGCAUUCCUGCCAUUCUGCUAAAAACAAAGACUUUUCUUUGUUAUCUUUAUAGCCUGAUUGCCACCUUCACCUCCAUCUCCGCUGGCCAGACAAUCCAUAUGUGUCAGGAAUGGUUCAUACCAAGGAUACAGCACCAGGACUCAUAAUGGGGGCAGGUAAAAAAAGAGAGUGCACUUUGUGUUUGGUGUUCAUUGAUCAAAAAGUUACAUAAUAUUAUAUGACAUUUAACCAAUUCUCCAUUGCAUAUUAUCUGUCCAUAUAAAGCAGUUAACUUACUUCAUGUGUGCCUGAUUAUUUUCAUUGUGCUUGAAGAAUAAAGCAGCUCAGAAAUGACCAAGGAUGGGGCUCUCUCCUCUGUCUUGCUUUUACCUUGCUGUACCUGUUGAUGCCAUCACCACAGACGCCACACCCUAGGUGGAGAGGAAAAUGCAGUGUAUCUCAUUCUUUUUAUUCCUGACAAGGGAAAGAAGAGGCAGUGGCAGCAACAAGCACUUGGUAGGAGGAAGGUGGGAGCCACUGGGUGCUGUGUGGAUUAUUGUGCUCCCCUCUUUCUCCAGGCAAGUUGAGCACCAAGCGCACUGCACCCAGGAGGAGAGAGAGAGCCCAGGGGAAAGCCACAUGACACUGUGCAGUUCACAGACCCACAGCCCUUGCACUCUUGCCCUGAGUGCAGAACAUCCAGUGGGAGCAAGAGAAACAAUCCCAUGAGCAGAAGGGGAGAUGGGACAGUGGGGUGAAAGCAGGGGUGGGAGGCAGAAGCUGGGGGUGAAGGACUGAAUCUGUCUGUUCCUCCUCUUCACUACUGUAGUUCACGUAUGAAAUAACUGAAGUUUGAAGACAGACCGAGAUAUUGUGGAACAUCAUUAACCAAGUGCAUGCAAAUGCUUUUUGCCAUGAUAAAUUUAUCCAUGAUAAAUUUCUGCUGCCCUAGCUUGGUGUAAGGCGAUUCAGCUCCAUCUGAACAAACAACCUGGCUCUUUCCCUUAGUGCUCCAUGCCUGGAGUAACUGAUUGCAGACACUUUCCCAAGGCCCUGCCACUGUAGUGUUGCUUGCAGGCGGUGAACCAAAAGCGCCAUUGAUACAACAUCAGAAUUAUCAGAGCCACUGGGGAAAAAUAUUUGCCUAUUCAGUGCACUACCUUUUUCUUGCCCUCUCUCUCAGUUGACUUCAUUUCCCUUCAGUGAUAGCACAUUGCCAAAUAUUAUUGGCUAUGUUCUGUAGUGUAGUCAUGUCAACCUGGUCCUGCUUAGCUUGGAUCACACGUGUGACUAAACCAGGAAAGAGACUGUAGCAACCACCUGGAGAAAAACAGGGAACACCAGCAACGCCAAACAGGAUUAAAAAUUAUAUUCCCACGAUGGAAGUUUUUUUCACAUAAUUUUUCCAAUCCUCCCUCUCAGUCAAAAAAUUUAAAUGAAUGAAUAUUGAAUGCAAAUCUGUUCAUUAUUAAUUACUUUGAAAGUGACUGAAGCUGCACUGUAUGAAUUAAAAGGAAAAGGAAAAAAGAAACAAGUUAGCCUACAAUUUAAAAACAAGACACAAAAGGCAAAGCCCUUUUGAGGUCACAGGGAACCCUGGACUUAUCUACACUUCCUCUUCUCCUGCUGCUUUCCCCUAGGGAAAACCACUCUUUAGUGUUCAGUUGGAGCAAACAGCACUUCAGGUUUUCCCUGGAUUGCCAUUUGUUCAGAUCUUUUGCUAAAGAGCAGGUAUUCCUUUGGAAAGGAGCAGGGCAAGGGGAAAACCACUGGGACCCUUGCUUUCUAGGCACGGGUCAAACAGAAGUGUGGAUGAGCUCUUUCCCUGAUGAUGAUGAUGAUGAUAAUGAUAAUAAUGAUAAUGAUAAUGAUAAUUCUAUUUUUUAUUAUAUACCACCCAUCUGACUGGGUUCCCCCAGCCUCUCUGAGCACUGCUUUCAUAUGUCUUCUAAAAGUCAGGUAGUUCUUUUCCUUGACAUCUGAUAGGCGGGUGUUCCACAGAGCAUCACAUAUGCAGAAUGAGUAUAAUCACUUUAUACAGCAGGUGAGAGUAAUAAUCUUUUUGAAUGCUCCCUGGACCCAAAUUAAUUACUUUUCUUUUAAGUAGGUGUAUCAAAAGCUAGCAUAUCAGAAGGCAUAGCCCUCUCUUUAAUAUGCCUGAGUUUCUUCUAUGGGAGCAUUCAAAGUAGUCUGGAGCAGUAUAGUGCCGAAUUCUAGCACCUCAUUCUCUCCUCAGAUUUUGCACAAAAUAAUUCUUAGAACCAGUUGAGGCCUUACUUCCGUGUGCAGGGAGAUUGGGAACAGACCUUUGGCUCAAGCCCUGCCUCAUCUGACCUCAUGGCACAUAGAAGGGAGGUCCUGCAACUGGAGAAUCUUGCAUGCAUUUGUACCCUGGAUCUUUCUUUACUUUGCUUCUUGGACUGGCUUUCAGUGCUUUUUUAUGUUCCUGGUCUUACAAAACUUAGAGGCAUGUGCGUGAUCAAGGCCAGAACACAAUAAGUGUAGGACCACUGUCGACGUGUAGGAUGAAGAUGCAAGCUCAGCGACUGAUCAGAAAACAUCAACUUUUGUGUUGAUGCUUGUAGUAAAUUGUGCAGCCCAGCAAGAGACAACUAGUGGCUUCCUGUUAGUCAUAUGUAUUGUUUUAUACCAGUUCGAGGAGCAAACUAGAAUUUAAAAUGUAGUUCUUACUACUGAAGUGAAAUGGGGUGUCUCUCAUAUCUGGAAAGUUACUUUUGAAGGCGUCGAGAGAGAGGCAGCCGCCUAUAUACACACUGCAAAAAGCCUUCUGUUCUCUGGUAGUCAGAAGAGACAGCCAGAGGCUGUGCAAUUAAAGUUCUGGGUUUGACCAAUAGGAAGUCACUUUGGAGGAGACAGUCAACAUAGGCAUCAAGACAGAAGAUGAAACAGCAAAAAUAUAUUGAAUUGUAUCUCUGAAAGUGGAUUUUUACGAGCACCGAAAGAAAGUAAACCCCUGUGGAAUGAAGUGCUUCGUUUUUGAAGUGUGAUACCAGCGACACACACUAGUGAGGGGAAAGAAUGGCAGAAAACUAAACUGGCCGCAUAGGGAUCUUCAGAAUUAUAUGAAAACUUACUGUUUGUUUGUAAAGACUUACUGUCUAUAGAAUAAAUUUCAAGGAAGUAGACACUGAUGUAGCACGAGCUUGCCAGAACAGAAUUGGAAAGUAAAGGCAGAGGAUGGCUUGUUAGAAACAGGCGGAAGCCAACGUGAUACAGUGGGACCAUUGCUCAGCUUAGAAGAAGAGACUCGGGGCAAGCCUGAAUUACUGAGACUGCUCAACUUCUGACUUCACAAAGAAGGAAAGUUGCGACAUGAUAUUUAGCCAUGUUGAUCCAAACAAUGAUGAGGCCAACCAAAAGCAUGCUCAUGGAUACAUUGUUAAUCCCAAAUUAAUUCAGAUGAGCAGGACCUAGUAAGUGUCCAGGCCAGGUGAGCUUUCCCAGUUUCUUUGCUGUCAUAGCAGAACUCCUGGGAAACCAGUUUCCUCCUAGAAGACUGGAGAAAAACUAAUUUUGUCCUUGAUCUUAAUUAGGCUGGGCAUUCUUUUUCAGAAUGAAUUAACAAUUAAAUCAAAUGGGAUUCAUUCAGUUCAAUUUUAAUUCGUUCAAAAAGAACACACAGAGUAUCAAAAGAAUGUGAAUGAAAAUGGUUCUUGUUACUCACAUUUGUAUCUAUUUGCUCUAAAUUGGUACCAUUCAGAGUUGGGGGCUUACCUUCAGGAGUGGCAAUGGUGGCAGUGAGCUAACCUCAGAGACCCAUCCUAAUAGCUGCUAUUCUCCCCCACCCUUAAGAAAUGCUCUGAAUUUUACAUUGUCUUGGGGCAUUCCAGUGAAAAAAUGUUGUCUGCUAUUUUAAAUAACACAGCAUCUCGGGGUGGGGUGGGGAGAUGGGGGAAUGGUAACCUCCAGAAGGACCAAAGUAAAACUCUCUUGCCAUCUGAAAACUAAAAUUAAGGGAAAUAAUGAAAUGAAAGUUCAGUAUUUUUUUUAAAAGGGCACCUCUGUAAGAAAUGCACAUCACUUGCAUUAGUUGCAAAUAGAAAAAGGAUGACUAAGGAAAUUUCUAUUCCUGGAAAGCUCCCAGAGGAAAUAACAAAAAAGCUCAUUAAACUAGAUUAAAUAUAGCAAUUAAUAGUGGUGAGUGUGGUUUUAUACAAAGUUGCCACACAGCCCAGUCCUAGUUUACUCAGUUUAAUCAGAAUUGCAUCCUGCUAUGUUCCAUAAAAAAAUUGGGGUGAAUUUGUAGAGUGCAUUCCAGGAUUGGGGUGCUGUGUCUGGGAGGGGCUUAGCACAUUUCAUAACUAAUUCUGGCAGCCCUUCGUCUUCCAUGCUGAGCCUGAACACUGUGGCCCUAUUUUCAUUAUGCAAUUAUUUUAUUUAACAAAAUAUUGAUUGAAAUGAAACCUCUAAAUGAUUUACAAGAAAUAUUUUAAAAGUAUCAGUAAAACAACAACAACAAAACAGCAAAAAGUGAUCAAGGGGGUGGAGCAACUCCCCUAUGAAGAAGGGUUGCAGUGCUUGGGACUUUUUAGUUUAGAGAAAAGGCAAGUGAGAGGUGACAUGGUACAAGUUUAUAAAAUUAUGCAUCGCCUAACACUAGAACUCACAGGCAUCCAGUGAAGCUGAAUGUUGGAAGAUUUAGGACAGGUAAAAGAAAGUACUUCCUUGCGUAGGGCAUAGUCAAACUUCAGAUCUUGCUCCCCCAGAGGCAGUGACAGCCACCAACUUAGAUGGCUUUAAAAGAGAAUUAGACUGUCGUGGUCCUGGGCUCCCAGCCACGGCAGAGCUUAGUGGAGGGAGAAGCCAGCCAACCAGCCAAGUCUCAGUGGGGUCCUUGCCUGAAGGCAGAGUCUGUACAGUAUACAAGGUCCAGUCCAGUCCUAAGGUCAGGAGUAUCUCAGUUGACGUAGUCAGAUGGUCUGGGAGUCAAGAAAGUCGAGGGUCCAAGGUCAUGAGAAGUAAGAAGCAGCAAGGUCCGGUCAGGAAUGAUGAAUGUCCCCAGCCUCCACAGUAGAGACACAUCCCCUCUCUGUGUUUCCGUUCCUUCAGGCUGCUGCUCAGCAGGUGAAGCAGACUCUUGGCCCAUGACAGACAAAUUCAUAGAGGGGGGGCUAUCAAUGGCUACUAGCUAUCUCCACAGUUAACAGUGGGUGGAAACCACUGGAGGAGAGAGGGUAAUCCAGCAGGCUAUUUUUAUGUUCUUACGUUCUCAUAAAGUACUUCUCUACAUCAGCCAGUGUAUGGGGUGUAACAGUGAGGAAUAUGCAUAUAUGUGGAACCAGGCAUGCUUAAUCAACAUAAAUGAUUAAAAUGAUUUUUUAUGUGUUGAAGCCGCCCAGUGUCUGGGGCAACCCAGCCAGAUGGGUGGGGUAUAAAUAUUAUUAUUGCUAUUGCUAUUAAAAUGACAUAUGCAAAUUUUUAAGAGGCUCUCAUACGAGGAGAGGGAAUAGUUAAUGCAACUUAGCAUUGAGGCUAUGCCAAGAAGGGAUUACUUUAACAUGAGAGAGAACAAGGGCAGCUCUCUGCAGCCAAAGUUGAGCAAGCCCCUGGCAGAAGAAAUAAGAUAUUCUGCUUUGAGACAGAACUUGGACCACUAGUCAUUCCAUUUCAGUCAUGCAGUUAAAUGGUCUGGUAAUUGUAAAGUCUUUAAAUGUAAUUCUUCAGAACUGCCUGACUCAUUAUUGGGUGUUGGGGUUGCUGUUGGGAACCUGGAAGACAUAGACAGCCUUUCACAGCUUUUGUGAGGCUAAUUCUCAUCAUAAGAUGAAAGCCCCUUGCUUGUGGGGUAGGUGGGUUCUUGUGUUUUGGAACAAAUAACCACGAGUAACCCUUGCCUAUUUUGCCUUUGUUCCCAGGCAAUCUGGGUGCCCAGCUUGUUGAAUAUAAAGAAGAAAUGUAUAUAACAUCUGACUGUGGCAAAACCUGGAGACAAGUAAGGAAAAUGAAUCUGUUAUGUUGUGUUUGUGUGUAUAUUGCUAUCUCCAUUUCCUUACUGGCUCAGGCAUCUCUUCUCAUAUUAUUGCUGUAGAGCUCCCCUAGUCAGACUAACACUGCUAUCCCAUCCACUCUUCCUUGGGGGAUUGCUUCUGGUAAAGUUGGAAUAUAAAGUGACCAGUGCAAACAUUUUCCCAGCGGUCUGCAACCUUUAAGACAAAAAGAGCCACUUGGACCCGUUUCCGAAGAAAAAAAAACUGGGAGCCGCAAAACUCGUCAUUAUAAAAAUAACUUUUUUGUCACUUUUUAUUAUUUCUUUGUUUGACCCCCUCAGAAUUACUCCUCCUCAUAGAAAUAAACGUUAAAUUAACAAGUUACCUUUUUGUGUGUGUGUGUAUUCUUCACUCCCCUUCAAAACAGUGACCAGCGUACAUGCCCCCUUUCAAUAUAGCGGGCGGGCGGGAAGGUGACAUCGGGACGGUGCGUGACUAACGCACGCACCGCCCCCAUGCGACGUCACAGCCAGUACAGCGCCCGCCACAGUGGGGAGUGUCGGGGCACACAAUGCGCCUCCUCCCCUCACUAGUAUCCGCCCCGGAGCCGCGGCAAAGGUGUAAAAGAGCCACAUGCGGCUCCGGAGCCGCGGGUUGCAGACCCCUGCAUUUGCCUCAUGCAAUUCACCCUACCUCAAUCUGCUCUGAAAGAUUGGGAGAGCCUCACAGAGCUGUGAGCUGGGGGAGGAUAGGGGAGAUUGUUCCGAAUAGAAUGCUUGCUCUGAUGGAAUAAGCACCAUAGACACAGAAUUCCACCCCGUAUAUUCAAAUAUUUCUUAUGUAUUUAAACAAGUCUAGCACAAUAUACAGUCAGUUCAAGGAAAUGUGUAACCAUUUCAGUGUUUUAAGGACUGGUCUACACAUUUCAUUAAUAAUUAAAUAUAUAGCAUGGGAUACUUUAGUAAUACAUUCCCCACCCCAGCCUAAAGCAUGGUCAUUUAUUGGGUUUUCCCCCUGCUUUCUAGGUCUUUGAAGAGGAGCAUCACAUCUUGUAUCUGGAUCAUGGUGGAGUGAUUGUGGCCAUCAAAGACACCUCUAUUCCACUGAAAAUACUCAAGUAAUUCUACAGUAAACUUCCAUUUUCAGGAACAAGUCUAUUCCAUUGGUUGAUAUGAGUUUUUCCCUCCAAGAAUUUACUAAUCUAAUAUUUGCUCUGCAAAGAUGAUGGUUUGGUUAUAUUGAUGCAGUAAUAAACACCGGACCUCUCUGAAUGAUACAAAGAUCAUUCAUAGAUGGGGCAGGCUUUUUGUUGAGCUUGCUUCCUCUGGGUUAUCAGAGUCUGUUGCAGACAGAGGCAGGAUGCUGACUGGGCAGUGCUUUGAUCCCAGUGAAACCUCCUUUAGGUAAGAUAUGAACUCUACUCACUAAGAUGAUCAUCACACUUUUUGUAGGAUACCCAGCCACAUGUACAAACAUACAUGCAUGCUGCACAGACCGUAUUGUGAAGUUGAGGUGCUGAGGGGUGGAACAUCACUACCAUCCUACUCCCCUUCUAUAAAUAUGAGGAUCACCUGAAUAGUGUUACAGUGGGUAGGGGUUAAGACUGUGAAGGACUGUCCCCAGGUUAAAGCAGCUAAGUCAUGUUUCUGUGCAGUGCUUGCUUUGUUUUCUUGUGUUGCUGGCAAUAUUUCCUUGAGUCAUUCAAAUUUUUUAAAAUUAAUUAUUCCUUGAGUUAUAUGUUUGUGUCUGGUGUGGCAUGAGAAAACUUUGUUUCAUCCUGGACUGGAUUGCCUGGGUCAACCUGCAUAGGGUUGGCACAUGGAGGACCUUGGAAUAGGCUGCAGGUUUGGAUGAGCACUGGAGACUCCUUUGCAGCCCUGUGCUUCUAUAUUUAGUGUAGAGCCCUACACCAAGCUUUUGAGUUAGGCAGGAUUCCAGAACGUACUAAUUCUUCAUGAAUUCUGUUUUUUAAAGGUGGGGAUGAAAGAGAAUCUACUGAGAGAUACUAGAGAAUGCAAGGUCUGAGUACACACUGGGAGCCAAAAGAGACAUUGCACUAAAUCACUUGCUGCUGCAUCAUUCAAAAAAAACAAUAACAGGUGCACAGUGUGAUUUUCAUCAGAACUGUAUCACAAUGAAAAUCUCUCUCCCCUGUAGCAGUUGUUAGCUCCAUGAGAAAAACUCCCUUUCACCUUAAUAGAAGUUUCUCUCUCUGAACUUAAAAGCAGCUGUGGAGAGUGAUAUGUGAGAUGGUACAGUUUCUGUCUUCACUGUUCAGUUAGCCCCUCUCCCCAAGCCACAGUCCCAAUGAAAACGGCUCCCACACCUGCCCUUAACUGAUGUUUUUUAAACGGCAUACCGUCUAGUUUAGUGUCCUCUCUAGCAAGGCCCUUAAACUGUGGGUGGGGUUCCCCCCACCCUCCUGCAGCUUAAGCCAGUGCAUAAACCUGGGAUUCUCCAGAAUACUAUAGGACUUGGAAAAAUAUAGAGCUUAUCCACACUUACCUUUCGUCUGCUCUCUCCAGGCACAGUCCAUGUGAAAAUCUGCUCUUUAAAGCUCAAUCAGAGCAAACAGCAGUCUGCAGAAAACCCGAACUGAUGUUUGCUCUGGUUAAGCACUAUAGUGUGGGUUUUUGUGGGGAAAGCUUGGAGGCAAGAAAAAACCACAUUUGAACAUGGAGCUUUUAAAUGCGGACCUGUGCCUGGAAAGAACAGAGCAAAAGGUAAGUGUGGAUAAGAACAUAUAUGAGAAAAUUUGCAGACUCUGGACUAAUAUAAAACCCACCAUGUUGGUUUACUGGAGGAGAGGUGCUAACACCAACUUUUAAAUUGCAGCUUAUAGUGUAAUCCUUCCAUAGACAUCUGUCUAGAGCAGCCUGUAUCUUUGUUGUUGACGUCCAUGCCUGGCACUCUGAAUGAUGUUAUAGAUGUAAGGUAAAUUAACAAAUGCUAGGGUUUUGGUUAUUUGUGAUAUGAAAGGAGAAUACAAGUUGCAAAGGAAUUUCUUGGUUGGCUUAUGCAACCUGGCUGGCUUAGUGAAGAACAAACCUAACAUGACAAAAAGUGUUGAUGGGCAAUUGAGGAGAGGAAUCCUUUAGCCUGCAGGGGUGAGAUGUUGAUGGGGUGAAUGUUUGAGGGGACAGGAAAAUGAAGUUUUCAAGCAAGGGGUUGCUGGGAGAGAGAAGGAGGAAGGAUUGUGGAGAUCCAUCUUGGAGAGGGAGACGAAAGGUUGCCUGCACUGCUGCGGGUCAUGCUGUGAGAUCUGGACUUCCUCCAUGCAGCCUGAAGGUGUAAAUAGGUGGAAAAAACAUAUUUCUUAAAGCACAACAGUCUCAGCCAUGUCUUCUAUUUUCCAAAGGAACACAGAGAGAGGGGCAGGCACCUGACUUUUGUAACAAUAUGGACAUCUUCAUCAUAUGUGAAGCUGAACUUCCACAGCAGGUCACCAGAGUAGAUGUUAUAAUGCUGGAAGAAAUAUUUACAUGCAUGUCUAAGAAUCAAGACAGAAGUAAAUCACAAACACUUUAUUCUAAAACAAGUAGUAACAACCAUAGCACAACUGAACACAUAUUCUUAGGUCUCACUAUUCCCUAUAGUUGACUCUCAUCUCUUUCUAUAGGCUGAAUCCCUUCAGCUGUCGUGACUCAGAGAGAAACUACUGUACAUACUAAACCACCAUAAUUUGUCUAUGCAUGGCAAAUUCUGUGUUCUUUCCUCUGGGGUGCUUAUCAGUCCUUGAUUUACUGGUGCAGUGUGCAAGACAUGCUAUUCUACAAUGGAAAGUGAAGAUUUUAAGUUUCUUAUUUGGAGAUCUGAUAUGGUUGUUUGAGGGAAAUGUACUGGUGGAGAGAUUUAGCUGACUGGGAUAACAACCAAAAUAGGCAUCCACACAUUGUGACCUUCUCCCUUCAUUGCUGUCUUCCUCCUCCAUGACUUUUAGGGGAUGGAUUCAGUACAUUCAGUCUCAAACCUUUAUUGGCAUAUAGACAAAACUCCAAAAGGUUCAGUACAAUAAAAUCACUCAGCAAAAUCUGCACCUAAGAAUUAAAAUACUGUUGUAUAACAUUCACGCAUCCUCCUUGCAUACAUUCACAACUCAACUACUAUGGGCUUUUAAAGUCCUAUGACUUAAUUAAUUAUUUCUAAUGGUGGUGAUGAUCAGUACUUAUUUUCAAACCAUUCUGUAUAAAUGAGACCUGCAAUAAAUAAGAAACAAUAUUUUUUUCAUUUACAGGUUUAGUGUUGAUGAAGGCCAAACAUGGAGCACUCAUAACUUCACCAGCAUCUCCGUUUUUGUUGAUGGCCUACUCAGUGAGCCUGGAGAUGAGACUCUAG